ACUUCUGAGCAGUUGGAGCAUUCCCAGCCUUGCCUCGGGUGUAGGGAUUGCAAGGGAAAAAGCAAAACUACACGGAUAAGACCCUGUGUAGUUUUGUUUUUGGGGGAUAUUUCGAGGCUCAACCGUUCUCACACUGUGUUUUCUGAAAUCAUAUCUGGAUAAGGACUUUGUUUCAGAAGACAAGACCCUUUGGGCUCCGUCCCUCCAAUUCAAGGCACUCUUGUGGAUACAAGGUGCCAUCCACCAUGUCAACACAAGCACCAACAUUUACACAGCCGCUUCAGAGCGUUGUGGCACUUGAGGGUAGUGCUGCAACGUUCGAAGCUCAAGUUAGUGGUAAUCCAGUUCCAGAGGUGAGCUGGUUUCGUGAUGGCCAGGUUCUUACUGCUGCGGCUCUGCCCGGCGCUCAGAUCUCGUUCAGCGAUGGCCGCGCUGUUCUGAUGAUCCCCGCUGUUACAGCCGCACACAGUGGAAGAUUUUCUGUGAGAGCCACUAAUGGUGCUGGACAAGCCACUAGCACGGCUGAACUGCUGGUUACAGCUGAAACUGCGCCACCAAACUUCAUUCAGAGGCUACAGAGUAUGACUGUGAGACAAGGGAGCCAAGUGAGACUAGAUGUUCGAGUUACAGGAAUCCCUACACCUGUGGUCAAGUUCUACAGAGAGGGAGCUGAGAUUCAGAGCUCAGCUGACUUUCAGAUUGUUCAAGAUGGAGACCUUUACAGUUUGUUGAUUGCUGAGGCCUUCCCAGAAGAUUCUGGAACUUAUUCUGUCAGUGCUUCUAACAGCAGUGGACGCGCAACUUCAACUGCUGAGUUGCUUGUUCAGGGUGAAGAAGAAGCUGUUGUACCUGCGAAGAAGCCAAAAACGAUUAUUUCAGCCUCUCAGAUUUCACAGACACGUCAGACUAGAGUGGAGAAGCGGAUGGAGGCUCAUUAUGAAGCCACAGCAAUGAUGCAAAUGCAAGCAGAAGGUGGGGUUGUGACCCACCAGCUGGCACAUAAGACUCCACCUCGUGUGCCGCCUAAACCAACCUCCAAAUCCCCCCCUUCACACCUGACUAAAGUGUCAGCUGCUCGUCAGCAGUCUCCCUCUCCUGUGAGACAUGUUAAGGGCCCGACACCCACUCCUGUGAGAGCUGUGUCUCCAUCUACCAGACUGUCUGUUUCCCCAAUCAGACCAGUCAAAUCCCCUGUGAUGACCCGCAAACAGGUCACGCAGGCCUCUGAGGUCCUGCCCCCGUGGAAACAGGAGGGGUAUGCUUCAGAAGCCAGCUAUACCCGCAUGACUGCCGGAGCAAGACAAGUCCAGAUGACUUCUACCCAUGUCCAAAUGGAACAGCGCUGGGAAGGCUCUGUUGCUGUUGAGUUACAAGCUGGUGCUGUCAAAGAGGAGCAGCAAAACAUGGAUGAGAAAAGUAUUGCUGUUGCCACUGUGGUGGCGGCAGUGGACCAGGCUCGUAGUCGUGGGCCGCUCAGUGGCUCUCUAGAACAGCCCAGUGUUGAAACCGGCAUAACUGCAGUACACAUUACGUCUCAAAAUGAGCAGAUAUCAUGCAAGGAAAUCCAAGAGGAGUCCUUCACAAGUGUGACAACUCAUAAAAUCAAUAUCGGUGUUUCAACCACUAGUGAGAGAUUCUUGGAAGAGAUCUCAUCAACAGCGGAGGGUGAUGGGAAAAGAGCAGAGGCCGUGGCCACUGUGCUUGCUGCUGUUGAUCAUGCACGUAUACGAAAGCCCACGCAUGCUGAAGGGGCUCAGUUGGAAGAAGAGACUGAUAUAAGACAUCAGGAAAUGCUAGCAACUAAGCAACAGAUCACAAGUAAAAAAGAGCUGUUGCUAAUUCCCACUGAAAUGCCAACUUCUACUACAACAUCUACUACUGAGAAGAGUGUACAUGUCACCCAGAUUCAAAGAACUACUGAGGUUAGCUCCAAGGUGGAGACUGACCUUGGACCAUCCCCAGUUCCACAUUUCACAGUAUCAAAAGUUACUGUACCAAAACCAGAUCAUAGCUAUGAGGUUUCAAUAGCAGGUUCUGCUAUUGCCACACUACAAAAAGGGUUAUCCUCAACAACUGCAGCUCAAAAGAUCAUCAAGCCUGUCAAGCCUCCAACACAUAAGAUUGUGGAGACUCGUGUGACCCCAGAGCCAACUCCUCCUCCUUUUAGAGACACUGCAGAAAGAUAUCAGGCUCAUUUUGAAACAGAGUUACACAGAAAGAUAGGCGUUUCAUUUGCUGGGGAAGAAUGGGACACAAAGGUUGUUGAGACUGCAGCGAUUCCCUCAGCUAUCAAAGAGCCUGUAGUGCCCCCUACCUUGAUAGCAGGUUUGAAGAAUGUGACUGUCACAGAGGGAGAGUCUGUUACUCUGGAGUGCCAGAUUUCAGGCCACCCUACCCCAGCCAUUAUGUGGUUCAGAGAGGAUUACAGAAUUGAGCACUCCAUUGACUUCCAGAUCACUUAUGAAAACAGCUAUGCCCGCUUGGUAAUUCGAGAGGCCUUUGCUGAAGAUAGUGGCCGCUUCACUUGCACUGCUACCAGUGAGGCUGGAACUAUCACCACCUCAUGCUACCUGCUUGUCAAAGUGUCUGAGGAGAUUGAGAGCAGAGAGGAGAUUACAGUCCAGGAGAAACAGACUGUCAUUGAAGCAAGAGAGGAGACCGUUUCUGAAAUAAGUACGGUCUCUGUGGACACUGGAGCACCAGCUGCUCCUUUCUUUGUGAAGAAACCAGUGGUUCAGAAGCUGGUCGAGGGGGGCAGUGUUGUCUUUGAGUGCCAGAUCGGAGGAAGCCCUAAGCCCCAUAUUUACUGGAAGAAGAGUGGAGUUCCACUCACUACUGGAUACAGAUAUAGAGUUAGCUAUAACAAGGAUACAGGGGAAUGCAAGUUGGAAAUUUCUAUGACAUUUGCUGAUGAUGCUGGAGAGUACACCAUCUUUGCCAAGAACCAACAUGGAGAGGCAUCUGCUUCCGCAAACCUUCUUGAAGAAGAGGAGUUUGAAGCCUAUAUGAAGAAACUGGAAGUGACAUAUGUUACAGAAGUGACAACAGUGGUGCAAGAACCCAAAGUGGCAGAUGUGCCCCCUGUAGUUGUAAGCGAAUAUGAAAAAGAGAUGAUGCAGAGGAGGAUGGCUCAGCAAACACAGAUGAUGCAGUCCUUCAUCUCGGAGACGGAAUUUCAAAUAUCUGCAAUUGAACGAAAAAUAAUCCAGGAGAUUGAAAUCCGCAUCCUGAAAAUAACUUAUCGAGAACUGGUGAUUGAGGAUGGUGAGGAGAUGGUCAUGAAUGUUGCAGAGCAUGAGGCUGUCGGAUCCUCAUUUAGCACUCCAGUCAAAAGCUACAGAAUUCUGGAAGGAAUGGGUGUUACUUUCCAUUGCAAGAUGGAAGGAACGCCAUUACCAAAGAUUGCCUGGUAUAAAGAUGGCAAGCGCAUUAAGCAUGGAGGCCGCUAUCAGAUGGAGGUUCUACAAGAUGGUAGAGCUAGUCUGCGCCUACCUGUGGUGUUGCCAGAAGAUGAGGGCAUCUAUACUGCAUUUGCUAGCAAUAUGAAGGGUAACGCUGUCAGUUCUGGAAAGCUCUAUGUGGAGUCCACAGCAGCUGCUCAGCCUUACUACCCACAGGCUGAAGCUGUGAGGAGAGUCCAGUCUACAUCUCCAAUGUCUGCUCGCUCAACUAGUUACUCCCCUGGACGUUCUCCUGCUCGCUCUGUUAGCCGUUCUCCUGCUCGUAGACUUGAUGACACUGAUGAGAGUCAAUUAGAGAGGCUGUAUAAGCCUGUCUUUGUACAGAAGCCAUCAUCUUUCAGGUGUUCUGAAGGACAGACGGCAAGGUUUGACUUAAAAGUAGUUGGAAGACCUAUGCCCGACACUUACUGGUUCCACAAUGGACAACAAGUGGUCAAUGACUACACCCACAAAAUUGUGGUAAAGGAGGAUGGUACUCAGUCACUGAUUGUGGUUCCUGCCAUGCCUCAGGACUCUGGGGAGUGGACAGUUGUUGCUCAGAAUAGAGCUGGAAAGACAACCGUUUCUAUGACUCUCACUGUGGAAGCAAAGGAAAAUUUGGUCCGACCCCAGUUCAUUGAAAAGCUAAAGAAUAUCAGUGUUAAGGAAGGAAGUUUGGUUGAGUUGGCAGUAAAAGCCAUUGGAAACCCCCUUCCUGACAUUGUCUGGCUGAAAAACAGUGACAUCAUCUCUCCUCAUAAAUACCCUCACAUCAAAAUUGAGGGUACCAAAGGACAGGCACAUUUCCAGAUUCCUCAGACUACUGGUACGGACAGUGCGUGGUACACAGCCACAGCCAUUAACAAAGCUGGCAGAGAUACCACUCGCUGCAGAGUCAAUGUGGAGGUUGAGUUCACCGAACCUGAACCAGAAAGAAGACUCAUCAUUCCCAAAGGAACAUAUAAGGCUAAGGAUGUUGCUCCACCAGAGAUUGAACCACUGCAUCUUCGCUAUGGUCAGGAACAGUGGGAAGAGGGUGACCUCUAUGACAAGGAAAAACAACAGAAGCCACACUUUAAAAAGAAGCUUACUUCAGUCAGGAUGAAGCGAUUUGGACCUGCGCACUUUGAGUGCAGACUGACCCCUAUUGGUGACCCAACUAUGGUUGUUGAGUGGCUCCAUGAUGGCAAGCCACUGGAAGCUGCUAACAGACUUCGUAUGAUCAAUGAGUUUGGCUAUUGCAGUCUUGAUUAUGAAGUUGCUUAUUCUAGAGAUAGUGGUGUCAUUACUUGCAGAGCUACCAACAAAUUUGGUGCUGACCAGACCUCGGCUACACUAAUUGUGAAGGAUGAGAAGAGUCUAGUGGAGGAUAGUCAGUUGCCAGAAGGUAAAAAAGUACAGAGAAUAGAAGAAAUGGAGCGAAUUGCUCAUGAGGGUGCACCCUCAGGAGUAACUGGAGAUGAUAUGACAGAGAAGACCAAGCCAGAGAUUGUCUUGCUCCCAGAACCCAUAAAAGUAUUCGAGGGUGAAACAGCCAAAUAUCGCUGUAGAGUGACCGGUUACCCCACUCCCAAAGUUAACUGGUACCUCAAUGGACAGCUCAUUCGAAAGAGCAAACGAUUCAGACUACAGUAUGAUGGCAUUCACUAUUUGGAAAUCACUGACUGUAAGUCAUACGAUUCUGGAGAAGUUAAAGUAUUGGCUGAAAACCCGGAGGGUACAGCUGAGCAUGUUGUCAAACUUGAAAUCCAACAGAAGGAAGACUUCCGGUCAAUCUUGCGCCGUAUUCCUGAGAAGGCACCGGAGGCACCUGGCCCUGAACCUGGCAGAGUAUCUUUCGAUGUUGUGAAGGUAGAUAAACCCACAGAGGCUUCACAAGCAAAAGAGGUUGUCAGACUGAGGAAGGCUGAGAGAGUUGUUCAUGAAAGAUCCACAGAAGAGACAGAAGAGCUGCGAAGCAAAUUUAAACGCAGGACUGAAGAGGGCUAUUAUGAAGCCAUAUCCUCAGUUGAGAUGAAGUCUCGCAAGAAGGAUGAAUCUUAUGAGGGAAUGCUAAAGAAGAGAAAAGAAGAACUUAUGCACUGGACCAAAGAGGUGUCUGAGUCAGAAAAGAAAAAGGAGGAGGAGGAAGGCAAACUUAAAAUUCCUACAAUCAGACCUGAGAAAAUUACUCUCUCUCCUAGCAUGGAGGCUCCAAAGAUCUUGGAAAGAAUUCAGAGCCAGACAGUGUCCCUGUCUGAUGAAGUUCGCUUCCGUUGUAGGGUCGUUGGUAAACCAGAACCAGAGUGUCAGUGGUUCAAAAACGGCAUUUUACUUGAGAAGUCAGAUCGUAUUUAUUGGUAUUGGCCCGAGGACCAUGUCUGUGAAUUAGUAAUCAGAGAUGUCUCAGCUGAGGACUCUGCUAGUAUUAUGGUCAAAGCCAUUAACAUUGCUGGUGAGGCCUCAAGCCAUGCUUUCUUGUUGGUGCAAGCCAAGCAGCUUGUAUCUUUUACCCAGACACUGGAGGAUGCCUAUGCUAAAGAGAAAGACACAAUGGUAACCUUUGAAUGUGAGACAAACGAGCCGUUUGUCAAAGUCAGAUGGAUGAAGAACAAUGCCGAAAUUUUCUCUGGAGACAAAUACAGGAUGCACUCUGACAGAAAGGUACACUUCCUAUCUGUGCUGAUAAUCGGCAUGCAAGAUGAUGCCGAGUACACUUGUGCUGUAGCUGAUGAUGACCUCAUAAGAACCACUGCCAGACUUCAUGUUGAAGGUGCAUCAUUGGAAAUUAUUACAAAUCUGGAGAGUGUUGAAGUGCCUGAGACAUACUCUGGAGAGUUUGAAUGUGAGCUGUCCCGUGAAGAUGCCGAAGGCACCUGGUACUUUGAGAAUAAAGAAAUUACGGCAAGCCUAAAAUAUGUUGUGUCCUCUCGUCGUGGCCGACACACCCUGUCUGUAAAAGAUGUUAGGAAGGAGGACCAAGGCAAAUACACUUUUAAAGUGGGUGAUCUGAAGACAAGUGCCACACUGAAGAUGAAAUUGCGUCCUGUAACUCUGAUGCAAGGCCUCUCUGAUCUGACAAUUUGUGAGGGUGAUAUUGCCCAGUUGGAGGUGCGAUUCUCUCAGGAAAAUGUGGAGGGAACAUGGAUGAAAAAUGGCCAGCCCAUCACUGCCACAGACCGAAUUCACAUUGUCAUUGACAAACUUGUCCACAAAGUUCUGGUUGAAAAUGUCAACAGGGAUGAUGCUGGAAUUUAUUCAUUUGUUGUUCCCAUUCAAGACAUUUCUACAAGUGGAAAACUUUCUGUCCAAACAAUUGAAAUUAUAUCACCUCUGAAGGAUGUUCAUUCUAUUGAGGGUACGAAGGCAGUACUAGAAGCUAAAAUCUCUGCCUCUGAUGUUGCUGCUGUGAAAUGGUACCAAAAUGACAAGCUCCUUGUGGCUAGUGAGAGAAUCCAGAUGGUUGCCAAAGGGACCAAACAGAGACUAGUUUUGAAUAGGUCCUUUGCUUCUGAUGAAGGACAUUAUAAGAUGGUUGUUGGCAGAGUGGAAACGGCUUGUAAACUGACUAUUGAGAAGGUCAGCAUCAUCAAGCACAUGCAGGACUGUGUGUGCACUGAAACUCAGAAUGUCACCUUUGAAGUAGAAUUAUCCCACGCUGGUAUAGAUGCCUAUUGGACCUUCAAGAAUCAGCCUCUCAAGGCUGGACCCAAAUACAAAAUUGAGUCCAAAGGGAAGCACUAUAGCCUGACCAUCAUCAACGCCAUGAAGGACGAAGAGGGCCAGUAUACAUUUGCAGCAGGCGAAAAGACUUCCAGUGCAAAACUAACUGUAUCAGGCGGAGCUAUAAACAGACCACUCCAUGAUGUGACUGUAGCAGAAUCCCAAACUGCUGUUCUGGAGUGUGAGGUUGCAAACCCCACAUCUGAAGGCAAGUGGCUUAAGGAUGGCCACUCUGUUAACUUUAGUGACAAUGUCAGGAGUGAGGAUAUAGGUGCAGUCCGCCGACUUGUAUUUGUUAUCACAAGACCACAAGAUAUUGGGGAGUACACCUAUCAAGUGGCAAACUCCAAAACAUCUGCCAACCUAAGGGUUGAAGCUGUGAAGAUCAAGAAAACAUUGAAGAACCUAACAGUCACUGAAACCCAUGAGGCAGUGUUUAGUCUUGAACUCACUCAUUUAGAUGUGAAAGGAUCCCAGUGGAUCAAGAAUGGAAUAGAAAUUGUCCCUAGUGACAAAUAUGAGAUAACAGUUGAUGGAUUGGUUCACACUUUAAAGAUCAAAGACUGCAACUCCCAAGAUGAAUCAGUCUAUGGAUUCAAAUUGGGGAAACUCUCUGCUAAUGCCAGACUGAAUGUUGAAACUGUUAAGAUUGUGAAAAAGCCGAAAGAUGUGACUUCCCUGGUCAAUGGAACUGCCUCUUUUGAGCUGAGUUUAUCCCAUGAUAACAUACCUGUUAAGUGGAUGUUCAAAAACCAAGAGCUGAAAGCUAGUGCCAAUAUUCAAAUAAUGUCUGAAAGAAAAGCACAUAAGCUGGUGAUUCAAAAUGUUGAUGAAAGCAGUGACGGAGAGUACACAGCUGUAGUUGGACAUUUACAAUGCAGUGCAUACUUACAUGUUGAAUCUUUGAGAGUCACAAAGCCCCUGAAGAACAUUGAGAUUCCAGAGACCCAUGUGGCCACAUUUGAAUGUGAAGUUUCACAUUUUAAUGUUCCAUCCACCUGGUUGAAAAAUGGAGUUGAGAUUGAGAUGAGUGAGAAGUUCAGGAUUGUGGUGCAGGGCAAACUGCAUCAGCUGAAGAUCAUGAAUACCAGCAGAAAUGAUUCUGCAGAAUACACUUUUGUAUGUGGAAAUGACAAAGUCUCUGCCACCCUGACAGUUAACCCUGUCCUCAUCACGUCUAUGCUGAAAGACCUGAAUGCACAAGAGAAGGACACAAUCACAUUUGAGGUGACCGUCAACUAUGAAGGCAUCACCUACAAAUGGCUGAAGAAUGGUGUAGAAAUACGAUCCAGUGAUAGAUGCCAAACUCGCACCAAACAGUUCACUCACUCACUCACGGUCCGAAAUGUUCACUUUGGGGAUGUUGGAGAGUACAAAUUUGUGGCCGGAUCUGCUGAAACCACAGCAAAGCUGUUUGUUGAAGCUCGUGUCAUCGAGUUCACCAAGCGCAUCAAGGACAUUAAAGUUACUGAGAAGAAGAAGGCCAUUUUUGAAUGUGAACUCUCUGAGCCCAAUGUCCAAGUGACAUGGAUGAAAGAUGGUCAGGAACUUGAAAUAUCUGAAAGGUACAAAGUCUCCACAGAGAGACACAUGCAUCGUCUUGUGAUCCAAACUGUGCGCAUGUCUGAUGCUGGUGAAUACUCUGUGGUUGCUGGAUCUAGUGUAUCGAGAGCUACCCUCACAGUUGAGGGCAAGGAUGUGCGUAUCAGUGAACCUGCCGAGAAAGAAAUCACUGUGCUUGAGAAACAACGAGCUACAUUUGAAUUCGAAGUCAAUGAGGAUGACAUUGAAGGUCGCUGGCUAAGACAUGGAGUUGAGAUCCAGUUUUCUGUAGAUCAGCGUUUCAACUAUGCCAUUAUUAGAAAAAUUCAUCGCUUGACAAUCACAGAAACCUACAGAAGUGAUGCCGGAGAAUACACAUUCAUUGCUGGAAAGAACAGGAGUGUUGUGACCCUACAUGUUAACAUCCCUGAGCCUCCUCAGAUCAUCAGGCAUAUGGAGCCCCUGUCUGUUGAAGCUGGAAAACCUGCACGUUUCUCUGUGGAAGUGACAGGAAUUCCUCAGCCUCAGGUAUCCUGGUUUAAGAACUCUCAGGCCCUGUCUUCUGGGUUCAAGUGUAAGUUCCUGAGGGAGGGAAAUGAGCACACAUUGCUGCUUAUCGAAGUCUUCCCAGAGGAUGCAGCUCAGUACACCUGUGAAGCUAAGAAUGACUAUGGAGUAGCCACAAGCUCUGCGUCACUUAAUGUGGAAGUUCCAGAAGUUGUUUCCCCUGACACUGGAGCACCACUGUCACCUCCUGUGGUCAUAACACCAAUACGCAACACUUCUGCCAGUGAAGGACAAUCUGCUAGAUUCCAGUGCCGUGUCUCAGGGGAAGAUUUGACGAUUACUUGGUAUUGCAAAGAUAAGGAGAUCAAGCACUCUGAUAUAUUCAGAGUUUCUCAGUUUGAUGAAAACUGUCAGCUGGAGAUCACCAGAGUUUAUUCUGAGGAUGAGGGCGAGUACACAUGUGUUGCUCGUAACUCCGCAGGAAUGGUCUCAUGUUCUGCUGUACUGAAAGUGGAAGGACAAACUCAAAUUACGGACUAUACAUCCGAGUCUGAGUUGCAAGCCACAUCCAGCCCUUUCACAAGCAUUAUGACUGCUCAGAAGGAACCUAUUGGCCAAAGGCCCACUUUUAUUCAGCCUAUUGUGAGCUGUGUGGUGGCUCACGGAGAAGUGGCUAGAUUCCAUGCUUGUGUGUCUGGCAUGCCAAAACCAGAGAUAAGUUGGUUCCAUAACCAACAGUUUAUAAAGCCUUCCAAAAAUGUUGUCUUUCAUUUUGAUGAAAUGACAAACACUGCUACGCUAAUCAUAGUCGAUACUUUCUCUGAGCAUGCUGGACAGUACACUUGCAAAGCAGUCAAUAUCGCAGGAGAGGCAGCUUGCUCAGCCAGCCUUGCUGUAACUGAAGAAGUUGCAAAAGUACAAGAGGAGAUUGAAGCAAAAAUUGAGGAAGAGGUCAAAGAAUUUUCUAGUUUGACUGUGAAGACCGAAGAAGAGGAAGAAACCUACAGCACAUCACUACAUUUACCUGAAAAAUCAAAAACACUUGAACUCAAGCCAGAGCAGAAGCGUUUUUCUAGUUCUUUGGAAAGGAAAAAAGAGAAACCUGUGUUUCAGUCCAAGCUUACACCUGCUGAAGUUACCGCUGGAGAGUCAGUUAGGUUUACUGUCACGUUAUCUGGUUUUCCAAAGCCAAAAGUUCAGUGGUUCCACAAUGGGAAAGUUAUCACUUCUUCAACAGUUUAUAAGUUUGUAGAAGAAAGAGAUGAGUACACUUUAAUAAUAACCCAAGUCAAAAAAGAGUAUGAGGGAGAGUACUCUUGUACCGCCAGUAAUAGGUUUGGCCAAACUACCUGCAAGACAAUGUUAAAGGUACGUGUAAGUCAAUUAUCAGAGGCAGAAAAAUGGGUGGAACGAAUGUUCAAACUACCAGGGCAACCACCAUGCUUUACCACACAAAUCCAACCUGUGCAGUGUGCAGAGGGCAGCGAGGUAAAGUUUCAGUAUAGAGUUACUGGUACUCCUUUCCCUGAUGUUCAGUGGUUUAAGGGUAAUUCUCAAAUGAAGUCAAGCCAGACCUGUUCUGUUGUAAGUAACCCAGAUGGCUCUGGCUUCCUUAUCAUGAAUAACAUCCAACAGAGAGACAGCGGACUCUACACUUGCAAGGCUGUUAAUCCAUUUGGAGAGGCAAGCUGCAGUGCUGAGCUGAUAGUAUUCCACAAAAAAGUCUCUGUAUUUCAUAAACAGCAAUUAGUUCAAGAGCAAAAAAGUUACAAGGUGUCCAUGAAAGAGGAAGCCACCGAAUCUCGCUUGUACAGUGUUAGCCUACCUGGACAGGCAGGUGCUAGCUUGCAGGGAGACCAUCAGGUAAUUUAUACCAUUGGCACAGAAGAUAGGCAAAUGGUAGCUAGUGAGCAGGUUGACACUUUGCAUGACUUGGAUGUUUCCAUUGCAACUAUGCACAAAGAGCAGGUGACUCAUCAAGCUGCUGUGUUGCAGUCUCAUGAAGUUCAAGAGAGAGUCAUAUCUGCUUCAGUCCAGCCACAACCAGUGGUAGCAACCUCUUUGAAACAGCUCCAGAUGGCUACUAUGACCUCAGCAGUUCAAGAACGCCAAGGCUUCACAGAACAACACUUUGAACGAAUCAAAAGUCCUGAGGUUACAGAGCUAGAAAUUGAAAAAGAGCACCCCUCACAGUUAAUGUCUGCCAUAACUGAGAGUGUAACUCCACUGACGAUUGUCAAAGCUGAGCCAUUAUCAACCAGAGAAACAGAACAGAUCAAGGCAUCUCCUGAGCCCAAGUAUCCGAUAUCAAGUCACCAAGUUGAGACAAAACUCCCAAUUAUUAAAGAACAUUCACAGGUUAUACCGCAUACUCAGCAGGAAAAGGGCUACCAGGUUAAAGAGGGAGUUAAAAUUCUAUACAGUGCCAUUUCAACGGAGAAGCAACAGAUCACAGAAGGUCAUGCUAAAGAACUGCCAACACAAGAAUCUACCUUUCAGACAUCUGUGAAGAAAGAACCAGUAAAACCAGUUGUCCUUUCAGUUAGUGAAACUGCUCAGACUUUAUCAAAAGAACAGAGGUUAUUGAUACAGAAAUCAGAUGAAGAGACAGCAUCUUCAGUCAAAGAUAGUGUAUUUAAAUCCGCUCUUAUUGCUGAGGAAAAGCAUCAACUCCAAGCUGAUCAGUCAAGUUUGAUCCCAGGUUUAGAAAGUGCCAUUUCAGUGCAGUCCCAGAGAGAAGAUGAUCAAGUUCUGCAUUUACAGGUCAUCACAGAUCAGGAUAUUCUUCCAUCUGAAGGCAGGUUCAGCAGUGAGAAACCAAGCCCAGAGAAAGCAGAUGCUCAAAAAAGUUCUGUUCUUAAGCAUACAGUGUCAGUGGAUUUACAACAGACGGUGACGUGUGAGGAGUCUUCUCAGUUUUCAGCACAAGAAACAAAAAUGUUCAUUGAGCCUGGUAAGGAAGCUCCUGCCCCUUUGCAUCUUCAGGCAGUUCAUAUAGAAAACACAUUGAUGAAAGAAGGGAUAAUCUCAAUGGAAAAGCCAGACGAACAGAUUGCAGUACAGAGACAGGAAAAAGCCCGUCAUCAUGCAGCAAGCACAGAAGAGAAAAGAGAGCAUACAGCAGAUUAUUGUAAAGAUCUUGAUGUGUCUGUUACAGGUGUGCAGUCUGAAAUCAGAAAAGAACCCAAACCUGAAAGUAUUCUUCAAGUCAUUUCAGAGCCUGUGCCAUUACCGAAGGAAACUCCUUUUGUAAGCGAUGUUAAACAGCAGCGUGCCCUAGUACAGAAAGAAGAUCACUGGAAUAUUGUGCAUGUGCCAUCUGUAUCAGAGAGUCAGGAUAUGGAGGAGGGGCACACAGAGAAUAUAGGAACAAUUGAGAAAUUUGUGUCUAAAAGCGAAGUCGAACCCAAAAUCCCAUCUGAAUUAAUUUAUGUAGAAGAAAAGGCUAUCUCGACAGAGAGUAGCAUUGCUCUUGAGGCCACCGAACAAGACUUCGCAGUUCAAAUUCAAGAAGGACAGUCUGUUAGACAGUCAGUUUUAAUGGAAGAAAAGCGUGUAAUCAAAGGUGAGCUAUCUCAGGAUAUUACAAAAUCUGAAACAUCCACAGCAGUUGUCAGUAAGCAGAAGAUGGGUACUCUUUUAGUGUCAGAGUCAAGGGAGAGCCACACUCUACCCAAAGAGCUCACUUUUGUUAUUUCGCCUCCAAAACCACAUUCAUUGGACAUUAAGCGCCAAUUAAAAAGUGCUCUUGCAGCUGCCGUCGCACUUGACCAGCCAUUGAUCCUGGCGGAUGUAGUUGAGAGUUUAGGAGCUGUAGAAAUUCAUGAGGUAAAAGAAAAGAAAGAACACAAAUAUGUCAUGUUCACGUAUCUUAUUACAAGUGCAAGUGCCCCACUUGAAAUUACAAUUGCUUUUGAAGGAGAGUACCCCCAGACUGCUGAUCUCAGAAGUGAACUUCAAGCUGCCUUCUACUCCAUUGUCUAUCGAGAGCAACAGGUUAUGACCUCAGAGCAGCCAGGCACAAUGCAAAUUGACAGGCCCCAAAGAAUACAGGCUACCAAGGCUUCUUCAAAAGAAAUGCUUUCACCUGUGGUAGAGAUUGUAAGAUUGACAGAAAAUGUUGAGCCUUUUACUCCACCAUUUUCUCAGUCUGCAACUGUGAAAACUGAAGCAAAAGCCUCUUUUCAGUCCGUAACAGCUAAAGAGCAAGCUUUUGUGCAGCAGUCAACAGUUCAUAUGACAAGUGAAUCAAAAAUUGAGAUUCAACAGUCCAUCCAAGUUGAGCGACAAGAAACCAGAUCUGUGACAGUAAAAGAACAUGAGAGGGAUGUAGGGGCAGUAGGUAUGAUAACUGAACUUGUUUUGAGGCCUGUUCCAAUCGAGCAGUCGACUGAAGUCGUCUUUCAGAGGGAGGAAAGGGAGGAAUAUAUAACUGAAGCAUUUAUGAAAUUAGAGAAAGAAGAAGUUAGAGAGGAGGGUUACCCAGUUUUUGAAAGCUCCUUGGAGGAUAUUGUAAUAGACGAACAUUCAGAGGCAAAAUUCUCAUUGACUAUUAGACAUGUAAAGAAAGUAAAUUGGCUUUUUAAUGGAAAAUCAAUUAAAUCUGGCAAAGAGUUCAAGUGUUCCAAAGACCACGACACUUACACACUAGUAAUCAGCAAGGUUACGAAGGAUCAUCAAGGAGAAUAUACCUGUGAGGCUGUAGGUGAUGCUGGCAAGACCUCAACGUCCUCUCACCUCACUGUGGUCUCAAGAGUGCCACCUGUUUUUAGGCACAAAAUAAAAAAUCUGGAGGUCAAUGUUGGCAGUCCUGCAAAGUUCGAAUGUGAGAUUGAGGAUGCUCCAGGUGUGACCUUCAAGUGGUUCAAGUCUGGUUCUGAGCUCAGACAUAGUGACAAAUGCAGGAUUAUCAGUCUUCAUCACACCUCAUCUCUGGAGAUGAUUAGCCCAACAGUCGCUGACAGUGGAGAAUUUACCUGCAAAGCUUCAAACCGCCAUGGAAGUGACAGCUGCUCUGCUAAACUAAGUGUGACAGAGAUUUUCCCACCAGAAUUUGUAUCAAAGCCCGAUUCGAUGACUUUAUUUGUGGGCAAGCAAGCAAAAUUUCAGUGUGUUAUUUCUGGUUCUGAACCAAUGAAUGUUCUCUGGCAUAAAGACAAUAUUGCUAUUUCACUUGACAAUCACUGCAAAGCGUCCUCUGACAAGAACAAGUAUUUUCUUGAAAUCUUGAAUUUACAACAAAGUGAUCAGGGAACAUACCUUUGCAAAGCUUCAAACAGUGUUGGUACAGCUACAUGCUGCACUGAACUGAGGGUUGUAGACAAACCCAGCUUUGUGAAGAGCUUUGCGUUAACCACUAUUGCUGUGGGAAACACACUACGCCUUGAGUGUCAGGUAGAUGAAGACAUUGGUGUUUCCAUCAUCUGGAUGAGAGAUGGCAAGAAACUCCAUACUACAAUGGACUGUAAACUAGCUUUUGAGGAAAAAAUAGCCUGUCUUGAGAUUCAAAAGGCUAAACUCAAAGAUACAGGUACAUAUACCUGUACUGCUGCCAAUGACGCAGGAAGCAGCAGUUGCUCUUCUAGUGUGACAGUGCAAGAACCUCCAGUCUUUGUUAAAAGGCUGGAGCCUAAGAUCUUAUGGAAACAAGGAAUGUCUUCACGUCUGUUGUGCACUCUCAAAGGAUCGCCUGAACUCCAUGUAACUUGGUUUUUGAAUGACAAACCACUUAGUUCCUCUGAAAAACACAAAAUAACUUUCAAAGCCGGCCAAGCCACUCUUGAGAUUAUUAACUUAUCUGAAUCUGACAGUGGAAAUUACACUUGUGAAGUGAUGAAUGAGGCUGGCUGUGAAAGCUGCAGCUCUCAAGUAACUGUAAAAGAACCUCCUGCAUUUAAAAAGGAGUUGCAAAUGGUGGAGGUAGUCAAGGGUUGCACAGCCCAGCUUGAAUGUGAAGUUACAGGCACUGCUCCAUUUGAGGUGACCUGGUUUAAGAAUAAAAACCCAGUAUCCUCUGACAAGAAGUACAGUAUUGUCUCAAAAGAGACAGUUGCAUAUUUGGAAAUCAAAUCAUUUGAAAGUGCAGAUGUUGGAGAUUACCAGUGUUGCAUUUCUAAUGAUGUUGGUAAAAUAACUACAAAAGCAGUGGCCAAGUUGAAAGAACCACCAUCGUUUGUAAAGAAGAUUGAGAACACCACUGCAGUUUUAGGCAGCGCUGUGAAACUGCAGGGAACUCUGAAGGGUUCUGCUCCUAUCACAGUUCAAUGGUUUAAAGAUUCUGAGAUAGUCAGGGAUGAUGAUCCUAAUAUUACUACGACUUUUGCAAACAACCUUGCUAUUCUGGCAAUAGCAAAUGUGGCCAUUGACCAUGGGGGGAAAUAUACUUGUCAAGCUGAAAAUGAGGCUGGAAAACAAAAAUGCGAGGCCGCUGUAUCAGUUCAAGAACCAGCUAGAUUUGUUGAGAAACCGCCAUCCAUCAGUGUGACUGCCAGUGACUCUGCAACUCUCGAGUGCAAAGUUUCAGGAAGUCCAGAUCUCAAAAUAAAAUGGUUCAGAGAUGGCAAAGAGAUUACAGGAAGUCGAAAAUGCAAAAUCUCUUUCAAAGAUAACGUGGCAGCCUUGAAAAUCCUCUCAGCAGAGAGGGGAGAUAGCUGUGAAUACAAAGUUGAAGUUUCUAAUCGGGUUGGAAAAGAGCAGUGCUCUUGCUCAAUUCUUGUUCUUGAUAAAAUAAUACCCCCAACUUUCACAAAAAUACUUAAGAAGGUAGAUGGUAAUGUUGGAGGCACUAUUCAGUUGGAAUGCAAAGUGUCAGGAUCCCAACCUAUAACAUUAUCUUGGUUCAAAGAAGGAAAGGACAUUACAACUGGAACAAAAUAUAGAACAGAAAUGCAGGAAAGCACUGCAAUACUGAAAAUUACUGAUUUAGAGACAUCAGAUGCUGGGGUUUUCACCUGCCAUGCAACUAAUGCUGCAGGACACAGUGAAACAAGUGGAACUGUUUCUGUUAAAGAACCCCCAGUCUUCUCUUUGAAACCUCAAAGCCAAGAUGUUUUACCAGGAACUACGGUUGUCCUAACAGCUGCAUUCACUGGGACAGCACCUUUUAUCAUUAAGUGGUUCAAAGAAGACAAAGAAAUGUUAACUGGAGGAACCUGCUUCAUCAAAAAAGAAGCCAACUCAAGUUCACUGGAGCUGCACUCCGUGAAGCCAUCUCAGUCUGCAGAAUACACUUGCCAAGUUUCUAAUGAUGCUGGAAAGGUCUCAUGCACAGCUUCCUUAUUCGUGAAAGAACCUCCAAAAUUUGUAAUGAAGCUUGACUUGACUAAACUAGUACUGAAUGGGAGUCUUGCCACUUUGGAAUGUAAAGUCACUGGCAGCCCAGAGAUCAGUAUUAGAUGGUAUAAAAAUGAGACUGAAGUUAGCUCAAAUGAUAAAUACCAAAUGGCCUUCAUCGACUCAGUUGCUACACUACAAAUUUCCAAAUGCUGUGUUGAAGACAGUGGAGAUUAUAUCUGCCAAGCAUCAAAUGAAGCUGGCAGCGAUAGAUGCAGUUGCUUGGUUACAGUCAAAGAACCUCCCGAAUUUGUGAAACCGUUUGAAUCCAAAGAAAUUGUUAAAGGCACAGAUGUUUUGUUGGAAGGAACUGUAUCAGGCUCAGCUCCCUUUGAGAUUUCCUGUUUCAAAGACUCAAAGCAGAUCCGAAAUGAUAGAAGGCACAUCAUAAGCCUGACAAAGGAUGUAGCAGCUCUUCAGAUUUUGAAAUUUGAACCUGGCGAUGUUGGCAAAUAUCAGUGCACUGUAGGAAAUGAAGUAGGGCAGACCUCCUGUGAUUUUCAUAUUAAACUGAAAGAGCCACCAUCAUUUGUGCAGAAGAUGGAUAAUACAAAUGUCCUCCUUGGUGGUGAGGUUUCCUUGCAGUGUGUUUUGAAAGGGUCAUUGCCUAUGAAUGUCUUUUGGAUGAAAGAUGACCAUGAGAUCAAGGAAUCUGGGGAUGUUCAGAUAUCUUUUGAGAACCAGACAGCAGUGGUAUACAUUUCUAGUGUGCAGUUAAAACAUGGUGGAAAGUACACUUGCCAUGCUCAGAAUGAAGCUGGUAGUCAGAAAUGUACAGCAGUACUGGUGGUAAAAGAGCCUGCAAACAUCACAGAGCAAGCCAAGUCUGUCAGUGUUUCAGUAGGUGAUCCUGCCACUCUAGAAUGCAGGUACUCUGGUUCUAAAGUUCUUAAAGCAAAAUGGCUAAAGGAUGGCAAAGAGCUGACAUCAAGCAAAAAGUACAAAGUACAGAGCACCGAUAAAAGUUCCAUAUUAAAAAUUAUUUUUGCUGAGAAGAGUGAUGCUGGAGAAUAUAUCUUUGAGAUUUCAAAUGAUGCUGGAAGAAGCAGUUGUGAGGCAGUUGUGACUGUUUUAGAUCAAAUAAUCAAGCCUUCCUUCACAAGAAAAUUGAAGGACAUGGAGAGUAUAAAAGGAUCUUUUACACAGUUGGAAUGUCUGGUCUCUGGAUCUCUUCCCCUAACUGUCACUUGGUUCAAGGAAAACAGAGAGAUAGACACAGAUGAGAAGCACAAAUGCAUAUUCUUUGAGAAUGCAGCAUCUUUGGAAAUCAGUCGUCUUGAUAGUUCAGACAGUGGCAACUAUACCUGUAUUGCUAAAAACCAAGCAGGCACUGUUCAGUGCUCAGGCACGCUGAAAAUCAAAGAACCUCCGUCAAUAAUUGAGAAACCGGAAUCACAAGAUGUUAUACCAGGAUCCAGAGUGCAGUUUAAUGUGCUUGUGUCUGGCACGCCACCACUGACCAUUAAGUGGUUUAAAGAUAAGAAAGAGGUUUCUUCAGGGAUUGACUGUUCAGUUCAGAAAAAUGACACCUCUAGCUCACUGGAGCUCUUUUUUGCUAAGCCUUCCGACUCCGGAGACUAUGUCUGUGAAAUAAGUAAUGAUGUUGGAUCAGAUGCUUGCCAAGCAACACUCUUUGUGAAAGAACCACCCAAAUUUACCCGCAAACCUGAAAAAAUAACAGUGGUAAAACCAGGCCAAUUGGUAGCUUUUGAAUGCCAGAUUACAGGCACUCCAGAGAUAGACACAUACUGGUUCAGAGAUGGGAAUGAAAUAAGUCCAAGUGACAAGCAUAAAAUGACUUUUGUCGAUUCUCUUGCACGGCUUGAGAUAAGUAGCAGUGAUAUCAAAGACAGUGGAGUGUACUACUGUGAAGCCCGAAAUGAGGCGGGCAGUGAGAGCUGUAGUAUGGAACUAAGAGUGAAAGAGCCCCCAGUUCUUGUCAAACCAUUGACUCCUCUUGAGGUUGUGAAUGGGUCAAAUGCAUAUUUUGAAUGUCAGGUAAAAGGCACAUCUCCUUUUGAGGUGACCUGGCAAAAAUAUUCAAAGGACAUUAAAUCAAGCCUAAAGCAUGUGAUUUUGCAGAAGAAUGGCUCUAUAAUGACUCUUGAUGUACAGAAAUGUGAUGCUUUAGAUGUUGGAGAAUAUCAGUGCACUGUAGCAAAUGAAGUUGGGAGUUGUUCAAGUCAGACUACACUCAGCAUAAAAGAACCUCCAUCGUUUGUGGAGAGGAUUGAGAAUGUUGUCACAGUUCUUGGAAAAAAGGUUGAAUUUAAAUGUGUUGUAAGAGGAUCACCUCCUCUGUCCAUACAAUGGCAAAAAGAUGAAAACUGGAUUUUGGAGGAUCCUUCAAUUGAGAGGACUUUUGAGAACAAUAUUGCUACUUUGAGAAUCCCUGUGUGCAAGUCCAUCCACAGUGGAAAAUACACCUGUCAGGCCGUGAAUGAGGCAGGGCAAGAAAAGUGUUUUGCUACCCUUUUGGUUCAAGAGCCACCUCAGAUAAUUGAAAAACCAGAGGUCAUUAAUGUCACUGCUGGAGAUCCAAUAAGUUUGGAGUGCAAAGUUACAGGCUCUCCUGAGCUGAAAGUGAAAUGGAGUAAAGAUGGCAAUGAAGUUAUGCCUUCAAGACAGCACAGCCUCAGCUUCAUCAAUAAUGUCAGCCAACUUAAAAUUCAGUCUGUCCAUUUGGAAGACAAAGGAACUUAUGUGUUUGAGGUUUCCAACCACAUCAGUGCCUGCCAGUGCAAAGUGACUUUAAAUGUGCUAGAGCAAAUAAUCCCCCCAUCCUUCAUUAAACCUUUGAUGGAGAUGGAGGAAAUUCUGGGCACAAAUGUUCAAAUUGGAUGUAAAAUAUCUGGCUCACUCCCUAUAACUGUGGAAUGGGUGAAGGACGGAACUAAACUGUCAGGAAGAACCAAACAUAAACAACUUCAAGAUGACAACAGCGUAUCUUUGGAAAUUGAGUGUUUAGAGAAAGCCGACACUGGAACGUAUACUUGUAAACUUACAAACAAAGCAGGCAGUUGUGAAUGCAGUGGUACACUGAGGGUGAAAGAGCCACCAAGCUUUGUGCUGGUUCCAGAAUCACAGGCUGUCAUACCAAAUACCACUGUUCGGUUUAAAAGUACCUUUAAAGGAACACCUCCCUUCACAGUGAAAUGGUUCAAAGAUGACACUGAGCUGAUUUGUGGACCUUCAUGUUUUACUGGCCUGGAGGGCCUCUCAUGCUUCCUAGAUCUUUUUGCCGUUGGAAUAUCACACAGUGGAACUUACUCUUGUCAAAUAAGCAAUGAUGCCGGUACCGCUAAAUGCACCACAACCUUGUUGGUCAAAGAACCUCCAGAGUUUGCACAGAAACUGCCAGCUGCAAAAAUCAUAAAGAUGGGAGAGCCACUCCAGCUCGAAUGCAAAGUCACUGGCACAGCUCCUCUGAAAAUUAGCUGGUACAAAAAUGAUGCUGUUCUCAGCGACGGUGACAACUUGAGAAUGACUUUCGAUAACUCUGUGGGAGUCCUUGAAAUUUUCAAGUGCAGCUUUGAGGAUAGUGGAGUAUUCACCUGUGAAGUCAAGAAUGAUGCAGGAACUAAGAGUUGCAGUACGACACUCACAGUCAAAGAACCACCAACUUUCCACAAAGUGCCAACACCAGUUGAAGGGCUGAAGGGCAAAGAUGCCAGUCUUAACUGUGAGCUGAAAGGCUCAGCACCUUUUGAGAUAACCUGGUUUAAAGAUAAAAAACAGUUAAAGGAGAGUAGGAAGUACAAAUUUGUGUCUGAGGGAUGCUCUGCAACUCUCCACAUUCUUGGACUGGAAGCAUCAGAUGCAGGAGAAUAUGAGUGCAAAGCAUCAACUAAUGUAGGAAGUGAUUCCUGCCAGGGCACUGUAAAGCUGAGAGAACCGCCAGCGUUUGUGAAGAAAUUAUCUAACACGACAGCCAUCUCUGGUGAGGAGGUGGUUUUGCUGGCAACGGUCAAAGGCUCGCAGCCUAUGACUGUGUCUUGGGUUCAGGAUAAAGACCACAUUCUCAGAGAUGGUGACAACAGGAAAAUUACAUUUGAGAAUAAUCAGGUUACCCUGAAGAUCUUUAAAGCUGACUCUACCAGUGCUGGAAAAUAUACAUGCCAGCUCAAAAAUGAUGCUGGAGUAGCUGAAUGCACAGCGAACCUAACUGUCCUAGAACCUGCUGCAAUUGUGGAUAAGACAGAGUCAAUCAGUGUAACCGCUGGUGACACUGCAGUCUUAGAGUGCACUGUAUCUGGAACUCCAGAACUUAAGCCAAAAUGGUACAAGGAUGGUGUGGAGUUGUCUUCAGGCAGAAAAUACAAAAUCACCUUCUCAAAAAUGAUCUCCAGUCUUAAGCUAUUGUCAACAGAGAAAAGUGACACUGGAGAAUACACAUUUGAAAUCAAGAAUGAAGUUGCUAGUGAUAGCUGCAAAAUGCACAUCACUGUUUUGGACAAAAUCGUCCCACCUUCGUUCUCACGAAAACUGAAGGACACACAGAGCAUUGUUGGCAAAUCUAUUGAAUUGGACUGCAAAGCCUCAGGGUCUGCACCUCUCACCAUCUCUUGGUACCAUAAUGAAGAGGAGAUUAAAAGUGGGCCAAACUAUGAGAUUACGUUCGCUGAGAAUACCUGCACUUUGAAAGUGCCAACUCUGAAACUUUCAGUCUCGGGCACAUACAAAUGUAAAGCAGUGAACAGUGCAGGAACUGCAGAGACAUCUGCUUCCUUAGUUGUUAAAGAACCCCCAUCUUUUGUGACCAUUCCUCAACCGGUGGAAGCCCUCCCAGGCACAAAUGUCACCUUUACAGCAACUGUUCAAGGAAGUACCCCAAUGAAACUGAAAUGGUUUAGAGGCAGUAAGGAAAUAGUGUCUGGGAGAAGCUGUGAGAUUGCUUUAAGAGGAGAUACUGCAAUUCUGGAGCUCUACAACAUUGAUAAAUCUCAUGCUGGCGAGUACACUUGCCAGAUCAUUAAUGAUGCAGGAAAGGAAAACUGCCCUGUGAACCUUUUUAUUAAAGAGGCUGCACACUUUGUCAAGAAGCUCAAGAACCUGUCUGUCGAAAUGGGCAAGUCUCUGAUACUUGAAUGUACAUAUGCGGGAAGCCCAAGGAUUCUUGUGAAAUGGCAUAAAGAUGGCCAGGAGAUUUAUUCCUCUUACAAGUACAACAUUACAACCACUGAGAGCUCCUGCAUCCUUGAGUGUCUAAACAGUGACAAAGAGGCUGCUGGAAAAUACACUUGUGAGGUUUCCAAUGAUGCUGGACACGACACUUGUGAAGCAGCAGUGUCCAUCUUAGAACCACCUUUCUUUAUUGAGAGUUUGGAGCCCAUGGAAGUCACUGUGGGUGAUGCAGUUUGUCUGAAAUGUCAGAUUGGUGGCACUCCUGAAAUGAAAGUGUCAUGGUUCAAGGCAGAUGGCAAAGUACGGUCUUCUCCGACCUGUAAGAUGGAGUUCACCAAAGGCACUGCCUGUCUGAAACUAGCUAAAGUUGCCAAAUCUGACAUUGGUGAAUACACAUGUAAGGCAGAAAACAGCAUAGGAUCUGCCUCUUCCAGCUGCCUCUUAACCGUACAAGAUGUGAAAACACCACCGUCUUUCCCUAAAAAGAUUACUAGCAUUACUCAAAUUGAAGGGCAGCCUGUCCAGUUUGAAUGUCGUGUUGCAGGAUCCUCUCCUAUGGAGAUCUCUUGGCUAAAAGAUGGUGAAGCUCUUAGGAGCGAUUCAGAAUACACAAUGUCUUUUGAUGAUAACUCUGCUGUCCUAAAGAUAGUCAAAGGUGAAAUGAGACAUUCUGGAGAAUACACUUGUGUUGCAACUAAUAGUGUUGGAACUGCUUCUUGUAGAGCCAAGCUCACCCUCCAAGAGCCAAGAUAUCCGCCUGUGUUUGAUAAAAAGCUCAUACCUGUGGAUGUGACGGUGGGAGAUACUGUCGAACUGGAAUGCCACAUGACGGGAUCAUUGCCAAUAAAAGUCACUUGGUCCAAGGAUCACAAAGAUAUCCGCACAGGGGGCAAUUAUAAGAUAUCAUGUGUGGAUAACACCCCACAUUUGACAAUUUUGAAAGCUGAUAAGGCAGACUCUGGUCGUUAUUCUUGCCAUGCUAGUAACGAUAUUGGGAAGGAUUCUUGUUCCACAGAGGUUUCUGUGAAAGAACGGAAAAUUCCACCUAGUUUUACCAAAAAGCCUUCAGGAACUAUUGAGGACAUUGAGGGCAAAAUGGUGAAGAUUGAGGGUCGUGUAGCUGGAUCACAUCCCCUAACAGUCAACUGGUAUAAAGAUGGCAUGGAAAUCUUCUCCUCUGACUUUUAUGAUGUAACCUUCAAGAGCAGCCUGGCUGUCCUGUGCAUUAAAAAAUCUCAACUGUCAGAUAAUGGAACAUAUAUGUGCAAAAUCUCCAACGAAGCUGGCACUGCCUCUUAUGAUGUGUCAGUUAAGAUUACAGAGCAAAAGGUACCACCAAGCUUUGACUUGCCUCUUAAACCAGUGACUGUGACUGAGGGUGAGAAACUUACCCUCAGCUGUCAUGUACGUGGAUCUCCUCCUCUAAAGAUUCAGUGGAUGAAGGACAGACGGGAGCUUUCUUCGACUGAAAAUACAAAGAUCACAUUUGUUGAUGGCACUGCCACAUUGGAGAUGAUCCAUGUAUCUAAGACAGAUACUGGAGAUUAUCUCUGCAAAGCAACCAAUGAGGCUGGCAGUGAAUUCUGCAAAUCUAAAGUCACUAUCAAAGUUUCAGAGAAACCAGGAGCUCCUGCCCCGGCACAGGCUGCCCCUUCACCACCAGAAGCAGUUAAAAAGUUGGACAACCUGUUCUUCAUUGAGGAGCCAAAGAGUGUCCAUAUUGUUGAGAAGGGUACAGCUACCUUCAUUGCUAAGGUUGGUGGUGAUCCCAUUCCCAAUGUGAAAUGGAUGAAGGGCAAAUGGAGGCAGAUGACUCAUGGGGGCCGCAUCAGUAUUGAACAAAAGGGUCAAGAGGCCAAGAUGGAGAUCAAAGAGGUGACCAAAUCUGACUCUGGUCAGUACAGAUGUGUUGCAUCAAACAACCAUGGAGAAAUUGAGUGCAGCACCAACUUGAAUGUUGAUGAGAAGAAAGAGACAACUUUAGAAAUGGUGAAACUGAAGAAGACUCCAUCUAAGCAGAAAAGCCCUAAAGAGGACAAGGAUAUUGACAUUGUUGAGUUGCUUAGAAAUGUUGAUCCAAAAGAGUAUGAGAAAUAUGCUCGCAUGUAUGGAAUCACAGACUUCCGGGGUCUCCUUCAAGCUAUUGAGUUUCUGAAGAAGGAAAAAGAACAGGAAAGUGGAAGACCGGAAGUGGAAAGUGGUGCAAGAGAGUCUGAGGAGGAUUUAGCUAAACUUGUUGCUGAUUUGCAGAAGAGGAUGGAACAAACAGAGCCUGUCACUGUGGUACGUGACAUCACAGACCAGACAACUACUGUUAAGAAGGAAGUUGUGUUUGAAUGUGAAAUCAAGAUUAACUACCCCGAAAUCACACUGUCCUGGUACAAAGGAACCCAAAAACUUGACAGUAGUGACAAGUAUGACAUCAAAAUUGUGGGUGAUCGUCACAUCUUAAAGAUCAAGGAUUGCCAGAUGAGAGAUGAGGGCAAUUAUCGUAUUGUGUGUGGCCCACAUAUCUCCAGUGCCAAACUGACAGUGCUUGAGGCUGAAGUGGAACAGCGUAUGCAGGAUGUGGCUGGUAAGGAAGGCCAAACUUGUACAUUGACUUGCCAGUUCUCUGUACCUAAUGUAAAAACCCAAUGGUUUAAAAACGGGAAGCUUUUAGAACCCCACAGCAGAUACACAUUUGCUGUGGCAAAUUACACUCAGAAGCUCUCAAUCAAAGAUGUUAGACCUGAAGACCAAGGAGAAUAUACCUGCAAAUAUAAAAAUCUUGAAACAACGGCAAAUCUUUGGAUCGAAGCCGAGCAAAUACAUUUCACCAAACGCAUCCAGAACAUUGUGGUGCGAGAACAUCAGUCAGCCACUUUUGAGUGUGAGGUGUCUUUCGACAAUGCUAUUAUAACAUGGUAUAAGGACACUUGGGAGCUUAAAGAGAGUCCCAAAUACACCUUCCGAAGUGAAGGGAGACGUCACUUCAUGAUCAUCCGCAACGUUACCUCUGCCGAUGAAGGCGUGUACUCGGUCAUUGUCAGAUUGGAGCCCAGGGGUGAGGCUAAAAGUACAGCUGAGCUUUACCUGUCAGGCAAAGAAAUUGAUAUAGAAAGGGUACCUUAUGAUAUCCCAGAUACAUCAAUACAAGUGCCUGAAGCAGCUACAUUAACCAUUGAAGCUGAAUCUUCCAUGGAAUAUUACCAUUACGAAGAAAAAAUGGAAACACAAGAGUAUGUGAGCUGGACAGCGGAGAGUGUUGUAGAGGAAAUAUCAGUCACAGCCCCAAGGGUCCCGAUCGAAGAGGCUGUCGUUAGAAAAACCCUGGGAAUGAGAGAGGAGGCUCCAACGACAGAAUUCGUGGAACCUGAGCCAUCUAAACCAGUGGAGAUAAUUCCUGAAGUACCUGUGAAAGCCAAAAAGCCUGUAGAAGAAAAAGUUACUGCAGUUACAUUGCCAGAGCCAAUUGAACCCCCCAAAGCAAAAGAAGUACCACAGCCAGAAGCACCUGUAGCUCCUGUGCCUUCUGCACCUAAACCCGAAGAGUCUAAACCUGCACCAGUAGCUGAGCCCAAACCAGAACCAAAGCCUAAGCCUGAACUUAAGCCUGAGCCUACGCCUGUGAAAAAACCUGAGCCACCCCCAGCCAAAGCUCUUGUGGAGGAAAAGCCAAAACCAACAAUUCCAGAACCACCAAAGAAAGUGCCAGCUAAAGCUAAAGCUGAAGAAGCCAUAGCUGUUCCGGUGGAAGAACCUCCAAAGAAAGUUAUUGUGGAGGAAAAGAAACCAAAACCACCAGUUCAAGAACCACCAAAGAAAGUGCCAGCUAAACCUGAUGAAGCCAUUCCAGUUCCAGUGGAAGAACCUCCAAAGAAAGUUCUUGUGGAGGAAAAGAAGCCAGAACCCCCAAAGAAAUUGCCAGCUAAACCUGAAGCCAUUGCAGUUCCAGUGGAAGAACCUCCAAAGAAAGUUCUUGUGGAAGAAAAGAAACCAAAACCACCAGUUCAAGAACCACCAAAGAAAGUGCCAGCUAAACCUGAUGAAGCAAUUAAAGUUCCAGAGGCAGAACCUCCAAAGAAAGUUCUUGUGGAAGAUAAGAAACCAAAACCAACAAUUCAAGAACCACCAAAGAAACUCCCCUCUAAACCUGAGCAAGCGACAGUGGAACAACUUCCAAAGAAAGUGCAAGAACCUUCCAAGAAGCCAGAGGCCCCUCCGUUAUUGGCUACACAGAGAGAAGACUUGACUCAGGAAAUAGGUUAUAAGAAACCAGAUGCUACUGUUCACAAAUUAGAAGAUAAAGAGGACAAAGUGCCUCAGAAGCGAGAGACUGCUGCUGGUCUCAAAAAAGAAGAAAUUAUAGACAAACUUCCUACAAAAGAGACUGUUCCUAUCCCUAAAAGGCAGGAAAAGAAAGAGGUCCCCCUUCCUCCUAAAAAGGAUGAAGUUGUACCUCAAAAGAAAGAGGUUCCUCUUCCUGCUAAACAGGAUGAGGAAAUAUUACCUAAAAAGAAAGAUGUUCCUCCUCCUCCUAAAAUGAAUGAAGUUGUACCUCAAAAGAAAGAGGUUCCUCUUCCUGCUAAACAGGAUGAGGAAAUACUACCUAAACAGAAAGAUGUUCCUCCUCCUAAAAAGGAUGAAGUUGUACCCCAAAAGAAAGAGGUUCCUCUUCCUUCUAAAAAGGAUGAGGAAAUGUUACCUAAAAAGAAAGAUGUUACUCCUCCUCCUCCUAAAAAGGAUGAAGUUGUAACUCAAAAGAAAGAAGUUCCUCUUCCUGCUAAAAAGGAUGAGAAAAUUGAACCUAAAAAGAAAGAGGUUCAUCUUGUUCCUAAAAAGGAUGAGGCAAUUGAACCUAAAAAGAAAGAGGUUCCUCUUCCUCUUAAAAAGGAUGAGGCAAUUGAACCUAAAAAGAAAGAGGUUCCUCUUCCUCUUAAAAAGGAUGAGGCAAUUGAACCUAAAAAGAAAGAGGUUCCUCUUCCUCUUAAAAAGGAUGAGGCAAUUGAACCUAAAAAGAAAGAGGUUCAUCUUGUUCCUAAAAAGGAUGAGGCAAUUGAACCUAAAAAGAAAGAGGUUCCUCUUCCUUCUAAAAAGGAUGAAGUUGUUCUUCAAAAGAAAGAGGUUUCUCUUGCUCCUAAAAAGGAUGAAAUUGUACCUCAAAAGAAAGAGAUACAAAUUUCAGAGAAGAAAGAAGAAAAAGAAAUUUUCUUUGUGGAAGAGAUUACACGUCUACAGAAGGAAGUAAUGACUCCCGUGCAAAUUGUAGAGAUGAAAGAAGAAAGAGAAGAAAUUUUCUUCAGAGAAGAAAUUGCACAUCUACAGAGGGAAGUAUCCCUUAAAUCAAAACUGGAAGAGAAAGAAGAUAUUUUGCCUAAAAAGAAGGAAGUAGUUGCUCUCACUAAAAAAGAAGAGGUCAUAAUGCCUCAAAAGAAAGAAGUUCCUCUUCCUGCUAAAAAGGAUGAAGAAAUUGUACCCCAAAAGAAAGAGGUGACCCCUACAAAAGUUGCUUUGGAUUCAGCCCAGACAAAAUCUACAACAGAAGAGUUGCAAAGAAAGCAGGAUACAGUUCUUUUUCUACCAAAGAAAUAUGAGAAGACUGAAGAUCUUCAAGAAUCGACUUCUGUCCGGAGAAAGGAUGAAGACACACCAUCAGACAGUCAGAAAAUUGCAAUGAAGUCACUUCUUUUGGAAGAAACCUCAAAAGGGGACAUCUCUCAUCAGAAAGCUGUAUCACAAACAGAAAUACUGUUUGACAGAAAACAUAGCAAAGAAAUUGACAGUUUACAAAUUUCAAAACUGGGGGAUUCUUCAAAAGAAAGUAUAUUGUCUUCAGAGGAAUUUAGAAUGAGUGAAACAUUUCCUGGUGAUGAACCAGCUAGAGCACUUGAAAUAACAGAAGCUAUUUUUAAACAACAUUCUUUUGAAGUGCAAGAAUCUUCCAAGAAGCCAGAGGUUGUUCUGUUAUUGGCUACAGAGAAAGGGGAUUUAAGUGAGGACAUGGGUCAUAAGAAACUAGUUUCUGCAGAUAGUAAAUUAAAGGAUAGAGAAGACAAAGUACCUCAAAAGAAAGAGACUGAUGCUGGUCCUAAAAAAGAGAUUGUUGCUACCCCUAAAAAGAAGGAAAUUGUGCCCCAAAAGGAUGAAAUUGUACUUCAGAUAGAAAAGUUCACUGUUUCUGCUAAAAAAGAUGAGGUUCCUAUUCCUCUCAGAACAAAAGAAGAAUUAGUGGUCCAAAAGAAAGAGGUUUCUCUUCCUGCUAAACAGGAUGAGGAAAUGUUACCUAAAAAGAAAGAUGUUCCUCCCAGAAAAGAUGAGGAAUUUGUAUUUGAAAAGAAAAAGAUUCUUCUUCCUCCCAGAAAGGAUGAAGAAAUAUUGUCUAAAAAUAAAGAUGUUUCUCUUCCCUAUAAAAAGGAAGAAAUUGUGUCUGAAAACAAAGAAGUUUGUCUUCUUCCCAGAAAAGAUGAGGAAUUUGUACUUAAAAAGAAAGAGGUUCCUCUUCUUUCUAAAAAGAAUGAAGAAAAUUUAUCUCAAAAGAAAGAGGCUGCUCUUCCUCCUAAAAAGGUUGAGGACACAGUAACUCAGAAUGAAGACCUAUCUCCCACACCCACAGCAGAAGUAGUAGUUCCACUGAAAAGGAAGCAGACUGUUAGUGCUUCUAAAACAGAAGAAACUGCGCCUCAGAGGAAAGAGAUAACCCAUCCACUAAUUUUGAAGGAGAAAGAGGAAAGUACACUUAAAAGAAAAGAGGUUGCUCACUCUCUUGAUAGGGAAGAAAUUCUACACAAGAAGGAAGUGUCCUACAUAAUUAAGCUGGAAGAGAAGGAAGACAAUCUGCCAAAGCAGGAGGUUGUUACAAUUCCAAAAACAGAGGAACUUGUGCACCAAAAGAAAAAGGUCAUUUCUGAGCAUAAACCACAGGGGAAAGGUGAGGAAGAGGUCAUUCUUCCAUCUAAAAAGCUUGAAGAGAAUGUUCCUCAAAAGAAAGAGGUGACCCCUACAAAAGUAGCAGAACCAGAGAAGAAACCAUCUCCAGAAAAGAUACCAUCUCCAGAGAAGACACCUGUUUCUGUGAAAGAAGUCGCAGCCCCAAAAGUUGAAAAGAAACCAUCUUCAGAGCCUGAAAGAAAGAAAGAACCUUUGCCAAAGCUUCAGGCAAAGACAAUUUCCCCAGAAGUUAAAGAGAUCGAUAAGAAAGCUGAAGAUAAACUCAUCCCUAAGCCCAAGGAAGAGAAGAUAAUUCCAACAAAAGUACCUACACCUAAAGAACCAGAGAAACUAAAGCCUGCUCCAAAGGAAGAACCAAUACCAAUUGUCCAACCAGUGGAAGAUGGUGAAAAGGGACCAGUUUCUGCACCUGCUCCAGGAAAGAAAGGAAAAGUUCUUAAAUUGAAGCAAGAAGAGGGAAGAUUUGAAAUUCCCACCUUAAAGAGAGCUACAAGAGUGUCCAAAGACAAAGAAGAAGAUCAGGAAAAGGUAAAACUGAAGAAAUUGCUCAAACCACAAGAGGAGGAAUAUAAGGAAGCUCCAAAAGUGUAUGCUGAGGCUCACGCUGAAGUUAUGAUAACUGAAAGUUAUGAGGCAGAAAUGCAUUUUGAGACUUAUGAAGUGACCAAGAGAGUUGAGAAAAUUCAACCUGAGGUAGACAAAAAGAUGCCUGCGGAAUCUGAACAAGCACCACCUCAGAUAAAACCAGAAACUGAAUUAGAAGAAAAAGCAAAAAAGACACCAAUUGUAAAGGUUCCAAAGAAAGAUACACCAGAGGAGCCUGGCUUAGCACUGAAAAAGGUUAAAAAGUUACCAGUAGACACGAAAGAACAAGAAUCUGUCAAAUUAAAACCUUUUGAGAAACCUGUAAAACCGCCAAGUGAAGCUGAAAAAGACGCCAAAAAAGAAGAGAAAGGAAGAGAACCUAUAACUUUUGACAGAAGUAGGGAACCAGUUACCUUUCAGAAAGGAGUCCAACCUGAAAAGGAUGAGAAGCCAAAAGAACCUGAUGUCCUCACAAAAAAAGAAGAGCCCCCUGUUCCUGACAAAAAGGUGCCAGAUGAAGUUGCUGUUAAACCUGUAACCAGACCUCCCAAAAAGGAAACACCUACAGAGCCUAAAGAGAAAUUAAUUAAAGGUAAAGGUAAAAUUCCACCUAAAGAUCAGGAGCCUGAGGUGGUUCAACUAAAACCAAUUUCGAAGAAACCUUCAGCUGGAUCACCAAAAGAAAAGGAGGUUCCAGAGCCAAAAGAACGAAAACCAAUUGAGUUGUCACCACUUACUAGGCCACCAAAAGAUGAAAUUAAAACAGAACCAAGUAUUCCACCAAAAAGAGUUGACAGUCAAGAAACUCCAGAUAAAGGUAAAGAGGUUGAGAAGAUACCGACUAUUGUACCCGUAGAAGACAAAAAGGCACCACCCAAAAAGGUUACACCGGUAAAGAAGGAGAUGACACCAAAGGAGAACGAGAAGAAGCCAAUAGUCACCAAAAAGGGUAUUUUGCCUAAAGAGGCUGAGGAGAAGGAAGACAUAAUUCUAAAACCAGUUGAGCGUCCAAAGAGUGGAGUAGACCCCGAAAAGAUUCCUUCACCUAAGGUUGAUAAACCAAAACCAACUGAACCAGUCUCUGUGGAGAGGAAGCCUAGUGAGGAUUUGGCAAAGAAGCCUAAGAAAGUUUCACCCAAAGACUCAAUUGAAGCUGUUAUUUUAAAGAAAGUACCUCAGAAGAUUUCACCUGAGGACAAAUCUGAAGCAACUCCUCAGAUCCCUGAAAAAGAGGAGAUUCCAACCAUAAAGGAGAUGUCUCCUGGAGCUGUGGAGUUAAGAAAAGUAUCAACUCAGUUUGAAGAGGAAGUAUUUGAAGAAGAGGUUGAGGUUGAAUUUGAAGCUGAAUAUGAAGAUGAAGAAGAAGCGUGGGGAUGGGAGGUUGCUUCUCGAGAGAGUUAUGGCUCAGAAGGCUCUGAAGAAAGGUAUUUGGAGGAAGGGGCACUUGAGACUCCUGGGAUGCCAGGUGGUAGACGAGAGGGAAAGCCUAAAGAGGAAGCUGGAAGAGGCAGAGGCUUAAAACCAAGACAAACUCCAUCUCCUGGUGAUGCUGGAAGGGGUAGAGGGCUGAAGCCUGGUGCUGGUGGUGACAAACCUCCAGGAGAUUCACCAUUUGGUUUCCAGCUCAAAGCUGUCCCCUUGAAGUUUGUGAAGGAGCUCAAAGAUAUUGUGUUACAGGAGGCUGAGUCCAUUGGCUCCUCUGCUGUAUUUGAGUGCCAAAUCUCUCCAUCUACUGCCAUCACCACCUGGAUGAAAGAUGGAAGCAAUCUAAGGGAGAGUCCAAAGCACAAAUUCACAUCUGAUGGCAAAGACCGCAAACUGCAAAUCAUUGAUGUACAGCUUUCAGACACUGGGGAGUACACAUGUGUUGCUAAGCUUGGCAACAAGGAGAAGACUUCAACAGCUAAACUUAUUGUUGAAGAGUUACCAGUAAAGUUCACAAAGGAUCUGGAGGAGGAAAUGUCUGUGAUUAAGGGACAGCCAAUGUACUUAACCUGCGAGUUGAGCAAAGACAGGGAUGUUGUCUGGAAGAAGGACGGAAAAGAGCUCAAUCAAAUUCCUGGCAAAAUUCAAAUCAAUGUUAUUGGAUUGCAGCGCUCUGUGACAAUUCAAGAUGCAAAUGACGAUGAUGCCGGUGUUUACAUUUGCGAGUGCGAGAACAUCAAGACACAAGCCAAUGUCAAAGUCAUUGAAAUAAUCAGAGAUUGGUUAACGAAACCUUUGAGGGACCAGCAUGUGAAACCAAAGGCUACUGCCACAUUCAAGUGCGAACUGUACAAGGAUACUCCUAACUGGAAGUGGUUCAAGGGAGAUGAAGAAAUUCCCACUGACCCUACAGAUAAGACUGAGGUGAAAAAGGAUGGAAAAGAUAUCAUGCUUACAAUCAAGAAUGCUCAACCUGGUGAUAUUGGAGAAUAUGCCAUUGAAGUUGAGGGCCGCAGAUAUGCAGCAAAACUCACUCUUGGAGAGCGUGAAGCUGAGAUCUUGAAGCCUCUUGCAAGUAUGGAGGUGGUUGAGAAAGAAGAGGCCAACUUUGAUACUGAAAUUUCAGAAGAUGAUGUGCCUGGAGAAUGGAAACUUAGAGGGCAGGUUCUGACAAGAUCACCGACGUGUGAUAUCAGAGCUGAAGGAAAUAAAAGAUUCCUUACAUUGAAAAAUGUUCAACUUGACCAGGCUGGAGAAGUCUCUUACCAAGCUUUGAAUGCCAUCACUACUGCAAUGUUAACGGUCAAAGAAAUUGAAAUGGACUUCACAGUCCCAUUAAAGGAUGUUACUGUGCAUGAAAAGAAACAGGCAAAGUUUGAGUGCACGAUCACAAAAGAUGUGCCUAAAGUCAUGUGGUUGAGAGGAUCUGAUAUUAUAACACCAGACCAAAAAUAUGAUAUCAUUGAUGAUGGAAAGAAACACAUGUUGGUCAUAAACCACUGUGAAUUUGAGGAUGAGGGAGAAUAUACUAUUGAGGUGUUGGGUAAAACAUCAACAGCCAAACUGACAGUUGAGGGUAUGCGGCUGAAAUUCAUCUCACCAAUAGAGGAUCAAACUGUUAAGGAAGGUAAAACAGCUCGGUUUGAGCUUGAACUGUCCCAUGACAAUGUACCAGUGACAUGGUACAAAAAUGAAACAAAACUGCAUCCGAGCAGAACUAUACUUACACAUGUUGAUGGAAAGAAACAUAUAUUAGAAAUCAAGAAUGUCACUCUAGAUGAUACUUGCCAAAUAAAAGCAGAGGCUAAAGGAUUAUCGACAACAGCAAACCUGACGGUGCUAGAGGGAGAUGCCUACUUCACAGUUAAACUGCAAGAUUACACUGCGGUUGAGAAAGAUGAGGUCACUCUUGACUGUGAGCUCAGCAAAGAUGUUCCUGUGAAGUGGUUCCACAAUGAGACUGAAAUUAAAGCCUCCAAGAUGAUUAUCAUGAAAGCUGAGGGCAACCGAAGAAUCCUAAACAUCAAGAAAGUUGAGGAGAAAGACAAAGGAUUAUAUGCUUGUGACUGUGGAACAGACAAGACUUCGGCCAACUUGAACAUUGAAGCUCGUGACAUCAAAGUGGUGCGACCCAUGUAUGGUGUUGAGCUGUUCGAUGGCGAGACAGCUCGUUUUGAGGUGGAAAUUUCUGAAGAUGAUGUCCAUGGCCAGUGGAAGCUACAAGGAGAAGUCCUCUCCCCAUCACCUGAUGUUGAAAUCAUUGAGGAUGGCGCUAAACACAUCUUAACUUUAUACAACUGCAAAGUGUCCCAGUCUGGAGAGGUUUCAUUCCAGGGUGCCAAUGCAAAAUGUUCUGCCAAUCUAAAAGUGAAAGAGCUUCCCAUUACAUUUGUUACACCCCUGGCUGAUGUGCAUGUAUAUGAGAAGGAUGAGGCCAGGUUUGAGUGUGAGAUCUCAAGACAACCAAAGACCUUCCGUUGGUUGAAAGGAUCUCAGGAGAUUACAGCUGAUGAUAAAUUUGAGAUACUUCAGGAGGGCAAAAGACACAUUCUGGUGGUCAGAUCCGCUGCCUUUGAGGAUGAGGCCAAGUAUAUGUUUGAGGCUGAGGACAAGAGAACAUCUGCCAAACUUGUUAUCCAGGGCAUCCGUCUUGAGUUUGUCAGACCCAUUAAAGAUGUCACUGUUAAAGAGCGGGAGACUGCAGAAUUCAGGAUUGAACUCUCUCAUGAAAAGGUUCAAGUUACCUGGUACAAGAAUGAUGUGCGUUUGCAUCCAAGCAAAGUGGUGCACAUGUCCGAGGAUGGCAAGAUCCAUACUCUGUCCUUCAAAGAGGUGUCUAUUGAUGACACUUCACUAAUUAAAGCUGAGGCCCUUGGCAAAACCUGUGAGGCAAUGCUCACUGUACUUGAGGGAGAACCUUACUUCACCACCAAGUUGCAGGACUACACUGCAGUUGAGAAGGAUGAGGUUGUCUUGAUAUGCGAAGUGAGCAAAUCAUCUGCUCAGGUGAAAUGGUUGAAAGACGGCAAGGAAAUCACUCCCUCUAAGAACAUCCUCAUCAAGGCUGAUGGAAAGAAACGUAUCCUGACAGUGAAGAAGGCUGAGAAGGACAACAUUGGUGAAUAUGUUUGUGACUGCAGCUCUGACAAAACAGCAGCCAAGCUUAACAUUGAAGAACGUGAUAUUAAGAUUGUCCGUCCACUGUACAGUGUGGAGGUCACAGAGACAGAGACUGCUCGCUUUGAGACAGAAAUCUCUGAGGAGGAUGUUCAUGGUAAAUGGAAACUCAAAGGAGAUGCCCUGCACCAGUCACCGGACUGUGAAAUUAAGGAGGAAGGCACCAAGCACAUGCUUAUCCUUUACAAUGUUCGCAUGGAUAUGGCUGGUGGUGUGGACUUCAGUGCUGCUAACGCUAAAUCAAGGGCUCAACUCAGAGUUAAAGCACGAGUGAUAGGCCUCUUGAGGCCUCUCAAGGAUGUAACAGUGACAGCGGGAGAGACAGCAACCUUUGACUGCGAACUGUCUUAUGAGGGCAUACCUGUGGAAUGGAUCCUAGGGGGUACAAAGCUGGAACCAAGUGACAGAGUGGUGACCCGGGCAGAAGGCAGAAGUCACACGCUGACCCUUAGGGAUGUGAAGCUGACAGAGGCAGGAGAAGUAAAACUCACUGCAAAGGACUUUGUGACACAGGCUCAACUCAUUGUAAAUGAACCUCCAGCUGAAUUCACCAAACCUCUGGAGGACCAGACUGUAGAAGAGGAAGCCACUGCUGAACUAGAGUGUGAAGUCUCCAAAGAGAAAGCGGAGGUCAGGUGGUUUAGAGAUGGACAAGAAAUUCGUAAAACCAAAAAGUACGACAUGGUCGCUGAUGGCUGUAAAAGAAAACUUAUUAUCCAUGACUGCACACUUGAUGACUCAAGGACAUAUACCUGUGAUGCUGGACAAUUCAAGACAUCAGCCUUCUUAAAUGUUGAACCUCCACACGUUGAGUUCACAAAACCACUCCAUGAUGUAGAGGUCAAAGAGAAGGAAUCUGCCAGAUUUGAAUGCGAAGUGUCUCGUGAAAGUGCAAAGGUUCGUUGGUUCAAAGAUGGCAAUGAAAUCAGAAAAGGCAAGAAAUAUGAGAUAAUUUCUGAAGGAGUAAAACGUAUUAUCAUCAUAAGCAAGUCUGUCUUUGAUGAUGAAGCAGAAUAUGAAUGUGAUGCCAGGACAUCCAAAACCUCUGGAAUGCUGACUGUCGUUGAGGAGGAGGCUAGAUUCACAAAGAACUUGGCUAAUGUUGAAGGCACUGAAACCGACAGUGUUAAACUGAUUUGUGAAGUCUCUAAGCCCAGUGCAGAGGUUACAUGGUACAAGGGUGACCAGGAGUUGCCUGAAGUUGGUAGAUAUGAGCAUAUUGCAGAUGGCAAAAAGAGAAUCCUCAUUAUUAAGGGCCUUCGUAUGGAUGAUGCUGGAGAGUACCACUGCAAGCUGCCCACCUCACAAACCACAGGAAACCUGAGGAUUAAUGAACUUGCCGCUGAGUUCAUUGCAAGGCCUCAAAACCAGGAGGUGGUUGAAGGUGAAAAGGCACAAUUUGUGUGCUCUGUCUCCAAAGACACAUAUGAAGUAAAAUGGCUCAAAGGAGAUAAGGAACUUCAAUCAGAUGACAAAUAUGACAUCAUUUCUGAUGGCAAAAAGAGAGUUCUUGUUGUCAAAAAUUGUGAACUCAAGGAUGAAGGAGGCUUUGUAGUCCUCAUUGGAACCACAAGAGCCUCUGCUGAUCUGACUGUGCUUGAAAAGCUUAGGAUUAUCACUCCUCUCAGAGACAUAAAGGCAAAUGAAGGACAAGAGACUGUCCUCAAUUGUGAAGUUAACACUGAGGGGGCCAAGGCCAAAUGGCUGAAGAAUAAUGAGACUUUAUUUGAAAGCAGCAAGUUCAUCAUGGUCCAGAAGGACAAUGUAUUCUCUCUGAGGGUCAAAGACACUCAAAAAUCAGAUGAAGCCAACUACACCAUUACACUAACCAACCAGCGUGGUGAACAUGCAAAGAGCUCUGCCAACAUUACUGUGCAAGAGGAAGAUCUUAGAAUCAUUGUUCCCCCUGAGGAUGUUGACACACAGGAGAAAAAGACCAUCAGCUUCACAUGCAAGGUGAACAGACCAAAUGUAACAGUACAAUGGGUGAAGGCAGGUCAGGAAAUCACUCUCAGCAAGAGAAUUCUGUAUCGUGUGGACAAAGACAAGCACACUUUGACCAUUAAGGACUGCAGCCUUGCAGACGAGGGUGAAUACAGUGUAGUUGCUGGUGCAGAUAAGGCCACAGCAGAACUGAUCAUCAGUGAGGCACCUGCUGACUUCACCAUUCAGCUCAGUGACCAAACCAUCACAGAGUUUGAGGAUGCUGAGUUCAUAUGUGAACUCUCCAAAGAGAAGGCUGAAAUCAAAUGGUACAGAGACGGCAGGGAAAUCAGAGAAGGACCCAGAUACCAAUUUGAGAGAGAUGGCAAAACAUGCAGACUGCGUAUAAAAGAGUGCAGACCAGAUGAUGAGUGUGAAUAUGCCUGUGGAGUGGAUGACAAGAGAACCAGAGCCCGCCUCUUUGUUGAGGAGACCCCUGUGGAGAUUGUCAGACCACCCACAGACGUGUUUGAGCCCCCAGGCUCAGAUGUUGUGUAUGAAGUUGAGAUCAACAAAGACAGAGUUGAGGUCAAAUGGCUGAGGAACAACAUGACCAUUGUUCAAGGUGAUAAGUACCAGAUGGUGAGCGAGGGUAAGAUUCACAGGCUUCAAGUCUGUGAAAUCAGGCCACGUGAUCAAGGCGAGUACAGAGUCAUUGCCAAGGACAAAGAUGCCAGAGCCAAGCUCGAGCUUGCUGCUGUGCCAACAGUUAAAACCUUGGAUCAAGACCUGGUGACAGAUGCUGGAAAGCCAUUUGUUAUGGCAGUUCCUUACAGUGCUUACCCACAGGCUGAGGCUGAGUGGUUCUACAAUGACAUCAGUCUUCCAAAAGACAAUGUUCACACUUCUGUCGACAGGACAGAAUAUAGGCUAAAGGACCCUAAGAAGUCAGAGGAAGGCCGCUAUAAAAUCAUCAUCCAGAACAAACAUGGAAAAGGAGAGGCUUUUAUAAACCUAAAAGUUAUUGAUGUUCCUGGGCCCGUGAAGAACCUUCAGGUUGUUGACACUGCUGAUGGUGAGGUCAGCAUUGCAUGGGAAGAGCCAGAGAGUGACGGUGGCAGCAAGAUCUUGGCUUAUGUGGUUGAAAGACGUGAUAUCAAACGUAAGACCUGGACUAUGGCCACUGACUGUGCCGAUAGCACAGAGUACUGUGUAACUGGCUUGCAGAGAGACUCGAAGUACCUAUUCCGUGUCUGUGCACGUAACCGAGUUGGAAGCGGGCCAAAUGUUGAGACAGAUAAAGCUGUUCAAGCUAAGAAUAAGUUUGAUGUUCCUGAUCCACCACAGAAUGUUAUUGUUGGAAAUGUCAACAAGUUUGGUGCCACAGUCUCCUGGGAACCACCACUGUUCGAUGGUGGAUCUGAGAUCACAUCAUACGUUAUUGAGCUCCGUGAUAGAACUUCAGUGAGCUGGGCUCCAGUCAUGGUGACCAAACCACACGAACGCUCAGCUAUUAUUAAUGAUGUUAUUGAGAACAAAGAAUACAUCUUCCGUGUUAGGGCUGAGAACAAGGCUGGAAUUGGCAAACCAAGUGCUGCCACUAACCCAGUGAAGAUCAUGGACCCCAUUGAGAGGCCGAGCCCUCCACUGAAUUUGACACACUCUGAGCAGACAAAGGACUCCUGUCUGUUGACAUGGGAGACUCCCUUAAAAAAUGGAGGCACACCAAUCACUGGCUACAUCAUUGAGAGAUGUGAAGAAGGCACAGACAAGUGGCUCAGAUGCAAUGCCAGGCUUUGCCAGGACCUGCUCUACAGGAUUUCAGGCCUGAAAUUUGGAGCAAAAUACAGCUAUAGAGUACUUGCUGAGAAUGCAGCUGGCCAGUCUGACCCCUCAAAUAUUGUUGGGCCUGUGUUGGCAGAUGAUCCCCACUUUGCACCUACUCUGGACCUGAGCGCAUUUAAGGAUGGUCUGGAAGUUAUUGUCCCUAAUCCUCUUGCAAUUCGUGUCCCUAUCACUGGGUACCCGGUGCCCACAGCAAAGUGGACCAUAGGUGAAAAUGAGCUUACAGCUGGUGACCGUGUGUCCAUGGUUACAAAGUCAACCUUCACAGAGCUCAUUGUAACCCCAAGUGUGCGUCCUGACAAAGGCACAUACUCCUUGACGCUGGAAAAUGAUGUGACCAGUGUCUCAGGGGAAAUUGAAGUUAAUGUCAUUGCAUCUCCAAGUGCACCCAAAGACUUAAAGGUUGCAGAAGUGACCAGAAAGCAUGUUCACUUGAUGUGGGAGGUACCCGAUCAUGAUGGAGGCAGUCCGAUUACUGGCUAUCAGGUUGAGAAGCGUGAGGUUUCCAGGAAGACCUGGGUGAAGGUAAUGGCAGGUUUGCAAGACCAGGAAUACACAGUCACAGAUGUUGUUGAGGGCAAGGAGUACUUGUUCAGAGUUAUUGCCUGCAACAAAUGUGGCCCUGGAGAGCCCGCCUACAUUGAUGAACCAGUCAAUGUGUCUUCACCUGCAACUAUACCAGACCCACCAGAAAACCUUAAAUGGAGAGACAAGUCUGCUAGCAAAAUCUUCUUGUCAUGGGAGCCUCCCAAGUGGGAUGGUGGAACUGCCAUUAAAGGUUAUAUAGUUGACAAAUGUCAACGUGGCACUGACAAGUGGGAGCCAUGUGGAGACCCAGUUCCUGAUCUUAAGUUUGAGGUGACUGGUCUUAUUGAAGGACAGUGGUAUGCUUAUCGUGUGAGGGCUUUGAAUAAACUGGGUGCCGGUAAGCCUUGCAAAGCGACAGAUGAGAUUUUGGCUGUUGAUCCCAAAGAGCCUCCAGAGAUUCAGCUGGAUGCAAAACUGCUGGCUGGCCUCACUGCUAAGGCUGGCACAAAGAUUGAACUUCCUGCUGACAUCACAGGCAAACCAGAGCCUAAAGUCAAAUGGACCAAGGCUGACCUAGUCCUGAAGCCAGACGAUAGAAUCACAAUUGAUACUAAGCCUGGCCACUCAACUGUGUCCAUUGCUAAGACCAAGAGGGAUGACACCGCUACAUACAUCAUUGAGGCAGUCAACAGCAGUGGCCGUGCAACGGCUACAGUUGAUGUUAACAUUCUAGAUAAACCUGGUCCUCCAGCUGCCUUCGAUAUCUCUGAAAUCACCAAUGAGUCCUGCUUGUUGGCCUGGAAUCCUCCAAGAGAUGAUGGUGGCUCAAAGGUGACAAACUAUAUAAUUGAGAGGAGGGCUGUAGACAGUGAAAUCUGGUACAAGUUGUCCUCCACUGUGAAGCAGACCACCUACAGGGCCACCAAACUUGUGGCUUUCAAGGAAUAUGUCUUUAGGGUCUAUGCUGAAAAUCAGUUUGGAGUUGGUGCCCCAGCAGAACAUGCUCCAAUAACUGCCAGAUACCCCUUUGAUACUCCUGGUCCUCCAUACAAAUUGGAGGCAUCUGAUAUUGCAAAGGAUGCAGUAACUCUGUCUUGGUAUGAGCCUGAUGAAGAUGGUGGCAGUCCUAUUACUGGAUACUGGGUUGAGAGAUAUGAGCCUGAUCACGACAAAUGGAUCAGAUGCAACAAACUGCCUGUCAGGGACACAAACUUUAGGGUAAAAGGACUGCCCACAAGAAAGAAGUAUAAGUUCCGUGUUUUGGCAGAGAAUCUUGCUGGACCUGGCAAACCAAGCAAAGAGACAGACCAGAUUUUGGUUAAAGAUCCAAUCGAUCCCCCAUGGGCUCCUGGUAAGCCCACUGUUAAAGAUGUGGCCAAAACAUCUGCCUUCCUGCAAUGGACAAAACCGGAACAUGACGGUGGUGCAAAGAUUGAGUCUUACAUCAUUGAGCUCCUCAAGAGCGGUACUGACGAGUGGGUUCGUGUGGCUGAUGGUAUUCCCUCUCUUGAGUACUUCCUGAGAGGAUUGAUGGAGAAGCAAGAGUACUCAUUCCGUGUCAGAGCUGUCAAUGCGGCAGGCGAGAGUGAACCUAGUGAACCAAGUGAUCCAGUGCUCUGCAAGGAGAGACUCAAUCCUCCAUCACCCCCAAGAUGGCUUGAAGUACUUUCUAAUAGCAGGAAAAGCGCUGAUUUGAAAUGGACAGCACCUGAGAGAGAUGGUGGCUCUCCAAUCACAAACUACAUUAUUGAGAAGAGAGAUGUCAGACGCAAGGGAUGGCAGGCUGUGGACACUACUGUGAAAGAGCUGAAUUACACUGUCACCCCACUGAAUGAGGGGUCUCUCUAUGUUUUCCGUGUUGCUGCAGAGAAUGCUGUUGGACCCAGUGAAUUUUGUGAACUUGCAGACUCUGUUCUCGCCAAGGAUACUUUCAGUACCCCUGGACCUCCAUAUAAUCUGACCAUCACUGAUGUUUCCAAGACUCAUGUUGACCUGAAAUGGGAAGCUCCUAAGAAUGAUGGUGGAAGACCUGUCUUGAAAUAUGUCAUUGAGAAGAAGGAGAAACUUGGAACCCGUUGGGUGAAAUCAGGAAAGACUUCAGGUCCUGAUUGCCAUUAUAGAGUUACUGAUGUUAUUGAGGGCACUGAAGUGCAGUUCCAAGUCUCUGCUGAGAACGAGGCUGGAGUUGGUCACCCAAGUGAACCCACGGAUAUUGUGGUCAUUGAGGACCCAACAGGCCCACCAUCACCACCUCAGGAACUGCAUGUCACUGAGGCAGCUAGAGAUCAUAUUUGUAUUGCUUGGAAGGCACCAGAAAAGAAUGGAGGAAGUCCCAUUAUUGGCUACCAUAUUGAGCUCUGUGAGGCUGGAACUGAGAAAUGGAUGAGAGUCAACUCUCGUCCUGUCAAAGAGCUAAAAUACAGGGCUGGAGAGGAAGAGGGCAUUGUUCCUGAGAAGCAGUAUACCUUCAGAGUCCGUGCUGUCAAUUCUGUUGGUGACAGUGAGCCCUCUGACAUUUCUGAGAAUGUAUAUGCCAAAGAUUCUGACUGCAGUCCAACCCUUGACUUUCAGACCAAGGACCUUGUUGUUGUAGAAGGUGAAAAGAUGCACCUCCCAAUUCCAUUUAGGGCUGUGCCAUCGCCUAAGAUUACGUGGCACAAAGAUGGAAAUGAACUGAAGGCUGAUGACAGAACUUUCUUCAGAACUGAAUACACAUCCUGCCAUCUGGAAAUUCCAAGCUGCUUACAUGCUGAUGCUGGCCAGUACAAAGUUACCUUGGAGAACAGGAAUGGUGCAACUAGUGGAACAAUCAAUGUUAAAGUUAUAGGUCUUCCUGGGCCAUGCAAAGAAAUUGUUGCUAGUGAGAUUACCAAGAGCACCUGCAAGGUGUCCUGGGACCCUCCAGACUAUGAUGGUGGUAGCCCUAUUCUCCAUUAUGUGCUACAACGCAGAGAAGCAGGCAGGAGAACCUACGUCAAUGUUAUGUCUGGAGAAAACAAAGUUAGCUGGCCGGUUAAGGAUCUCAUUCAAAAUGGAGAGUAUUACUUCCGUGUCAGAGCUGUCAACAAGAUUGGUGGUGGUGAAUUCAUUGAGCUUCGCAACCCUGUAAUUGCUGAAGAUCAGAAGCAACGUCCUGACCCACCAGUCGAUAUGGAAACACACAACCCAACUUCUGAGAGUGUGACCCUUACUUGGAAGCCUCCCAUGUAUGAUGGUGGAAGCAAAAUUAUGGGUUACAUUCUUGAGAAGAUGAUGAAAGGGGAAGAGAACUUUCAGAGAUGCAAUGACUUCCUUGUGCCAGUGCUGUCCUAUACUGUUAAGGGGUUGACGCAAGGAAAACAAUAUCAGUUCCGUGUACGUGCUGAAAAUGCAGCUGGUGUCAGUGAUCCUUCACGCAGCACACCUUUGAUCAAAGCCACAGAUGCAAUUGAUCGUCCAAAGGUAUUCCUUAGCGGUAGUCUACAAUCAGGCUUGGCUGUGAAACGAGGUGAGGAGAUCCGUUUGGAUGCCAAUAUCUCUGGAUUCCCUUACCCCCAAAUUACAUGGAUGAGGGACAAUUCAACCAUUUGGCCAGAGCCACUGAAGAAGAGACCAGAAAGGCCCAUUAAGAAGAAGAAGAAGGAGAAAGAAAAAGAAAAGGAGGCUGAUGCAGAAAAGAAAGAGGCAGAUGCAGAAAAGAAAGAGGCAGUUGCAGAAAAGAAGGAGGAAGACAAAGAGGCAAAGAAGGAGGAGGACAAGGAAAAGAAGGAGGAAAAGGAGAAAGAAAAAGAAGAGGUGGAGGAACCUGAGGAACCCGAAGAAGCAUACCACCCAACCUUAAAUGAACGUCUUACCAUUGAAUCCAAGAGGAAGGGUGAAUCCUUCAUUAUUGUAAAAGAUACUAUCAGAGGUGAUCAUGGUGUUUUCACCAUAAAAGUUGAAAAUGAGCACGGUGUUGCCUCUGCCUCCUGUGAAGUUAAUGUCCUUGAUACUCCUGGACCUCCAGUCAAUUUCAAAUUUGAAGAUGUGAGGAAGAACUCAAUCCUCUGUAAGUGGGAUCCUCCUCUGGAUGAUGGUGGUAGUGAAAUCCUUAACUACAUAUUGGAACGAAAAGAUAACUCCAAAGCGGAUCUUGGAUGGGUCACUGUAACAUCAAUCCUUAGAGGCUGUAAAUUUCUAGUACCAAAACUUAUUGAGGGCAAGGAGUACCUCUUCCGUGUCACUGCAGAGAAUAAGUAUGGCCCUGGAACCCCAUACAUCUCCAAACCCAUAAUUGCAAAGAAUCCAUUCGAUCCUCCAGAUGCGCCAGAGAAACCUGAAAUUACGGAUUCCACAGCCAGCAGUAUGCUUGUUACCUGGACAGAACCCAAUGACCAUGGCAGCCCCAUUGAGGGAUACUGGGUAGAGAAACGAGAAGUUAAUAGCACACACUGGGCGAGAGUCAAUCGCACCAUGGUUCCUGAUUUGGAAAUAAAUGUAGAGGGCCUUUUGGAGGGUCUGACAUAUAUUUUCAGAGUCUGUGCGGAAAAUGUAGCAGGACCUGGAAAGUUCAGUCCUCCGUCAGAACCAAAAACAGCACAGGCACCAAUCAGGCCCCCAGGUCCACCAAUUCCAAGAAUUGUAGACACCUCCGACUAUUCAAUUGAUGUUGAGUGGGAUCCUCCUGCAGACAAUGGUGGCGCAGACAUCUUUGGUUAUCAUGUUGACAAAGUUGUUGCUGGUACCAAGGACUGGUCACGAGCCACAGAGAGACCACAGAAGAGCCACACAUUUACAGUGUAUGGUGUUAGAGAAGGAGCUAAGUAUAUGGUCCGUGUUGUGGCAGUAAAUUGUGCUGGUGAAGGACAACCUGGAUUUACAGAUGCAGUAAUUGUGAGAAACCCUGCAGAGGUUCCAGUCAUUGAGCUUGAUAUCUCAGUGAAAAAUGGUGUUGUCGUUAGAGCUGGAGAGAUGCUGAGAAUUCCAGCACAUGUUACAGGUAGACCUUUUCCAUGUUUGAAGUGGACAAAGGAUGAUGGUGCAUUAGAAAAAGAUCAUAUGGAGGUGGAAGAAGCUGGACAGGACAGCACCGUUGUCAUCAAAACCACAAAGAGAAGUGAUCAUGGCAAAUACCAAAUCCAAGCAGCAAAUCCAAGUGGUAUUAAGUCUGCAUGGACCAGGGUUGAAGUUAUGGAUGUUCCUGGACCAGUUCUCGAUCUGAAACCUGUUGUGGUUACCAGAAAGCUAAUGAUGUUGAAUUGGUCAGAUCCUGAUGAUGAUGGUGGUAGUGAUGUGACAGGGUUUAUCAUUGAAAGGAGGGAGCCAAAGAUGCACACAUGGAGACAACCUAUUGAGACCGCUUCAUCCAAAUGUGAGAUUGUGGGUAUUAUUGAGGGACAGGAAUACAUUUUCCGUGUUGUGGCUGUGAACAAGUAUGGAUGUGGACCUCCAGUCGAUCUUGGACCUAUCCGUGCUGUGGAUCCUCAAGGUCCACCAACUUCUCCUGAAAAGUUCCACUAUACAGAGAGGACCAAGUCCUCUGUUACUAUUGAAUGGAGGCCACCCCGUAAUGAUGGUGGUAGUCCCAUCCUUGGCUACAUCAUUGAGAAGAAGCGACAAGAUCAACCAGCCUUCCAGCGUGUCAACCCAGAGUUGGUCACUGCUCAAAUUUUGACAGUUGAAAACCUUGAUGAGUUGCAUAUGUACGAGUUUCGUGCAAAGGCUGUCAAUGCAUUUGGUGAAAGUGAGCCUUCAAUUACCAUGACUGUUGUCAUUCAGGAUGAUGAAGUGGCUCCGAGUCUGCAUAUGUUGAAGCACUUCAAGGGUGAUUUGAUCCAAGUUAGGAAAAAUGAACCUAUUGAGAUGCCCGCUGAAGUCACAGGCCUGCCAAUGCCAAAAAUUGAAUGGCUAAAGGAUGAUGUUGUUAUUGCCAAGCCAACUGAGAAACUCCUGAUAGAAACCAAAGAGAUUGACAGGGUGACAUCACAUACAAAACUCUCCAUCCCUGGUGUUACUAGAUUGGACAAAGGCACAUAUACAGUUACUGCCUCAAAUCGUUUGGGAACUCUCAGUCAUUCCAUCACGGUGGAAGUGCUGGAUCGCCCAACACCACCAAGAAACAUUGCUGUUUCAAAUAUCAAAGCUGAGUCUUGCAAACUUACUUGGGAUGCCCCAUUGGAUCUUGGUGGCAGUGAACUUACCAACUAUAUUGUUGAGAUGAAAGACCUUAAUGGUGAAGAUCCUGAAAAGGCUGAGUGGGUGCAGGUUACUAACUCCAUUAUCGAGAAGCAUUAUGGGGUAUGGAACCUGCAAACUGGUGGCAACUAUAAAUUCAGAGUUAAAGCUCAGAAUAAGUAUGGAAUAAGUGAGGCCUGUGAAACAGAGGAGGUUCAGAUUAAGGAUCCUUCUGCUCUGCCUGGCCCACCUGAGAAGGUCACUAUUGCUGAGCGUUCUAAGACCCAUAUGUUACUGACAUGGGAACCACCUAGGGACUGUGGCGGUUCUAUGAUUACUGGCUACUGGCUUGAGAAGCGUGAAAAGGGCACUUCCUAUUGGUCUCGCGUGAAUAAGAUCCUGGUGUCAAAACGUGGCACGAAAGGCUGGGAAUACCAGGUUACCCGUCUCAUUGAGGGAACGGAGUAUGAAUUCCGUGCAAUGGCUUGUAAUUCUGCUGGUAUUGGACCACCUAGUGCCAUCUCUGAGUCUGCCAUUGCUGACGAUCCUUUGACUCCACCUAGCAUGCCAGCAGCUCCUGAGAUUGCUGACAAAACCAAGCGUAGUGUCACCCUUGCAUGGACCCCACCAGCUAAAGAUGGUGGCCGCCCCAUCAAAGGUUACAUCAUUGAGAUCCAGGAUGAAGGCACUUCUGAGUGGGCCAGGAUCAAUGAUGCUGAAAAUCUGCAUCCUUCUACUGUGUUCACCAUUCCAAACCUUCAAGAACUUAAGAAAUACAGAUUCAGAAUUAUUGCUGUCAAUGAAAUUGGCGAGUCUGAGCCAAGCCCCAGAACCACUGAAGUUCGCAUAGAGGACAUUCAAACUGCACCAAAGAUCUUCAUGGAUAUCAGUGCUCAUGAACUGCUGUGUAUCCGUGCUGGAACUCCAUUUAAGAUUCCAGCUACCAUCACAGGACGUCCUGUUCCUAAAGUUACAUGGGAGUUUGAUGGCAAAGCGAAGACAGAAAAGAAGGAUCGUCUCCAUGUCUUACCAGUGGAUUCACAGGUUGAAUCUACUGACACUACGUCAGUUGUUACAAUUCCUGUGAGUUUGAGAAGCCAUUCUGGCAGGUACACAAUUACAGCAAAAAACAAAUCAGGACAGAAGCAUGUCAACGUCAGAGUAAAUGUGCUUGAUGUUCCUGGAGCACCCAAAGACCUCAAAGUUACCGAUGUCACCAGAACCACAAUGAGACUUAUUUGGAAACUGCCAGAUAAUGAUGGUGGUGAGAGAAUCAAGAGUUAUUUUAUUGAAAAGAAGGCUGUAAAUGGAAAGGCUUGGACAGUUGUCAAUGCUGCUUGUGCCAGCAUGGCCUUUGUUGUGCCCAACCUCCUCGAGGGACAGGACUACUUGUUCCGUGUUCGUGCUGAGAAUCGCCUUGGCUUUGGACCAUUUACCGAGACCACAGAACCUGUUAGGGCAAGGGAUCCUGUCUAUCCUCCUGAUCCUCCUACCAAGGUGAAAAUUAACCUUGUUACCAAGAAUACAGUGGCCCUGUCAUGGGAGCCUCCCAAGAAUGAUGGUGGAGCACCAGUAAAGCAUUAUAUCAUUGAGAGGCUGAGCUGGGAUACCAGUGGUCCACAGAAAGAGACUUGGAAACAGUGUAACAAAAGAGAUGUUGAAGAGACUACCUUUAUUGUUGAAGACCUUAAGGAAGGUGGCGAGUAUGAGUUCCGUAUUAAAGCUGUGAAUGAAGCUGGCGCGAGCAGACCCUCUGUUACUGCCGGACCAGUUGUCAUUAAGGACCAGACAUGUGCUCCAAGUAUUGAUCUCAGAGAGGCUUUGGAAGGUGCAGAAGGAUAUGAUGUCAACAUUGUUGCCAGGAUUCAAGGCUGUCCAUUUCCAUCUCUUGUCUGGCACAAGGCUCCACAGGACAAGCCUGAUGACAAAUCACCUGUACAGUAUGACAAACAUGUCAAUAAACUUGUUUCUGAUGAGAAAUGUACCCUGUUAAUUCAGCAGUCAAAGAGAGAUGACAGCGCCAUAUACACUCUCACAGCCACCAACAGUUUGGGAACAGCCACCAAGAGCAUCAAGCUUAGCAUUUUGGGACGUCCUGGUGUACCUGUUGGACCAAUUAAGAUUGGGGAGAUUUUCGCUGAAAGGAUUGGCCUCUCCUGGAAUCCACCAUUAGAUGAUGGCGGUUCCAAGAUUACAAACUAUGUCGUUGAAAAGCGUGAAGAAAACAGAAAAACAUGGGUCCAUGUCUCUAAUGAUCCGAAAGAAUGCCAAUACACUGUACAAAGGCUAACAGAGGGUCAUGAGUAUGAGUUCCGUGUUAUGGCUCAGAACAAAUAUGGAGUUGGACCACCUUUGUACAGUGAACCUGAGAAAGCACGAAACCUUUUCACUGUGCCUGGCCAAUGUGAGAAGCCAACAGUCACAGAUGUUUCAGUUGAAUCAAUGACCGUUAACUGGGAUGAGCCAGAAUAUGAUGGUGGCUCUCCAGUAACUGGCUACUGGCUAGAGCGUAAGGAAACUACAGGCAAGCGCUGGACAAGAGUGAAUCGUGAACCUAUCAGAAUCAGGACUCUAGGAGUUUCCCAUAUUGUGACAGGCCUCUUGGAGGGUGCUGUCUACCAGUUCCGCGUUCUUGCAAUUAAUGCAGCUGGUAGUGGCCCACCAAGUUUGCCUUCUGAUCCUGUUGCAAGUAGAGAUCCCAUAGCACCUCCGGGACCUCCAACACCAAAAGUAACAGAUUGUACCAAGUCAACUGUUGAUCUUGAAUGGAUUCCUCCACUUAUUGAUGGUGGAUCUAAGAUCACAGGAUACUUUGUUGAGUACAAAGAAGAAGGACAAGAGGAAUGGGAGAAGGUUAAAGACAAGGAAAUAAGAGGCACCAAGUUUGUUGUUCCUGGACUUAAAGAGCUUGGACUCUACAGAUUUAGAGUGAGAGCUGUAAAUUCUGCAGGUGUGGGAGAACCUGGCGAGGUUGCUGAUGUGAUAGAAGUCAAGGAUAGGACAAUCCCCCCUGAGGUUGACCUGGAUGCAACUGUCAAGGAGAAGAUUGUUGUUCAUGCUGGUGGAGUAAUCCGCAUCCUGGCCUAUGUGUCAGGAAAGCCUGCUCCAGAGAUUAUUUGGAAUAGAGACGAUGGUGAUUUACCAAAGGAGGCUGCUGUUGAGAUCACAUCUAUAAGUUCAGCUUUGGUUAUCAAAAAUUGCAGGAGACAACACCAAGGCAUUUAUACAUUGACUGCCAAGAAUGCAGGUGGAGAAAGGAAGAAAGCAGUCAUUGUUGAAGUACUGGAUGUCCCUGGCCCUGUGGGUCUGCCUUUCUCUGGUGAGAAUCUCACCAAUGACUCUUGUAAGUUGACAUGGUACUCUCCUGAAGAUGAUGGUGGCUCAGCUAUCACCAACUAUAUAAUUGAGAAGAGAGAAGCUGACCGCAGAGGCUGGACUUCAGUGACAUAUACUGUCACAAGACACAAUGCUGUUGUCCAGGGACUUAUUGAUGGCAAGGGUUAUUUCUUCAGAAUUGCAGCUGAAAAUAUAAUUGGACUGGGUCCGUUCACUGAGAUCUCAGCUCCUGUCGUCAUCAAGGAUCCACUCUCUGUACCUGAACGCCCAGAGGAUCUCGAGGUGACAGCCAUCACAAAUGAUUCAAUCAGUGUCGCAUGGAGACCUCCGAAGUAUGAUGGAGGUUCAGACAUUACAAGCUAUGUUCUUGAGGUUCGUCUUAUAGGACAGGACAACUUCAGCCGUAUUGCUUUAGAGGACAAACUUAUGGAACGUAAAUUCACACACGUGGGUCUUAAAGAGGGUUCUUCUUAUGAAUUCCGAGUUAGUGCUGUGAAUCAAAUCGGUCAAGGCAAACCAUCAUUCAGUACCAAACCAGUUACAUGCAAAAAAGAGUUUGAACCACCUAACCUUGAUCUUGAGUUCCGUGACAAGGUUGUUGUUCGUGUUGGGGAAACCUGCACUCUUCAAAGCGGAUACUCAGGAAAACCAACACCAACUAUUAAAUGGUUCAAAAAUGACGAGGAGCUUCAAUCAAAUGAAGAAAUUGCUCUUACCAGCACAAAGAAUAAAUUGUGCUUGACUAUUGCAAAGGCAAAACGUGAUCACAGUGGAAAAUACACUGUUGUUCUAGAGAACUCCAUUGGCUCACGCAAGGGCAUAUGUACCAUUAUUGUUGUCGACCGCCCACAACCUCCAGAGGGUCCUGUUGUCUUUGACGAGAUCUACAGGAAUUACAUGCUCAUUUCUUGGAAGCCCCCACUGGAUGAUGGUGGAGCUGCUAUUUCUAACUAUAUUGUUGAAAAGAGAGACACCAACAGGGAUCUGUGGAUGCCCGUCACGGAAUCUUGCACAAGGACAUCAUGCAGAGUUCCAAAACUGAUUGAGGGAAGAGAGUACAUCAUUAGAAUCUGUGCUCAGAAUAUUCACGGCAUUAGUGAUCCGCUACUAUCUGCUGAGACGAAAGCAAAGGAUGUUUUCAAGGUUCCAGAUGCUCCACAAGCACCUGUGGUUAAAGAAAUCUAUAAAGAUACAGCUCUGAUUUCAUGGCUUCAGCCAGCUGAUGGUGGAAAACCAAUCACAAACUACAUUGUUGAAAGGAAGGAGACCAAGGCCAACAUGUGGUCUAGAGCUGGAAAAGAUCGCAUUUACCCUAACACAGAAUAUUGGGUUCCUGACCUUCUCAAGGGAUGUGAAUAUGAAUUCCGUGUCAUGGCAGAGAAUGUGAUUGGCAUUGGUGACCCCAGUCCACCUUCAAAGCCCAUCUAUGCCAAAGAUCCUAUUGUGAUCCCAAGCCCACCUGUACUUCCAGUAGCAAUUGACAAGACAAAAGAUUCAGUCACUCUUUCUUGGCAACCACCAAAGGACUGUGGCAGAGGCAAAAUUUUUGGCUAUCUCCUUGAGUAUCAGAAAGCUGGUGAUGAGGAAUGGCUUCAAGUAAAUCAAACACCUGACUCUUGCCAGGGCACUACAUUCAAGGUUAUCAACCUCGAGGAUGGUGCACUUUACAGAUUUAGAGUGAAGGCAGUGAAUGCUGCUGGUGAAUCAGAUCCUGCAUAUGUACCAGAGCCCGUUCGAGCGCAAGACAGACUUGAGCCCCCAGAACUUCAACUGGAUUUAGGCAUGCCUCGUGAGAUCAAAGCAAUGGCUGGAACCCAUAUUAAUAUUAUUGCUGGAAUCAAGGGAAUACCUUUCCCUAAAGUCACAUGGAAGAAAAAUGAGGCAGAUGUUCCAACAAGAGCAGAGAUUGAAACCUCUGGAACAGCAACCAAACUAGAGAUGCGUUAUUGCACUCGUGGAGAUUGUGGAGAUUACACACUUACUGUUGAAAAUCCCGCUGGAUCAAAGAUAGCCACAUGCACCGUGCUGGUUCUUGACAAGCCUGGACCAGUUCAGCAUCUCAGAGUAUCUGAUGUCAGAAGUGAUUCUGCUCAGCUGUCUUGGAAAGACCCAGAAGAUAAUGGUGGUACACGAAUCACUAACUUUGUUGUUGAGAAAAAGGAUGCAGCAUCUGCACAAUGGGUGCCAGUCUGCUCAUCAUCCAAAAAACGUAGCAUGAUGGCCAAACACUUGAUUGAGGGAACGUCAUACAUGUUCCGUGUGGCGGCUGAAAAUCAGUUUGGAAGAAGUGAAUAUGUUGAGACACCAAAAGCUAUUAAAGCAAUGAAUCCACUAUUCCCACCUGGUCCACCUAAAGACCUGCAUCAUGUGGAUGCUGACAAAACUGAGGUGUGGCUCCAGUGGAACUGGCCUGAUCGUACAGGAGGAAGUGACAUCACAGGAUUCUUGGUUGAGUACCAAGAAGAAGGUGAAAGGGAUUGGGUAGUUUUUAAGACUGUCAGUAUUCCUGAGUGCCAUGUGACUGGACUGGAAGAAGGAAAGACCUACAGGUUCCGUGUUAAAACAGAGAAUGCAAUUGGUCUAAGUAGACCAGACACCACUGUGCCAGUACUUUGUCAGGAAAAACUAGUACCACCAGUUGUUGAGGUGGAUGUGAAGUUGAUAGAGGGAAUCAUUGUGAAAGCUGGAAGCACUAUUAGAUUGCCUGCCAUUAUGAGAGGCCUUCCGGUUCCCACGGCCAAAUGGGUCAUUGAUGGAGAGGAAAUCAAGAGUGAAGGCAAUAUCAAAAUUGACACUGACAACUUCUCCACUGUUCUAAGCAUUGCCGACUGCACAAGAAAUCACACUGGAAUCUAUAUUCUCACAGUGUCUAACUCAGCAGGAAGUAAGACUGUUUCUCUGAAUGUCACCGUGCUUGAUGUGCCAGCUGCCCCAAUAGGUCCUGUUAAUAUCCUUGAAGUGACUCCUGACUCCAUGGUCAUUGAAUGGCGUCCUCCCAAAGAUGAUGGUGGAAGCCCUGUCAUGAACUAUAUUGUUGAGAAGAGGGAAUCAAAUAAGGAAACUUGGGGAGGAGUAAGUUCUGGCAGCACUUCUACAAGGCUCAAGAUUUCUCGUUUGCAGCAGGGUGUUGAGUAUGUUAUGAGAAUCUGUGCUGAAAAUAAAAUGGGAAUUGGCGCAGCUCUUGAAAGUGCACCAACUGUAGCCCGGCACCAGUUUGAGCCCCCUGGCCAUCCUGGAAAACCAGUUGCAUCUGAUCUUUCUGAAGAUGCCCUCACACUUGGAUGGACAAUGCCUCUCUUCGAUGGUGGUAGUCCAAUCAGUGGGUAUAUUAUUGAGCGAAGGCAUAAAGGAGGCAAAUGGAUUAGAGUGAAUAAAACACCUUGCAAGGACCUUAGAUACCGAGUGCUUGGGCUUUUUGAAAGUAAUGAAUAUGAGUUCAGAGUAUUUGCUGAAAACAUUGCUGGUUUUAGUGGACCAUCACCUAUCUCAGAUCCUGCCAAACCUUGCAGACCAUUUACUGUUCCAGGACCUCCAGUUAACCCUAAGGUAAAGGACUACAGUUGCACAUAUGCUGACUUGGUCUGGAUCAGACCCACAAGAGAUGGAGGCAGUCCAGUCAUAGGGUAUAUUGUUGAAUACCAGAAGGGAGGUGCUGAGUGGGAGAAAGUCAAUAAGGAUGAUCUGAUUAAACAGUGUGCUUAUAGAGUAAAGGGACUGACAGAAGGCACAGAAUACAGGUUCCGUGUUAAAGCUGUCAACAUGAUUGGAGAAGGUGAGACCAGGGAAAUCCCAGAGUCAGUUAUAGCUAAGGAUAUUGUCAUUCCUCCGGAAAUUGAAAUGGAUGCCACAUGCCGUGACCGUUUGACUGUUCGUGUUGGGCAUAACAUUAAUGUUGUAGCAUAUGUGAAAGCAAGACCUGAUCCAGAAAUCACUUGGAGUAAAGGUGAAAAUGUUUUGGAAAGGGACAAGCGCAUCACUCUGACAAACAACUUCCCAGUACUGCAAAUGCGUAUCAAGGAAGCGACCAGAGCAGAUCAUGGAAAGUAUACAUUAAAGGCUGUUAAUGAAGCUGGAGAGGCCUCAGCUACUAUUACAGUAAAUGUUCUGGAUAGACCGGGGCACUGCCAAAAUCUUAAGUUGACCUAUGUAACUAAAAACUCUUGCAUGGUGUCCUGGGAUGCACCAGAGGAUAACGGAGGCACUGAGAUAACUAAUUACAUUGUGGAAUGUCGGGAGCCAAGUAUACGAGCCUGGUCAAUGAUCUCAUCUGACUGCACAAAUCGCAUGGUAAAAGCUAAGCUCAUGGAAAAUCAUGAGUAUUUAUUCCGUGUGUCUGCCGAGAACAAGUGUGGUCCUGGGCCAGCAACAGAGACCAAAACUCCCAUCCUAGCAAUUGACCCACUUCAGAAGCCAGGUGAGCCAGAGAACUUCCACGUCAGUGAUAUUGGUAAAAACUUUGUUUUCCUUAAAUGGAGAAAACCAGAUUAUGAUGGUGGCAGUCCUAACCUGGGCUACUAUUUGGAGAAAAAAGCAAAGGAUGCUGAAGAGUGGGAGAAGGCACAUGAAGGAGUCCUGAAAGAGACAUUCUUUAUGGUAGACAAAUGUGUUGAGAACCACACCUAUCAAUUUAGAGUCCAGUCAACAAAUGAUGGAGGAGAAAGCGCCUGGGUUAGGACAUCUGAUAUUCUUGUCAAAGAAGAAGUUCAGAAACCAGUUCUUGACCUGAAAUUUGUUGGUACUGUUGUGGUCAAAGCUGGAGAAUCAGUUAGACUUGAAGCUGGACUUAGAGGAAAACCACAGCCUGAGGUUACCUGGGUGAAGGAAAAGGCUACAGGCGAUAACCCAAGGAUUAGCAUUGACACUGGACAUGAUUACUCCAAAUUCCUCCUUACUAAAACCAAGCGUAGUGAUACUGGUAAAUAUGUAGUCAAUGCUACAAACUCAGCAGGAUCAUUCACAGCAUAUGCCAAUGUUGCAGUUUUGGAUACACCAGGACCUGUCAGAGAUUUGAAGGUUUCUGGCAUUUCCACAGACAAGUGCAGAGUGGUAUGGGAUCCUCCAGAGGAUGAUGGUGGUUGUGAGGUAGACAGCUAUAUUCUAGAGAAAUGUGAGACAAGAAGAAUGGUCUGGUCAACUUACUCUGCCUCUGUUGUCACCAAUUACUGUAAUGUAACACGUCUUGUUGAAGGUAAUGAAUACAUAUUCAGGGUCAGAGCAGAAAACAAGAUGGGAACUGGUCCACCAAUGGAGAGCAAGCCUAUUACUGCUAAAACACAAUACAACAGGCCUGGUCCACCUGAUGCACCUGAGGUAACCAAAAUUGGUAAAGAUGAGAUGACUGUGGUAUGGGCUCCUCCUGAAAAUGAUGGUGGAAAGUCUAUCACUGGUUACAUUCUGGAGAGAAAAGAAAAGCGGGCCGUUCGGUGGGUCCCUGUCACAAAGAGCCCUAUCUCUGAGAGGCGUAUGAAGGUCACCAAUCUGAUCCCUAACCAUGAUUAUCAAUUCCGUGUCAAAGCUGAAAAUGAAGUAGGAUUGGGAGAACCAAGCAAACCAUCCAGACCCAUCACUGCAAAAGAUCCAAUUGAGCCCCCUGGUCCUCCUGGCAGCCUUAAAGUAGUUGACAGCACAAAGACAUCCAUUACACUUGGCUGGGCGAAGCCUGUGUAUGAUGGUGGCGCUCCAAUUAUUGGAUAUCUGGUUGAAAUGAGGGAUAAAGUGCAAAUGGAAGGUGAAAAAGAGAGAGAUCCAGAGGAAGGCUGGAAGAAAUGUAAUACUGCUGGACAGCUUGUCAUAACUGAAUUUACACUGAUUAACUUGGAUGAGAGACAGGAAUAUGAAUUCCGGGUGUCUGCUCAAAACCAAGUUGGCAUGGGCCGUCCUGCAAACCUCAAGGAUGCUGUAUCACCAAAGGAGAUCCAUGAACCUCCAGAGAUUGAUCUUGAUGCCUGUCUAAGAAAAGGCCUUAGCGUAAGAGCAGGAUGUCCUAUCAGACUUUUUGCAACAAUUAGAGGAAGGCCAGCACCUAAAGUGACUUGGAAGCGCAUGGGUGUUGACAAUGUCAUUAGGAGGGGCCAUGUGGAUCAGAUUGAUACAAUGACCUUCCUUGUGAUUCCUGAGUGCUCACGUGAAGACUCUGGCAGAUAUUCUUUGACUCUUUCCAACGCCUCUGGAGAAAAGGCUGUAUUUGUUCGUGUUAAAGUCUUAGAUACUCCUGGUCCCGUUGGUGGACUGGAGGCAUCUGACAUCACCAAGACAACCUGCCAGCUUGCAUGGUUGCCUCCAGAAAAUGAUGGUGGUAGCCCAAUCCUAAACUAUGUUGUUGAGAAGCGUGAGGUUGAUAGGAAGACAUGGACAAAUUGCACAAAUGACUUGAAGAAGACAAGCUUCAAAAUCACAAAUCUUACGCCAGGAAUAGAAUACUACUUUCGGGUCAUGGCAGUUAACAAGUAUGGCAUUGGGUUGCCUCAAGACUCUCCAAAAUCCUACCUGGCUACAGAUCCCAAGAGUGAGCCUGAUCCUCCAAAGAAGAUGGAUGUAUUAGAAAUUACUAAAAACAGUGCAACUCUAGGGUGGCUGAAGCCACUUAGAGAUGGUGGAUCUAAGAUUAAUGGCUACGUUGUUGAAUACCAGCAGGAUGGUCAACCUGAGGACAAGUGGACAUUAUACUCUGUUGUGAAAGACUUGACAAUUGUUGUAGCUGGACUGAAAGAAAACACUAAGUACAGAUUCAGGGUUGCUGCAAGAAAUGCAAUAGGAUGCAGUUUGGCAAGAGAGGCUGAGGGCAUAUUUGAGGUCAAAGAACAGCUGAUGGCACCAAAGAUCAUCAUGUCUGAUGUGGUUACAGCAAGAGCAGGAUCUAAACUUGUAGUUGAGGCUCUUGUGUCUGGGAAGCCUGCUCCAGUCACAAAGUGGAAAAGAGGAAAUGAUGACAUGGUUACAUCAGAUCGUCUCUUCAUACAAAAAACACCAACCACAAGUUCACUUUUGAUCAAAGAUGUCACAAGGAAGGAUAGUGGUUAUUACAGUCUGUCUGCUGUAAACAGCAACGCAAAGGUCAACCAGAUCCUCAGAAUAAUCAUUCAGGACAUCCCUGGUCCUCCACAAGGUCCUCUACAAAUUCUGGAGUUUGACAUGGAUUCCUGCACACUUGCAUGGGAUUCACCUGCUGAAGAUGGUGGCAGUAAUAUCACAAACUACAUUGUUGAGAAGUGUGAUGUGAGCAGAGGUGACUGGGUCACUGCUGCAUCUUGCACCAAGACCAGCUGCAGAGUUGGAAAGCUUACAGCUGGCAAAGAGUAUGGCUUCCGUGUCCGUGCUGAAAACCGUUUUGGCAUUUCAGAACCAAUUUACUCUGAGAAAAUGAUUGCUAGACAUCCAUUUGAUCCACCCAGUGAGCCAAGGAACUGUUGUGUCAACAAAAUCAACAAGGAAUCUGUUGUGUUGUCAUGGGAGAGACCAGUGAACGAUGGCGGCUCUCCCAUCGCUGGAUAUUGCAUUGAGCGCAAAGAAAGAAAUAGCCUCCUGUGGGUCAAGGCAAAUGAGGUCCUUGUUCGCUCAACUGAAUAUACAUGCUCUGGCCUCAUUGAUGGUCUGGAGUACACAUUCAGAGUGUCUGCUGUCAACAAGGCGGGACAAGGCAAACCAAGCAAGCAGACAGACUUUAUCACUGCAAGAACUCCAGUUGAUCCACCUGGAAAACCCCAAGUUCUUGAUGUGACCAGAAAUUCUGUCUCUCUUGUCUGGAGCCGUCCAAAACAUGAUGGUGGAAGUAAACUCAUUGGUUAUUAUGUUGAAUCUCUGAAACUUCCAGGUGACAAAUGGGUGCGUGUUAACACAAGCAGUCAAAAUGUACCAAAGGAAGAGUACACUGUUCCUGGACUUGAGGAGGGAGCCCAAUACAAGUUCAGAAUAAUUGCAAAGACAGCAAUUAAUGUCAGUCUGCCCUCAGAGGAAUCUGAUGCUAUCGCAGUUAUUGCAGAGCAUGUUCCACCUAGAGUUGAGAUUAGUCUUGAAUUGAAGAACUUAAUUGUUGUCAAAGCUGGAGCAAAUGUCUGCUUGGAGGCUGAAGUUUUUGGCAAACCAUUGCCAAAGGUCUCUUGGAAGAGAGAUGGUGUUCCUUUGAAAUUGACUGAAGGUAUGAAAAUGACUCAGAAGGUGCAUCGUUUCUGCUUGGAACUGUUCUCUGUGACAAGAAAGGAAUCUGGCGAGUACACCAUUACUGCUGAGAAUCCAAGUGGCACAAAGACUGGCAACAUUAAAUUAAAGGUUCUAGACAAACCUGGACCCCCAGCAUCAGUGAAGAUAAGCCAUGUUUUUGCCGAUCGGGUGAAACUGAGGUGGGAGCCACCUCUUGCCGAUGGUGGUUCUGAAAUCACAAAUUACAUUAUUGACAAACGAGAAACAAGCAGAGCUAACUGGGCACAAGUUACUGCUAACAUCAAUGGCCAUAUAACAGACUGUUCUGUGGAGAAACUGAUUGAAGGCCAUGAAUACGAGUUCCGCAUCAGUGCUGAGAACAAGUAUGGUGUUGGAGACCCAAUUGUGACUAACUCUGUGAUUGCCAAGAAUCCAUUUGACGUCCCAGGACCAUGUGAACCUCCAGUUAUUACCAAUAUCACCAGGGAUCACAUGACUGUUAGUUGGAAGGCCCCUGUUGAUGAUGGCAAGGCCACCAUUCUUGGAUACAUGGUUGAGAAGCGUGAAACUCAAGACCUCAAUUGGGCUAAAGUGAACAGAAGACCAGUUAUUGACAGAUCUAUUAAAGCUGUAGGCCUCACAGAAGGAUCAGAGUAUGAAUUCAGAGUCAUUGCACUCAAUAAAGCUGGUCUUGGCAAACCAAGUGAUCCAUCAGCUGGUGUUCUUGCAGUAGACCCAGUGUAUCCUCCUGGACCACCUGCUUUUCCAAAGGUUGUUGAUUCUACACACAGUUCAAUUAGUUUGUCCUGGACCAAGCCCGCCUAUGACGGUGGAUGUGAAAUUCUGGGCUACCUCGUUGAGUUCAAGAGGGCAGAUGCAGAAGACUGGCUGAAGUGCAAUGUGCCAAAGAAUCUCCAGGCAACAAAAUUUAAUGUUACUGGUCUUAUGGAUAACACUGAGUACCAGUUCCGUGUUACUGCUGUAAACAAGAUUGGAUUUGGUGAGCCAAGUGAAGUUCCUGGAAAACACAUGGCAAAGGAUAUCCUAAUUGCCCCUGAGGCUGAACUUGAUGCAGAUCUUAGAAAAGCACUAGUUUUACGUGCUGGAGUCACAAUGAGAAUUUAUGUACCUCUGAGAGGACGUCCUGCUCCAAAGGCAACAUGGACUAAGGUCAAUGCAAACUUGAAAGAAAGACAAGGUCUCAUGAUCACGACAACUGAAUGGGAUACCUUCCUUUAUUGUGAGGAUAUAAACAGAUAUGAUGCUGGCAAAUAUGUCCUAACUCUUGAAAACAGUAGUGGUACCAAGUCAUAUACCAUUGUUGUCAAAGUACUAGACACACCUGGACCACCAGUCAAUCUGAUUGUUAAGGAGACCUCAAAGGACCAUGCAUCUAUCACUUGGGAUGCCCCGUUAAUUGAUGGUGGUAGUCCCGUUAAGAGCUAUGUUGUUGAAAAACGUCUGGCUGAGAGAAAGGCUUGGACUUGUGUUGCUCCUGAAUGUCCCAAGACAUCUUUCAGGAUUACUAAUCUCGAAUCUGGUAAAGCUUACUGCUUCAGAGUCUCAGCUGAAAACAUAUAUGGUAUCGGUGAUGGUUGUGAGACAGCUGGACCAGUCAAAGCCUCAGAGCAACCUGGACCAGUUACAGAUUUUAAACCCUCAGAGAUCAGCAAGAAUUCUUGCACUGUUGGCUGGAAGAAACCAAUCAGUGAUGGUGGAAGCCAUAUUGUUGCAUAUGUUCUAGAGAUAUGUGAAGGGGAAGACAAAUGGAAGUUGCUAAUGAAGUCUAAACUCACCCAGUACACAAUGACUGACCUUGUAGAAGGAAAGGAGUACCACUUUAGAGUCAAAGCCAUUAAUGAAGCAGCUGAAGGACCACCAUCUGAGCUCACCAUCUUGGCUAAAGAUCAAAUAGUCCUUCCAGACUGUAAUCUUAAAGGUUUGCCAGAUUCUACCUAUGUAGCAAAGGAAGGAAGCACUGUUCGUCUUAAUAUCCCUAUUAGUGGAAUCCCUGCUCCUGCAGUCACAUGGAAAAAGGGUGACGUUACUUUAUCAGACAGUGGUAGGAUCUCAGUUGAAUCAACGGCAACAAACACAGUCUUGCUGAUUCGUGAUUGCAAUAGAAGUGAUGCUGGCAAAUUCACUAUGAUUUUGAGAAACAGCGCUGGAACAAAGGAAUCAGCUAUUGACAUUAAAGUUGUUGGAAAGCCUGGAAUUUGCACCGGUCCCAUCAAAUUUGAUGAAAUCACAGCUGAAGCGAUUACUGUAGAAUGGGGUCCACCCAAAGAUGAUGGUGGAUCUGAAGUUACAAACUAUUUUUUGGAGAAGAGGCAUUCUACUGCUAACAAGUGGGUCACAGUUGCUUCUGCAAUUCAGAAGAACUCUAUGAGAGUUACAAGACUUCAUGAUGGAACAGAAUACAUUUUCAGAGUUUGUGCUGAAAAUAAAUAUGGAGUUGGAGAGUUCCUCAAAUCUGAUCCAGUAGUUGCUAAACAUCCAUUCAAUGCACCAGGGGCUCCAGCACCACCUGAGGUUGUGAGCAUUCGUCAUGAGUCUGCUAUCCUAACAUGGUCUGAUCCAAAAGAUACCGGAGGUUCACCCAUCACAGGAUAUUACGUGGAAUUCAAAGACAGAAAUAGCUUGAUGUGGAAGAGAGCCAGCAAGACACCUUUGAGAGUGAAAGAAUGCAGAGUAACUGGUUUGGUUGAAGGCCUGGAAUAUGAAUUUAGGGUCAUAGCUAUGAAUAUAGCUGGACUUGGAAAGCCAAGCAAAACAACUGAAUCACUUGUUGCUCUUGAUCCAAUUGAUCCACCUGGCAAACCUGAUGUGAUCAGUGUUACACGAAACAGUGUAACACUUGUUUGGUCUGCACCCAAGUAUGAUGGUGGCCACAGACUAACCGGCUAUAUUGUAGAGAAAUUAGUGUAUCCUGGAAAGACCUGGAUGAAGGCCAACCAUGUGAAUGUCCAAAGCUGUGCAUACACUGUAACAGACCUACAGGAAGGCUGUACUUGUGAAUUCAGAAUUAGGGCUAAAAAUGCAGCUGGAGCUAUCAGUGCUCCCUCAGAGGCAACUGAGCCUCUUGUCUGCAAAGAUGAAUAUGAACCACCAACUAUCACAAUUGACCCUGAAAUGAAGGAUGGAGUGACUGUGAGGGCUGGAGAAACAAUUGUCAUCACGGCAUCAAGCAUUCUUGGCAAACCACCUCCUACAGCUGUGUGGUCUAAGGGUGGAAGAGAAUUCAAGACCUCAGAUAUUGUCCAAAUUACAAGCACUCCCACAUCUUCAACACUGUCAAUCAAGUAUGCCAGCCGAAAGAACACUGGAGAGUACACUAUUACCGCAAGUAAUCCAUUUGGUAUCAAGGAAGAGAAAGUUAAAGUGAAAAUCCUGGAUGUGCCUGGACCUCCAGGUCCUAUUGAAGCCAGCAGUGUCUCUGCUGAAAAAUGCACAUUGACAUGGUUGCCACCAGAAGAAGAUGGUGGCUGCAGUAUCAAAUCAUAUAUAUUAGAAAAGAGAGAAACCAGCCGCCUACUCUGGACAAAGCUUGCCGAAGAUGUUAUGGAUUGCCGCUACGUUGCCAGCAAGCUGAUAAAGGGAAAUGAAUACAUAUUCCGUGUUUUAGCUGUCAAUCAGUAUGGUAUUGGUGAUGCAACACAGUCUGGACCAGUUAAAAUGGUUGAUAGCUUUGGACCUCCUGGGCCACCUUCAAAACCAGAAAUUGAUAAUGUCAGUAAAAAUGCAGUAACAAUUUCCUGGAAGAGACCAAUUGUAGAUGGAGGAAGUGACAUUAGAGGAUAUAGUGUUGAAAGAAAAGAGAGAAGAGGAAUGAGAUGGGUCAGAGCUUCAAAAAAGACCAUUUCUGAUCUACGUUACAAGGUCUCAGGCCUGUCAGAGGAUAUUGAAUAUGAAUUCCGUGUAACUGCAGAGAAUAAGGCUGGUUUUGGCGAGCCCAGUGAGCCAUCACAACCUGUAAUGACAAAGGAUAUUUCAUAUCCACCAGGACCUCCAUCCAACCCACGGAUUUCUGACACCACCAAAACAACAGCAACAUUUAACUGGGGUAGACCCUUCUAUGAUGGUGGACUUGAUGUGAAAGGAUACAUUGUUGAACAUAAAAAGGAAGGUGAUGAUGACUGGGUUCAAGACACAACUACUCCAUUGAGAAUAACAGAAUUUGUAGUUUCAAAUCUACAAUCAGGAGGAAAAUAUCACUUCAGAGUCAGGGCACUGAAUUCAGAAGGACUUGGUGAACCUUCUGAAGUAGAGCAAGUUGUUGAACUAGUGGAUCGAGAGGAGGUACCUGAAUUUGAACUUGAUGCAGAGUUGAGAAGAACACUUGUUGUUAAGUCAGGUGCUUCAAUCCGCAUAUUUGUGCCAAUCAAGGGCAGGCCAACUCCAGAUGUAACAUGGCAUAAGGAAGAUGUACCGCUUAAAGGCCGUGCUCACAUUGACACUACUGAAUCAUACACUCUAGUAGUCAUCCCUGAGUGUACAAGAUAUGAUGCUGGGAAGUAUGUCCUAACAUUGGAAAAUGUUGCUGGAAAAAAGUCUGGAUUUGUCAAUGUUCGUGUUGUGGACACCCCAGGACCUCCAGUAAAUUUGAAACCAAGUGAAAUCACAAAGAGUAGCAUUACUUUACAAUGGGAGAUUCCAAUCAUUGAUGGUGGUUCAAAGAUUACAAAUUAUAUUAUUGAGAAGCGGGAUGCAACACGAAAGGCUUACUCAACUAUUACAGCAAACUGGCAGAAAUGCUCGUACAAGAUUCCAGACUUGGAAGAGGGCGCUGAAUAUUACUUUAGAGUUUCUGCUGAGAAUGAAAGGGGCAUCGGUGAGCCAGCAGAGACACCUGAACCAAUAAGAGCUUCUCAGGCCCCUUCUGCACCAGAUAAUCUGAUUGUUUCAGAUUUUUCCAAGGACACAGCAACUCUUGCAUGGACAAAACCAAAAUAUGAUGGUGGUAGUCGAAUCACUGGCUAUGUGAUAGAGGCUCAACUGAAAGAUUCUGAUCAGUGGACACAUGUGACAACAAUAAAAGCUUUGGACUACACUGCAACAGAAUUGGUGGAAAAUGCAGAAUAUGUGUUCCGCAUCUUUGCUGUAAACAGCUCAGGCAGGAGUGAACCUCGUGAAAGUCGACCAGUUGUAAUCAAGGAGCAAACCACUGGUCCAGAAUUUGACCUCAGAGGUGUAUAUCAGAAGAUGGUGGUAGCUAAAGCAGGUGAUAAUCUUAAAGUUGAGAUCCCUGUUCUGGGUCGUCCGAGACCACUUGUUGUAUGGAAGAAAGAAGAUCAGGAACUUAAACAGACACAGAGAAUAAACAUCGAAAAUACUACAACUUCUACAAUUCUCAACAUUAAUGAAAUUAAGAGAAAAGACGGAGGACAGUAUUCAAUGAUAGGAAAGAACAUCUUAGGAACUGUGACUGAAAUCAUUACUGUUCAAGUACAUGAUAUUCCAGGACCUCCAACUGGACCAAUAAAAUUGGAUGAGGUUUCUUGUGACUAUGUGAUAAUAUCAUGGGAAGCUCCAGAAAAUGAUGGAGGAGUUCCUAUUAAUAACUACAUUGUUGAAAUGCGUGAGACAACUGGCACAUCCUGGGUGGAACUGGCAGCAACCGUUAUUCGCACAACAUUUAAAGCCGCACGGCUUACAACUGGUAUUGAAUAUCAAUUCCGUGUAAAAGCUCAGAACAGAUAUGGUGUUGGACCCUACAUAACAUCAGCACCAGUGGUGGCUGCUUAUCCAUUUGAUGUUCCAGGACAGCCUGGAAUUCCACAAGUAGUUGCCUUCACCAAGGAUUCAAUGACAAUCAGCUGGAAUGAACCUUCUUCAGAUGGAGGUAGCCCAAUUUUAGGAUACCACAUUGAAAGGAAAGAGAAGAACAGCAUACUCUGGCAGAGGAUCAGCAAAGCUCUAGUUGUUGGCAAUAUGUUUAAAUCGCCAGGUCUGAUUGAUGGUAUUGCAUAUGAAUUCCGUGUUAUUGCAGAAAAUAUGGCUGGUCUCAGCAAACCAAGCAAGCCAUCUGAGAUGACAUAUGCACUUGAUCCUGUAGACCCCCCAAGUCAACCAGUGGCACUUAACGUAACUAGACAUGAAGUUACUCUUCAAUGGACAAAGCCAGAGGGUGAUGGUGGUUUCUCAAUAACUGGAUAUACAGUUGAAAAAAGAGAGCUGCCUAAUGGUCGCUGGCUGAAAGCCAACUUCAGCAACAUUCUUGAAACAAACUUCACUGUAAGUGGUCUCACAGAAGAUGCUUCUUAUGAAUUCCGUGUAUUAGCAAGGAACUCAGCUGGAGCUGUCAGCAAACCAUCUAAACCUUCAGAGGUCAUUGUCUGCAGAGAUGACAUCGAAGAGCCAAAAAUCGAUGCUGAUGCAAGUUUCAGUAGCGCUGUGGUUGUUAAAGCAGGAGAUGUCUUCAAGCUAGAUGCACGUGUUACAGGUCGCCCAAUUCCAUCCUUGGUUUGGACUAAAGAUGGCAAGGAGCUUGAAGACACUGGAAAACUAGAGAUCAAAACAUCAGAUUUCUAUACUUGUUUGAUUAACAAAGAUUCUUUACGUAAAGAUGGUGGUGCAUACACUCUAACUGCUAGCAAUCCGGGAGGAUUUGCCAAAUUUGUCUUCAAUGUUAAAGUUCUUGACAGACCUGGCCCACCUGAAGGACCACUGCAUGUCACAGACAUGACAACAGAGAAAUGUAUUCUGUCAUGGCUGCCACCACUUCAUGAUGGAGGAGGAAAGAUUGAAUAUUACAUCAUUCAGAGACGUGAAACAAGUAGACUUACAUGGACAAAUGUAGCCACAGAUUUACAAGUAACCCGCUAUAAGGUUACCAAAUUGCUGAAAGGAAAUGAAUAUAUAUUCAGAGUCAUGGCUGUGAACAAAUAUGGAGUUGGAGAACCUCUUGAAUCUGAGCCUGCUGUUGCCACUAAUCCAUAUGUGCCUUCUGAUCCUCCACAGGCACCAGAAGUAACUGCUAUAACAAAAGAUUCAAUGGUAGUUUGUUGGGGACAUCCUGAACACAAUGGUGGAAGUAGUAUAAAUACCUACAUCAUUGAGAGGAGAGACAAAACUGGUCUUCGUUGGGUAAAAUGCAAUAAAAGGACUGUUACUGAUCUGCGCUUCAAAGUUUCAGGACUAACACCUGGUCAUGAGUAUGAAUAUAGAAUCCUAGCUGAAAAUGCUGCUGGCUUAAGUGCUCCAAGCCCUUCAAGUCCAUUCUACAAAGCAUGUGACACAAUUUUCCAACCUGGACCCCCUGGAAAUCCUAGGGUUUUGGAUACAACUAAGUCAUCCAUUACUAUUGCUUGGAAUAAACCAGUUUAUGAUGGUGGUUCGGAUAUCACAGGUUAUAUUGUUGAAACAUGCCUGCCAGAGGAAGAUGAAUGGACAAUUGUCACUCCAAAGGCUGGGCUAACAGCAACAUCAUUCACCAUAACCAACCUUACUGAAAACCAAGAAUAUAAGAUAAAUAUUUCAGCUCUUAACUGUGAAGGUGUUGGAGAGCCAGCCUCUGUGCCUGGUUCACCUAAAGCUGAAGACCGAUUCCUUCCACCUGAAAUUGAGCUUGACUCAGACCUUCGCAAAGUAGUGAACAUAAGAGCAUGCAGUACCUUACGAUUAUUUGUGCCAAUUAAAGGAAGACCUGCACCAGAAGUCAGAUGGUCAAGGGAAACAGGUGAACCCCUUGAUAGAGCAUCUAUUGAAAUUACAUCAUCCUUCACCACAUUGGUUAUUGAGAAUGUAAAUAGAUUUGAUGGUGGAAAAUAUAUGCUAACUGUGGAAAACAGUUCAGGAGCUAAAACGGCGUUUGUUAAUGUCCGAGUUCUUGACACUCCUGAUGCACCACAAAACCUUACAAUCAAGGAAAUCACAAAAGAUUCUGCUUCCCUCAUCUGGGAUCCUCCAGUCAUUGAUGGUGGAUCAAGAAUCAGGCAUUAUAUUGUUGAAAAACGUGAAUCUACACGAAAAGCAUACUCCAUUGUUAAUGCCUCCUGUCCCAAGACAAGUUGUAGAAUUGGAGACUUACAGGAAGGAAGCAUGUAUUUCUUCAGAAUUUUGGCUGAAAAUGAGUAUGGUGUUGGUCUUCCAGUAGAGACCACAGAAGCUAUAAAAAUCUCUGAGAGACCUCUUCCUCCUGGAAAAGUGACUUUGAAAGAAGUAACUGGCAACAGUGUAACACUUUCUUGGGAGAAGCCAGACCAUGAUGGAGGAAGCAGAAUUACAGGUUAUAUUGUUGAAAUGCAAGGGAAAAACAGUGAAAAAUGGACACAAGUAAUGACUGUUAAAGCAACAGAGGCAGUUGUUGUUGGCCUAACACAAGGUGAAGAAUACUCCUUCCGUAUUUCAGCAACUAAUGAAAAGGGAACCAGUGAUCCACGUCCACUUAAUGUCCCUGUGGUUGCUAUGGAUGUUGUUAUUGCUCCUGCCUUCAAACUGUUGUUCAGCACAUUCAGUGUUUUGGCAGGUGAUGAUCUGAAAAUUGAUGUGCCUUAUGUUGCUCAGCCCAAGGCAGCAGUUACCUGGCAAAAAGAUGGCAUUGCUCUGAAAGAGACAACAAGAGUAAACUCUGAAGUAGCAGAGAAACACCUUUACCUUGUGAUUAGAGAGGCAACACGGGAUGAUGUGGGCAAAUAUACUAUUAAACUGACAAACUCAGCUGGUGAAGCUACAGCAGACCUCAGUGUUAUAGUACUUGAUAAACCUGGACCACCAACUGGCCCAAUCAAAAUAGAGGAGGUAACUGCAGACAGUGCUACAUUAUCAUGGCAGCCUCCAGAGUAUGAAGGAGGCUGUAGCAUUAAUAACUAUAUUGUGGAAAAACGAGACACAUCUACCACCAACUGGCAGAUUGUAUCUGCAACAGUAGCAAGAACAACAACUAAAGCUGCAAGAUUGAAGACUGGCUGUGAAUAUCAAUUUAGGAUUGCUGCUGAAAAUAGAUACGGAAAGAGUUCAGUUCUUUUGUCUGAGCCAGUUGUUGCACAAUAUCCGUUUGAGGUCCCAAAUCCACCAGGAACUCCAACUGUUCAGUCUGCUACUAAAGAAAACAUGGUUAUUGUGUGGAACAAACCCAGUAGUGAUGGUGGAAGCAAGAUUUUGGGAUAUCACGUUGAGAGUAAGGAAAGAAACAGCUUGCUGUGGGUAAAACAAAACAAAACGCUCAUUCCAGACACAAGAUUUAAGAUAGGUGGGCUUGAAGAAGGCAUUGAAUAUGAAUUUAGGGUUUAUGCUGAGAAUAUAGUUGGUCUGAGCAAAGCAAGCAAAAUAUCAGAAAUCCAGGUGGCUAGAGAUCCAUGUGACCCUCCAGGCAAACCUGAAGCAGUGAUUGUCACAAGAAGCUCUGUAACACUCAGGUGGACACCACCACAGUUUGAUGGCGGCAGCAAGAUUACUGGAUAUGUCAUUGAGAAAAAAGAAUUGCCUAAUGGCCGAUGGAUGAAAGCCUCUUUUACGAAUAUCAUUGAGACCGAAUUUGUUGUCAGUGGCUUGGUAGAGGAGCAGCAGUAUGAAUUCCGUGUUAUUGCAAGAAAUGCUGCUGGUGUGUCUAGUGCACCAUCAGACAGUACUGGUGCAAUCACAGCAAAGGAUGAAGUUGAUCCACCCCAAAUUGACUUAGAUGCCAAAUAUUCCCAAACGAUUGUUGUUAAUGCUGGAGAAUCAUUCAAAGUAGAUGCAGGGAUACUUGGCAAACCUAUUCCUUCAGUUCACUGGAUAAAAGCUGGCGAAGAACUUACAAAUACUGCAAGACUUGAGAUAAAGAAUACUGACUUCACAACUACUCUUAGUGUGAAGGAGGCAAUCCGUGUCGAUGGAGGCCAGUAUACCCUGGUACUGAAAAACGUUGGUGGGGAGAGAUCAGUAAUUGUCAAUGUCAAGGUUCUGGACAGACCUGGGCCUCCAGAUGGCCCAAUUUCAAUCUAUGGUGUUACCAGCGAAAAGUGCUGCAUUUCCUGGAAAACUCCAUUGCAUGAUGGAGGUGCGGAGGUGUCUCAUUACAUUGUGGAAAGAAGAGAGACCAGCCGAUUAGUUUGGACUGUUGUGGAAUCUAAGGUACAAACCCUCAAUCUUAAAAUUACAAAACUCCUUCCUGGAAAUGAGUAUAUUUUCAGAGUGAUACCUGUAAAUAAAUAUGGAAUUGGUGAGCCUUUGGAAUCUGAUCCAGUGAUUGCAGCAAAUCCAUUUGUCCCACCUUAUGCACCAAGUAAUGUUGAAGUGUCAAAUAUAACAAAGGAUUCCAUGGUUAUAACAUGGGAAAGACCCACUAAUGAUGGCGGCAAUGCAAUUACAGGAUACAUUGUUGAAAAGAGAGACAAAGAAGGCGUUAGGUGGACAAGAUGCAACAAACGUGUAGUGAGUGAACUACGCUUUAGAGUAACAGGACUUCUUGAAAACAGAAGUUAUGAAUUCCGUGUGUCUGCUGAGAAUGCAGCUGGAGUUGGUAAACCAAGUCCACCCACACUGUACUUCAAGGCAGUGGAUCCAGUCUUUAAGCCUGGUCCACCAAACAACCCCAAGGUAAUUUAUGUCUCAAGAGCAUCUGUUGUUCUGCAUUGGGGUAAGCCGAUUUAUGAUGGUGGGUGUGAAAUUCAGAGUUAUAUUGUUGAGGCAUGUGAAGUCACUUCCGAUGAAUGGAUGAUGUGUACACCACCCUCUGGAAUAACAGAGACCAGAUUUGAGGUUAAAAAACUGCUUGAAAAGCACGAGUACAAAUUCAGAAUCUGUGCCGUAAAUAAGGUUGGUGUGGGAGAAACUGCUGAUAUCCCAGGAACCAUUAUCAUAGAGGAUAAACUUGAGGCACCAGAUAUUGACAUUGAUGCUGACCUGAGAAAGAUGAUAACUGUCAGGGCUGGAGGCUCUCUCAGAUUGUUUGUUCCUAUUCGUGGAAGGCCAACUCCUGAAGUCAAGUGGGGAAAGGCUGAAGGUGAAAUCAAUGAGGCAGCUCAAAUUGAUAUUACAAGCAGUUUCACCUCACUUAUAAUUGAAAAUGUUAAUAGAUUUGACAGUGGAAAAUACACUUUAACUCUGGAAAAUGCCAGUGGAACAAAAUCUGCAUUUAUUAGUGUCAGAGUAUUAGAUACUCCUGAUGCACCUGCAAACUUCCGUGUGAAGGAAAUAACAAAGAAUUCAGUCACUCUUACCUGGGAGCCACCUUUGCUGGAUGGUGGAGCUAAAAUUAAAAACUACAUUGUUGAAAAACGAGAGAGUACAAGAAAGGUAUACUCUGCUGUUGCUACCUGCAACAAGAUGACAUGGAAAAUUGAACCACUCCAAGAGGGAAGCAACUUUUUCUUCAGGGUUCUUGCUGAAAAUGAAAAUGGUAUUGGAUUGCCUGCAGAGACUCAAGAUCCAAUAAAAAUAUCAGAGGUGCCACAACCCCCUGGUAAAGUUUCUGUAAUAGAUGUUACACGAAAGAGUGUUUCUCUCAAAUGGGAAAAACCAGAGCAUGAUGGAGGCAGCAGAAUUACUCAUUAUGAAGUUGAAAUGCAAGCAAAAGAUCAAGAUAAAUGGUCUCUUUGUGCUCAAGUAAAAUCUCUUGACACUGUAGUAACUAAUUUAGCACAAGGUGGGGAGUACAAUUUCAGAGUUAUUGCCGUCAAUGACAAGGGAAAGAGUGAUCCCAGACCCUUGGCAAACACUGUUGUUGCAAAGGACCUUGCUAUUCAGCCUUCAGUAAGAACGAAACUUAGCACUUACGAUGUACAGGUUGGAAAUGAUUUGAAAAUUGAAGCCCGAAUUGCUGGUCAUCCAAAACCAACCAUUACAUGGACUAAAGAUGGUUCAGCUCUGAAACAGACCACAAGAGUAAAUGUUGCUGACACUGCACAUCAUACCACUCUUACCAUCAAAGAUGCAACAAGAGAAGAUGGUGGUAUGUAUAACAUUGCUGUGGCUAAUGUACUUGGACAAGCAGAAGCCACUGUUGAAAUAAUCAUACUUGAAAAGCCUGGCCCACCAACAGGCCCAGUCAAGAUUGAUGAAGUGAGUGCAGAGAGCAUUACACUAUCUUGGGACCCACCAACAUACACUGGAGGCUGCCAGAUUUCAAAUUAUAUUGUCCAAAAGAGAGACACCACCACCACUAACUGGGUAGUUGUUUCUGCCACAGUAGCAAGAACCACACUUAAAGUUGGUAAUUUAAAAACUGGAGCUGAAUACCAGUUUAGAAUUUUUGCUGAGAAUAGGUAUGGUAAAAGCUAUGGCAUUGACUCAGAUCCAGUUCUUGCCCAGUAUCCUUUCAAGGAGCCUGGGCCUCCAGGAACUCCAUUUGUGUCUGCAUUCACAAAAGAGUCUAUGGUUGUUGAAUGGCACAAACCAGUCUCAGAUGGUGGAAGUGCUAUUCUAGGAUAUCAUCUAGAGAGAAAGGAGAAAAAUAGCAUUCUUUGGACAAAGAUCAAUAAAAUACUAAUUCAAGACACCAGACUUAAAACAUCUCCUUUGGAAGAGGGCAUUGAAUAUGAAUUCAGAGUCUAUGCUGAAAACAUAGUUGGAAUUGGAAUGUGCAGCAAAGUCUCUGAAGGUUGUGUGGCACGUGACCCAUGUGACCCACCAGGCACCCCUGUGCCAGUGAUUGUGACAAGACACUCAGUGAAACUUAGAUGGACACCACCGGUAUAUGAUGGAGGCAGCCUUGUCACUGGAUAUGUUGUGGAGAAACGAGACCUGCCAGAAGGCCGUUGGAUGAAAGCUAGUUUUACAAACAUUCUUGAAACUGAAUUUACAGUCACAGGCCUGACAGAAGACUGCAAAUAUGAUUUCAGAGUUAUUGCCAGAAAUGGAGCUGGAUCAGUUAGUAGACCCUCUGUGAGCACAGGCUCAAUUACAGCUAAGGAUGAAGUUGAACCACCAACCUAUGAGGUUGCCUCAGAGUAUAGCCAAAUUUUGACAGUGAAUGCCGGAGACACAUUUACAUUGGAAGCGUCCAUACUAGGAAAGCCAGUUCCAACAAUGCAGUGGUUUAAGGGUGAUGUGGAAGUUGAAAAUUCAGCAAGAGCUGAGAUCAAGAAUAUUGACUUCAAAGCAAUUCUUGUCGUCAAGGAUGCCAUUCGAAUUGAUGGAGGACAGUACACAUUGCACCUCACUAAUGUGGCUGGAACAAAAUCUGUUUCUUUCAAUGUAAGAGUCCUUGAUAGACCUGGACCCCCUGAAGGUCCUCUGACUGUUUCUGGUGUAACAUCUGAGAAGUGUUCAUUGUCAUGGCUGCCUCCAAAACAUGAUGGUGGCUGUAGUAUUUCUUAUUAUGUCAUACAGAAAAGAGAAACAAGUCGUCUUGCUUGGACUGUAGUUUCAGGUGAUUGUGGAGCAACCAUGUUUAAAGUUACUAAACUUCUAAAAGGAAAUGAAUACAUUUUCCGUGUCAUGGCUGUCAACAAGUAUGGAGUCGGUGAACCACUUGAAUCUGCACCAGUGAUUAUGAGAAAUCCUUUUGUUCCACCUGGACCACCUAAAGAACUAGAAAUAACAAAUAUUUCAAGAGACUCUAUGACAGUAUGCUGGACUCGUCCUGAAACCGAUGGUGGAAGUGAGAUUGCUGGUUACAUCGUAGAGAAGAGAGACAGAACUGGAGUGCGGUGGACAAAAUGUAACAAACGCAGAGUCACAGACCUACGUUUCAGAGUCACAGGCUUGACAGAGGAUCAUGAAUAUGAAUUCAGGUUAUCUGCAGAAAAUGCUGCUGGAGUUGGACAGCCAAGUCCACCAACUGAUUAUUACAAAGCCUGUGAUCCAACAUUUAAGCCUGGCCCACCAACUAAUGCACACCUUGUUGACACUACAAAGAAUUCAGUCACAAUUGCAUGGAGUAGACCAAUAUAUGAUGGUGGUUUAGACAUCCAAGGCUAUGUUAUUGAGAUAUGUAAAGCUGAUGAAGAAGAAGAAUGGACCACAUGCACUCCACCCUCUGGAUUAAAUGAUACUAAAUUUACAAUAACUAAACUCACUGAACACCAAGAAUACAAAGUUCAUAUAUGUGCUCUUAAUAAACUGGGUGUUGGUGAGCCAGUGUCUAUCCAAGGAACUGUCAAACCAGUGGAUAAAAUGGAUGCCCCUGAAAUUGAGCUUGACUCUGAGUUGAGGAAAGGUAUUGUUGUGCGUGCUGGAGGGUCUAUGAGAAUCAACAUACCAUUCAAAGGACGCCCCAUUCCUGAGAUAAACUGGACCAAGGAUGAGGGAGAUUUACCAGAUAAAGCUCAAACAGAAAAGGGACCAGAUUACACUCAGUUAUCAAUUGAUAUAUGUGACAGAAAUGAUGCUGGAAAAUAUACUCUGACUUUGGAAAAUAAUGCUGGCACUAAAUCAGCCUUUGUGUCAGUAAAAGUACUCGAUACACCAGGUGCUCCACAGAAUCUUGUUGUGAAAGAUGUAACAAGAAACUACGCCACCCUCGUUUGGGAACCUCCCCUUAUAGAUGGUGGUUCAAAAAUAAAAAAUUAUAUAAUUGACAAGAGAGAAUCAAAUAGACAAGGAUUUGUAAACAUUACUACCAAGUGCUCCAAGACCAGCUUCCGAGUGGGUGAUCUGACAGAGGGUGGUAUUUAUUACUUCAGAGUCAUGGCAGAAAAUGAAUUUGGAAUUGGUCUUCCUGUAGAAACAGAAGAAUCUGUGAAGACAGCAGAUCCUCCUUUAUCUGUUGGCAAGGUAUCUUUGACUGAUGUGACAAAAACCACAGCAUCACUUUCCUGGGAUAAACCAGAUCAUGAUGGUGGUAGUAGAAUCCUGGGUUAUUAUAUUGAAAUGCAACCAAAAGGAUCAGAGGAAUGGACAAUUGCCACAGUCACCAAAACAUGUGAAGGUACAGUGACAGGACUUAGUUCAGGACAAGAGUACCUCUUCAGAGUUUUAGCUUACAAUGAGAAGGGAAAAAGUGAUCCAAGGCCAUUGGCUGCUCCUGUGAUAGCCAAAGAUGUUACUAUUGAACCAAGCUUCAAACUACAUUUCAACACAUACAGUGUUCAAUCUGGUGAAGAUCUCAAAGUGGAAAUACCAUUUAAAGGGCGUCCAACUCCAAAGAUUGCAUGGAUGAAAGAUGGACAAGCACUGAAAGAAACAACUAGAUUAAAUGUCUCAAGCAGUAGUUCUUCAACAGUUCUUAAAAUUAAAGAUGCAAAUAGAGAAGACUCUGGCAAGUACAUAGUUACAGCUACAAAUAAUAUAGGUACAGUCACAGAAGAGAUUGGCAUAAUCAUUCUUGACAAGCCAGGCCCACCAGUCGGACCACUUAAAAUUGAUGAAGUAAGUGCCACCUAUGUUAUCAUCUCCUGGGAGCCACCAGUGUACACAGGUGGUUGUCAGAUAAACAACUACAUAGUGGAAAAACGUGACACAACCACUACUAACUGGCAGACUGUUUCAGCAACCAUUGCUCGUACCACAAUCAAAGUCACAAAGCUGAAGACUGGUUCCGAAUAUCAGUUUAGAGUGUUUGCUGAGAACAGAUAUGGAAAGAGCACAUCACUAGAUUCAGUGCCAGUUGUGGUCAGUUAUCCUUUUACUGAGCCUGCAGCUCCUGGUGCACCAUUUGUUUCAUCAGUGACAAAAGACCACAUGACAAUUGAAUGGAAACCCCCCAGCAAUAAUGGAGGUAGCCCUGUUAUUGGGUAUCACCUUGAGCGUAAAGAAAAGAACAGCAUCUUAUGGACCAAACUUAACAAGCUUCUUAUCACUGACACUCGAUUUAAAACAAAUGGUCUGGAGGAGGGAAUUGAAUAUGAAUACAGAGUGUAUGCUGAAAAUAUUGCAGGAAUCAGUCCAUCAAGCAAAGUCUCAGAAAGUGUUGUUGCACGUGAUCCAUGUGAUCCCCCUGGAACUCCUGAAGCCAUUGUUAUCACAAGAAACCUAGUAACUCUUCAGUGGGUAAAACCACAGUAUGAUGGUGGCAGUGCAAUUACAGGAUACAUUAUUGAAAGGAAGAAGCUGCCUGAAGGUCGUUGGAUGAAGGCCAGCUUCACAAAUAUUAUAGACACACAAUUUACAAUAACUGGAUUGGAAGAAGAACAAAGAUAUGAAUUUAGAGUAAUUGCCAGAAAUGCAGCUGGUAUUUUAAGUGUACCCUCUGAGAGCACUGGACCAAUUACUGCUCUGGAUGAGAUUGAAGCGCCAUCUGUCUCCAUGGAUUCAAAAUUUAAAGAUGCUAUCAUUGUAAAAGCUGGAGAGUCCUUUAUUAUUGAUGCCGACAUUGCUGGAAAACCUCUUCCUGAUAUUAUGUGGCUUAAGGAUGGAAAAGAAAUUGACAGUGCUACACCCAGAAUGGAGAUUAAGUCCACCAUAACACGAACAGUUUUGACUGUUAAGGACUGCAUUAGAGUAGAUGGUGGUCAUUUCCUCUUAAGUCUCAGUAAUGUUGGUGGAACCAAACAGGUACCCAUUAUUGUCAAGGUUCUUGAUAGACCUGGUCCACCUGAUGGCCCUCUAAAGGUAACUGGUGUCACAGCAGAAAAAUGUUAUUUGCACUGGAGCCACCCAUCACAUGAUGGUGGAGCUGGUAUUUCUCAUUACAUUAUUGAAAAAAGAGAAACUAGCAGACUGUCUUGGACAGUAGUGGAACCUAAAAUUCAAGCAAUUAGUUACAAAGUCACUAAACUCCUCCCUAGUAAUGAGUAUAUAUUCAGAGUCAUGGCAGUGAAUAAGUAUGGUAUUGGCGAACCACUUGAAUCUGAACCUGUCCUUGCAAAAAAUCCUUUCAACAAACCUGGACCACCUUCAACUCCUGAAGCAAGUGCAAUCACCAGAGACUCAAUAGUCCUUACAUGGGAGCGGCCAGAGGAUGAUGGUGGAUCACAAAUUGAUGGCUAUGUUCUUGAGAAACGUGAUAAAGAGGGUAUAAGAUGGACAAAGUGUAACAAGAAAAGACUGAAUGACUUGAGAUUCAGAGCUACUGGGCUCACAGAUGGACACUUCUAUGAAUUCAGAGUAUCUGCUGAAAAUGCUGCUGGUGUGGGCACACCAAGUGAACCAUCUGAAUAUUACAAAGCUUGUGAUGCAACUUAUCCCCCUGGUCCUCCUAAUAAUCCUAAAAUAACAGAUUACUCAAGCACAACUAUUUCCGUGGCAUGGAGUAGGCCAAUUUAUGAUGGUGGAGCACCUGUCUCAGGAUACAUUGUUGAGGCAAAGGAAGUUAGUGACGAUGAAUGGACUGUGUGCACUCCACCAACCGGUGUGCAAACAACUCACUUCACCGUCAAAAAAUUAAAGGAAAAUGCAGAAUACAACUUCCGUAUUUGUGCACUUAAUAUUGAGGGGGCUGGAGAGCAUGUUGAUGUUCCAGGAUCUGUAAUUGCUGCUGAAAAACUUGAAGCUCCUGAGAUAGAACUUGACACAGAUCUUAGGAAAUGUGUGAUUGUGCGUGCCAGUGCAACACUCCGGUUAUUUGUCACCAUAAGGGGAAGGCCCGAGCCAGAGGUUAAGUGGACAAAGGCAGAUGGUACCUUACCAGAACAUGCUCAAAUUGAAGUAACAGGCUCUUACACAGUGCUUGUUAUUGACAAUGUUAAUCGAUUUGAUACUGGCAAAUAUGUUGUGACCCUUGAAAACAAUAGUGGCACAAAAUCUGCAUUUAUUAAUGUCAAGAUUCUUGACUCUCCAAGUGCUCCAGUGAACUUUGAAAUUAAGGAUGUAAAGAGAGAUUAUGUUCAGUUACAGUGGGAGCCUCCACAAAUUGAUGGUGGUGCCAAGAUCACCCAUUACAUCGUGGAAAAGCGAGAAUCUAAAAGGCUGGCAUUCACAACUGUGACAAACAACUGUGUCAGAAAUUCAUUCAAGGUUGAUGAUCUCCAAGAGGGAGGUCUUUACCACUUCCGUGUAUUAGCUGUGAAUGAACUUGGUGUUGGUUUGCCUGCAGAGACCAUAGAGGCUGUCAAAGUUUCCCAAGCACCCUUACCACCUGGUAAAAUUACAGUUGUUGAUGUAACUCGCCACACUGUUACUCUAACAUGGGAAAAGCCAGAUCAUGAUGGUGGCAGCAAAAUCACAGGGUACAGAGUGGAAAUGAUGAUUAAAGGAUCAGAUAAAUGGACUGUAUGUGCUACAGUAAAGGCACUGGAAGCCACAAUUGAAGGACUUACAACAGGAGAGGAAUACAGCUUCAGAAUUACAGCACUUAAUGACAAAGGAAAAAGUGAUCCUAAACCCCUGGGAGCAUCUGUUGUGGCAAGAGAUAUUACGAUUGAACCCAUUAUUGAUUUGCUGUUUAACACCUACAGUAUAAAAGCUGGAGAUGAUCUCAAAAUUGAUGUUCCAUUCAGAGGCAGACCUCCUCCAGAGGUUACAUGGAAAAAGGAUGGUCACUCAUUGAAACAAACAACCAGAGUUAAUGUGUUGACAUCAAAGACAUCAUCAAAGAUUGUCAUCAAGGAUGCAACAAGAGAGGAUGUUGGAAAAUAUGAAAUUACUUUAACUAAUUCGAUUGGUGUUAAAUCAGCAGAAAUAUCUGUUAUUGUUCUUGAUAAACCAGGUCCACCAGGUGCAAUCAAGGUCGAUGAAAUAAGUGCUGAUUUUAUUUCACUAUCAUGGGACCCUCCAAUUUAUGAUGGUGGCUGUCAAAUUAAUAAUUAUGUGGUUGAGAAGAGAGAUACGACCACUACAGCAUGGCAAAUUGUUUCAGCAACAGUUGCAAGAACAUCAAUCAAAGUAACUCGUUUGACACAAGGAACAGAGUAUCAGUUCCGUGUUGCUGCAGAGAAUCGUUAUGGUAAAAGCCAUGCAGUUGACUCUGCCCCAAUUGUUGCACAGUACCCAUUCUCACCUCCAGGACCUCCAACCAGCCUUCACAUUUCUCAAGCCACUAAAUCAGGAAUGCUAGUUACCUGGAACAGACCAGCAAGUGAUGGUGGAAGUCCCGUCAUUGGAUAUCACUUGGAAUGCAAAGAUCAGAGCAGCAUUCUCUGGACAAAGAUGAACAGAGGACCAAUUACAGAAACUCAGUUCAAGGUAACUGGUUUGGAAGAAGGCCUCUUAUAUCAGUAUAGAGUUUAUGCUGAGAAUAUAGCUGGCAUUGGACCUUGCACAAAGGCAUGUGAUCCUGCUUCUGCCCGAGAUCCAUGUGCAUCUCCAGGUCAACCAGUAGUUAUGAACAUCACAAGAACAUCUGUUUCUCUCUCCUGGGCAAUACCUGAGUUUGAUGGUGGAGCUAAGGUGACUGGCUACAUUGUUGAACGCAGGGAACUUCCAGAUGGGCGGUGGUUAAAGUGUAAUUUCACCAAUCUUCAAGAAACAUUCUUUGACGUAACUGGCCUGAUUGAAGAUCAAAGAUAUGAUUUCCAUGUAAUUGCUAAGAAUGCUGCUGGCUUACUCAGUGAACCAUCAGAGGGUACAGGACCUGUGACUGUAAAAGAUGAUGUUGAUCCACCACGCAUCACAAUUGAGGACAAGCUAAGACAGCUGGUUGUAGUGAAAGCUGGAGACUUACUCAGAAUUGAUGCUGAAAUAUCAGGACGUCCAAUUCCUGUGAUUUCAUGGGCAAAGGAUGGAAAAGAGAUUGAAGCCAAGGCCAGAUUUGAGAUUUCUUCAACACUCACUAGUACAACACUAAUUGUUAGAGAUGCCAUAAGACGAGACUCAGGACAGUAUGUUCUAACAUUGCAAAAUGUUGCAGGCAUCAGAUCUUUGGCAGUAAACUGUAAGGUCCUGGACAGGCCUGGCCCAUCUGCUGGACCAUUGGAAGUAACUGGUGUGACUGCAGAGAAAUGUACAUUGACUUGGGGACCACCUCAAGAAAAUGGAGGUGCUGAAAUUCAGCACUACAUAGUUGAGAAACGUGAAACAAGCCGGCUUGCCUGGACUCUGGUCUAUGCAGAUAUGAAGGCCACAACAUGUAAAGUAACAAAACUGCUCAAAGGUAAUGAGUAUAUAUUUAGAGUUCGGGGAGUUAAUAAGUAUGGAACCGGUGAACCUCUGGAGAGUGAUCCUGUUAAGGCAAUGGAUCCAUUUACAGUCCCUGCUGCACCAACAAAUGUUGAAGUCACCAGUGUUACAAGUGAAGCAAUGACAAUUUGCUGGGAAAGACCUGUCUCUGAUGGAGGCAGUAGUAUUUCUGGCUAUGUAAUUGAGAAAUGUGAGAAAUCUGGUCUUCGCUGGGUACGUGUCAACAAAAAGCCUGUUUAUGACUUAAGAGUAAAAGCUUCCAAUCUCCGUGAAGGAUCUGAGUAUGAAUACAGAGUAUUUGCAGAGAAUGCUGCUGGUUUGAGUGCACCAAGUGUGCCUUGCCCAUUAACAAAGGCAGAGGAUCCAUUGUUCCUACCAUCACCUCCAGCUAAACCUAAAAUAAUUGAUUCCUCUAAAACAUCAAUAACUUUGUCUUGGAACAAGCCAUUAUUUGAUGGUGGCUCUCCAGUUACAGGAUAUAUGGUGGAAUACAGGAAAAUCAAUGAUGAUGACUGGACACUUGGUGUCAGUAAAACUAAGAGUACAGAGUUCACUGUGGUGGGACUCACUUCAGGAGAAGAGUAUAUCUUUGUAGUCAGAUCAAUUAACAAGAUUGGUUCAAGUGAGCCAAGCCCUGAAACUGAUCCACAGAUAGCAAAGGACAGAGAAGAUGAGCCAGUUUUCCUAAUCAGUAAUGAAAUGAGGAAGACACUGAUUGUCAAAGAUGGCAGCUCGUUUACACUUAGAGUCCCAUUCAAGGGAAAGCCUGUUCCACAUGUAAUGUGGAACAAACCAGAUGUUGAUCUGAGAGUGAGGGCUGCUAUUGAUAUAACCGAUAACUGCACAUCCAUCACAAUCGAGAAAGCUACAAGAGAUGACUCAGGAAAAUACACUGUAACCCUCCAAAAUGUUGCUGGAACUGCUACACUGACAUUGAGCGUAAAGGUUCUUGAUUCCCCAGGCCCACCAGCCUGCAUUGAAAUUAAGGAAGUCACCAAGAGCUCUGCAACUAUUACAUGGGAUACUCCUGAGAAUGAAGGUGGCGCUCCAGUCAAGAACUACCUUGUUGAUUUCCGUGAGGCAACUAAAAUGGGCUGGACCAGGAUUACAGACAGUUGUCCCAGGUUGACUUAUAGAGUUAAUGAUCUUCAAGAAGGAGGUGUUUAUUAUUUCAGAGUUACAGGUGAAAAUGAGUACGGCAUAGGAGUCCCAGUUGAGACCAAAGAAGGAACAAAGAUUACAGAAAAACCAAGUCCACCACCCAAGCUUGGAGUCACUGAUGUCACAAAAGACAGUGUCUCACUAGCAUGGCUUAAACCAGAACACGACGGAGGAAGCAGAAUUACAAAUUACCUGGUUGAGGCUCUUGAAAAAGGACAACAAAAGUGGAUAAAGUGUGGUUCCACCAAAACAACUCACUUUGUUGUCUGUGGAUUGAGAGAAAAUGCUGAAUACUACUUCAGAGUUCGGGCUGAAAACCAUGCUGGACUUAGCGACCCCAAGGACAUGGUUUUACCUGUGCUUGUAAAAGACCAGCUGGAGGCACCUGAAAUUAACAUGAAGGACUUCCAACACAACACUGCCUAUGUUAAGGCAGGUUCAAAUCUCAAGAUUGAGAUCCCCCUCACUGGUAAACCUCUACCAAAAGUAUCCCUCUCUAAGGAUGGACAGGUUCAAAAGUCAACCAUGAGAUUCAACUCUGAUGUGACAACUGACUCCCUAAUAAUUUAUUUGCGUGAGAGUAUUGCUUCGGAUGCGGGCAGAUAUGAUAUCACGGCUUCCAACUCCAGUGGAACCACAAAGUCUUUUGUGAAUAUUGUGGUUCUUGACAGACCAACCCCACCAAUUGGUCCUGUUGAAAUGUGUGAUGUCACAGAGGACAGUGUCAGUCUAAAGUGGUUGCCUCCUGCUUAUGAUGGUGGUAGCCCAAUUACCAACUACAUCGUUUUGAAACGUGAAACCACUACUGCACAAUGGAUGGAAGUCUCAUCUGCAGUUGCACGGUGCACAAUCAAGAUCAUGAAGCUGAUUACUGGAGUUGAGUACCAGUUUAGAAUCAGGGCUGAGAAUCGCUUUGGCAUCAGUGACCACAUUGAUUCACCAACUGUUACAGUCAGUCUUCCAUACACACUCCCCGUUGCACCUUCACAACCAUGGGUGUCGGCUGUAACAAAGGAAAGUAUUACUGUUAACUGGAAGGAGCCCUCUUCAGAUGGUGGAAGCCAUGUUUUUGGAUAUCACCUUCAGAUGAAAGACAGAAACAGCAUUCUUUGGCAGAAAGUUAACACAACUGUUAUCCGUGCUACACAUUUCAAAGUAUCAAACGUGAACGCUGGUCUGAUCUAUGAGUUUAAGGUUGCAGCUGAAAAUGCUGCUGGUAUUGGUCCAGUUAGCAAGCCCUCAGAUCCUGUGCUUGCAAUUGAUGCUUGUGAACCUCCAAACAACCUCAGAGUCACUGAUAUCACAAAGAGUUCAAUUAGCCUUGCAUGGGACAAACCCUCAUAUGACGGAGGAAGUAAAAUUACUGGAUAUUUGAUUGAAAGGAAAGAUGGUCCAAAAGGCAGAUGGUCAAAAGCUAAUUUGACAAAUGUUACUGACACAAAGUUCACAGUAUCAGGCUUGACUCAGAAUGAGUCUUAUGAAUUCCGUGUCAUGGCCAAGAAUGCAGUUGGCUCCAUUAGUAACCCAUCUGCAACUGUUGGACCAGUCACAUGUGUAGACACAUAUGGUGCCCCUGAGAUUGAACUUCCUUCAGAAUAUCUUGAUGUUGUGAAAUACAAAGCAGGUGCUAUAGUUGAUCUUAAAAUUGGGAUUAUUGCUAAACCUCAACCAACAAUUGAAUGGUACAAGGAUGGGAAAGAGCUUGAGUCUGGUGCUCAGAUUUCCAUUUCCAACACCACUGAGUCUGCAUGCAUCUCAGUCAGGGAAGCCACCCGUUUGAAUACUGGAACAUAUGAACUCAAGAUCAAGAACUCUUUAGGCUCAGCAUAUGCUGCUGUCAGAGUACUUGUCCAAGACAAACCAGGACCCCCUGCUGGAGAGAUACAGUUCAAGAAAAUCACAGCAGAUACUAUGACUAUCAUGUGGGAUCCUCCAGCUGAUGAAGGUGGUGCAAUGGUUACCCACUACAUUGUAGAGAAACGUGAAACAAGCAGAAUUUUGUGGUCCAUUAUCUCAGAAAAACUAGAAGACUGCAUUGUCACAGUCCCAAGGCUAAUUAAAGGCAAUGAAUACAUAUUCCGUAUUCGUGGUGUAAACAAAUAUGGAGUUGGAGAUCCUCUGGAAUCUAGACCAGUAAUUGCACAGAAUUCCUUUGUUCCUCCUAGUCGGCCUUCUAAACCCCAAGUCACUAUGAUUACCAGGUCAACAAUGACUGUGGUAUGGGAAAGACCAAGUUUAGAUGGUGGCAGUGACAUUGAUGGAUAUUACUUAGAAAAGCGGGAGAAGAAAAGUCUACAGUGGUUCAAGGUUAUUAAAGAUCCAAUUCGUGAUACUAGACAGAAAGUCAGCAACCUCACAGAAGUAAAUGAAUAUCAGUAUCGUGUCUGUGCAAUCAACAAAGCUGGAGCAGGCCCAUAUUCUGAUGCGUCCAUCUUCUACAAAGCUUAUGACCCAAUUGAUCCACCAAGUGAGCCAACCAAACUCAGAGUUGUUGAUUCAACAAAGACAUCUAUUACCCUUGGAUGGGUCAAGCCUGUCUAUGACGGUGGCAGUGAAAUUACAAGCUAUGCUGUUGAACAAAGAAUGGCAGAUGAGACCGAAUGGGUCACUAUAAGUUCUAAAGGAGAAGUAAGAACAACUGAAUUUGUAGUGUCCCACUUGAAACCUGGAGUGCACUACUUCUUCCGUGUCUCUGCUGUUAAUUGUGUUGGAACUGGACGUUCAAUUGAGAUGAUGCAGCCAGUGCAAGCCAAAGAUAUUUUGGAGGAGGCAGAUGUGGAUCUUGACAUCUCAAUGUCAACACAGUACAUAGCAAAGGCUGGUAGAGAUGUGGAGAUUGUAAUUCCUCUUAAGGGCAGACCUGCACCAAAUGUAACAUGGAGAAAGGGAGACAAAAACAUUAGUGGUGAUGCAAGAUAUACCAUCAGAAACACAGAAUACUCAACUACACUCAUAAUUACAAAGGUCACAAGGGAUGACACUGGCAAAUAUCUUCUUGAAAUUGAAAAUGGGGUUGGAGAGCCAAAAACCAUCACAGUGUCUGUUAAAGUGUUAGACACACCAUCUGCUUGUAAUAGGUUGAUAGUGAAGAAUGUGACACGAGGUAAACUCACUUUGAGCUGGGAACCACCUAAUAUAGAUGGUGGCUCUCCAAUCACAAAUUAUGUUGUUGAAAAGAAGGAUGCUAAAAUGAAGGCAUUCACCAUUGUGACAAAUGAAUGUGCCAAUACAACCUACAAGGUUGAUGGUCUUACUGAAGAAAUUUCCUAUUUCUUCCGUGUUUCUGCUGAAAAUGAAUACGGUGUUGGUGAUCCUUGUGAGACUGCACAGCCUGUGAGAGCAACCGAGAUGCCUGGAGCUGUAAAAGACCUUGCACUGGUGGAUUCAACUAAUACAUCUGUAUCAUUGGCAUGGACAAAGCCUGAUCAUGAUGGUGGCAGCCACAUUUCUGAAUACAUUAUUGAGAAGAAAACAAAGGAAGAAGAAGCUUGGAGCAUUGGUGGUACAUGCAGGCGUUGCCAGUAUGAGGUAACUCACCUUAAAGAGCUUUCAGAAGUUUACUUUAGAGUAUUCGCAAAAAAUGAGAAGGGUCACAGUGACUUCUCUCAAAUUGGACCUAUCACUGUGAAGGAACUCCUUAUACCGCCUGAGGCAAACCUUAUUGACUAUCCUAAUUCAGAAUUAAGUGUUCGCAUUGGACAAAAUGUGAAUAUUGAUUUGCCCUACAAGGGUAAACCUAAACCAAUGAUCCAGUGGAUGAAAGAUGAUGUGCCACUCAAGGAAAGUGAACAAGUUCGUUUCAGACAAACAGAGAACAAGGCAAGUCUCAUUGUAAGAAAUGCAAGAAAGGAGAAUGCAGGAAAAUAUACCUUGGUCCUUUAUAACAAACUUGUCAAGAACUUCUUUGACAUUAAAGUCAUUACACUUGGGCCACCCUCUCAGCCUAUAGGCCCAGUUCGUUUUGAUGAAAUUAAAGCCCAGAGUAUUAUCAUCUCAUGGGAUGAACCCCAGGAUGACGGUGGUAGCGAAAUCACCUGCUACAGUGUAGAAAAACGAGAGACAUCUCAAGCAGCAUGGAAGAUGGUUUGCUCUAGUGUGGUCAGGACCACAUUCAAGUUACCAAACUUGGUUAAGGGUACUGAAUACCAAUUUAGGGUGCGUGCAGAGAACAAAUAUGGAGUAAGCGAGCCUCUAACCUCAUCAGAUGUGGUUGCUCAACACCAAUACAAGCCACCAGGUCCACCAGGAAAACCUGUAGUAUUUAAUGUUACAAGUGAUGGCAUGACUGUUCAGUGGGAAGCCCCAGGAUUUGAUGGUGGUUCUCCAGUCACUGGAUACCAUCUUGAGAAAAAAGAUAGGAACAGCUUAUUGUGGAUGAAAGUGAAUUCCAGUGUUAUCUCUGGAAGAGAAUACAGAGUCAUUGGACUACUUGAAGGUCUGGAAUAUUCAUUCAGAGUUUAUGCGCAAAACAAUGCCGGAAUGAGUCCAGUCAGUGAACAGAGCAAGCACAAACUGGCAAUCUCCCCUGUUGAUCCUCCUGGCACACCUAACUGCAUUGAUGUUACAAGAGACUCUGUAACACUUCAGUGGGAACCACCAAAGCGUGAUGGAGGCAGUAGGAUUGUGGCAUACAGUGUUGAAAGGCGUCAAGGAAGAGCACGUUGGUUGAGAUGCAAUUUUAUUGACAUCAGCGAAUGUCAAUUUACUGUAACAGGCCUUGCUGCUGGUGAUCGCUUUGAAUUUAGGGUAAUUGCCAGGAAUGCUGUCGGAACAGUUAGUCCACCUUCUCAGUCAUCUGGCUACAUCAUGACCAAGGAUGAAAGUGUCAUCCCUGAGAUUGCGUUUGAAGCUGAGAAGACUCUCACCAUCAAGGCAGGAGAAAACAUUAAACUCAACUGCAGUAUAAGUGGACGUCCUGUACCUCAAGUCACAUGGUAUAAAGACGGAAAGGAAGUUGAUAAAAUGCUGGUUGACAUCACAACUGUUAUUGGAUCAAGCUCACUGUUCAUCAGAGAUGCUGACCGCAAUGACCGUGGUAUCUACACAGUCGUGGCCAAGAACAGUUCCGGCACAACAAAAGUGGAUGUUCUUGUCAGAGUACAAGAUACCCCUGGACCACCUGAGGGCCCACUUCGCUUCACAAAUAUAUCUGCAGAGAAAGCAACACUUUGGUGGAGCCCACCUGAAAAUGAUGGCUGUGCACCUAUCACGUAUUAUGUAAUUGAGAAGCGUGAGACUUCCAGAAUUUCCUGGGCACUUGUAACAUCCAAGUGUGAAGCCUGCUCCUUUAAUGCCACAAAACUGAUUAAAGGCAAUGAAUAUCAGUUCCGUGUAUCUGCUGUCAAUAAAUUUGGUGUGGGCAAGCCACUAGAGUCUGAUCCAAUCAUUGCUCAGAUGCAAUACACGGUACCAGAUGCUCCUGGAACACCUGACUGCACUCAUGUGACAGGAAACAGUAUCACUCUAUGCUGGACCAGACCAAGACAUGAUGGUGGAAAUGAGAUUAAGCAAUACAUUCUUGAAAGACGAGAAAAGAAGAGCUUAAGAUGGGUGAAGGUUUCUGCAAAGAGACCAAUAACUGAGCUUAGGCAUAGAGUAACAAACCUUACAGAAGGAAAUGAAUAUGAAUUCCGUGUUAUGGCUGAAAAUGGUGCUGGAAUUGGACCUGCAAGUGGUACAUCCAGAUUGUUCAAAUGCAGAGAACCAACAAGUGCACCCAGUGCACCAACUCUGGUGAAGGUCAUUGAUUCCACCAAGAUGUCUGUUAGCUUGGAAUGGACCAAACCAGUAUUUGAUGGUGGUCUAGAAAUAAUUGGUUACAUUAUUGAGAUGUGCAAGGCAAGCCUUGAGGAAUGGCACAGAGUCAACAACCAGACUUGCAUCCACACACAUUACACAGUAACAGAGUUAGAACCUGGUGAAGAAUAUAAAUUCCGUGUGUGUGCAGUCAAUGGUGCUGGCAAGGGAGAAUUCUCUGAGACUCCAAAUGUAGUACAAGCAGUUGAUAGACUGACCUCACCUGAAAUUGAUAUAGAUGCAAACUUCAAGCAGACACAUGUUGUGAAGAGCGGUGGAAUGGUUACACUUCAUAUUCCCUUCCUUGGAAAACCAGCCCCACUUGCCACUUGGACAAAGGCAGAUGGAGAUCUUGGUGUAAUGGUCGAUAUUAAUACCACAGACACAUUUAGCACUUUGACAAUUGAAAAUUGCACCAGGUAUGAUGCUGGCAAGUAUACACUCUCUCUCGAAAACAACAGUGGUCGUAAAGCCAUUACAUUAACAGUCAAAGUGUUGGAUACACCUGGCCCUCCUGGACCUCUCUCAUUCAAGGAUGUGACAAGAGGUGCUCUGACACUCAUGUGGGAUGCACCAUACAAUGAUGGAGGUGCACGUGUUCAUCACUACAUUGUUGAAAAGCGAGAGGCAAGUCGAUUAAGUUGGCAAGAGGUCAGUGAAAAGUGUACACGUCAAAUAUUGAGAGUGACCAACCUUGAUAUUGGCGUAGCCUAUUUCUUCCGGGUUAUUGCUGAAAAUCAGUAUGGAAAAGGUGAGCCAUUUGAAAUGACAGAACCUAUUAUAGCCACAGAAGAACCUGCACCUCCUAAGCGACUGGAUGUCAUUGAUACUACAUCCUCAACAGCCAGCUUAGUAUGGAUGAAGCCUGAGCACGAUGGUGGAAGCCGCAUUACUGGUUACAUUCUUGAGACUAGAAAGAAGGGUUCUGAUCACUGGGUUGUAGGUGGCCAAACCAAAUCUUUGAAAAUGGUUCUUGAAGGCUUGGUUGAGAACACAGAAUAUGAAUUCCGUGUUAAGGCUCAGAAUGAUGCUGGCAUUAGUCACCCACGGGAUGCGCUAGCCUCUGUCAUUAUAAAGGAGCCACGUAUAGAGCCAACAGCGGAUCUCAGUGGCAUAGAGAAACAGCUCAUCACUUGCAAAACAGGAAAUUCCUUUGCCAUUGACAUUCCAAUCAGUGGCAGACCAGCCCCCAAGGUAACAUGGAAGCUUGAAGAAAUGAAACUUAAAGAAACAGACAGAUUGUCGAUUAAGAUUUCUAAAGACAGAACAACUCUACUGGUUAAGGAUGCCAAGAGAGGGGACAGUGGAAAGUAUUAUCUAAUACUUGAAAAUGCAGCUGGAUCAAAAACAUUCACUGUCACUGUUAAUGUCAUUGGUAGACCAUCCCCACCAACUGGAAAUGUUGAAAUUUCAGGAAUAUCAUCAGAAUCCUGUGUAUUGACUUGGGGAGAACCUACAGAUGAUGGUGGAACAGACAUAACCAAUUAUAUUGUUGAGAAACGUGAGUCUGGCUCCACCACAUGGCAGGUUGUGAAUUCAAGUGUGAAACGGACCACCAUCAAAGUAACUCAUCUCACGAAGUACAUGGAGUACACUUUCAGAGUCUGUGCUGAGAACAAAUUUGGUGUUAGCAAGUCUAUUGAAUCUCAAGCUAUUGUUGCUGAGCAUCCAUUCAUCUCACCAAGCCCACCAACUCGCCCAGAUGUAGUUUCAGUGUCUGCUAAUGCCAUUUCUAUCCGCUGGGAUGUGCCAUAUCAUGAUGGUGGAAGCCAAGUAACUGGAUACUGGAUUGAGAAAAAGGAGCGUAAUACAAUUCUGUGGGUGAGGGAGAACAAAAUUCCUUGCAUUGAGUGUCACUACAAAGUCUCUAACCUUAUUGAGGGCCUUGAGUAUCAGUUCAGAGUAUAUGCAAUGAACAUCGCUGGUUUGAGUAAAGCAAGUGAACCAUCAAGACCAGCACUGGCUCUAAAUCCAGUUGAUCCACCUGGCAAACCAGAGGUUUACGAUGUAACUAAGACGUCAGUGUCAAUUAGAUGGUCCAUACCGUUCAAUGAUGGUGGCAGCAAGAUUGUUGGAUAUGUGGUUGAACGCAAGGCAUUCAGUGAUGAUGAAGAAGCUCGUUGGUUGAAGUGCAACUACACUACAAUCACGGACAACGUAUUUACUAUUGCAUCACUCCAUGAGGGAGAGCAGUAUGAAUUCCGUGUAAUUGCCAGAAAUGGUGCUGGAGUCCACAGUAUGCCAUCUGAAUCAACAGGACUUAUCACAUGCAAGGAUGAAUAUACACCACCAAAGGCUGAGCUGGAUAGUAAACUUGUGGGUGAGACGAUCACUAUUAGAGCAGGAUCAGACCUGGUUCUUGAUGCUGCUGUUGGUGGAAAACCAGAGCCUAAGGUUUUUUGGGCCAAGGGUGACAAGGAGCUGGAACUCGGAGAGAAAUACUCACUGACAUACACAAGUACAAGAGCGAUGGCAAUCAUUAAGUCAUGUGAUAGAAAUGAUACUGGAAGAUACAUCCUUACUGUGAAGAAUGCAAGUGGAAUCAAAACAGCUGCUGUCAAUGUGAAAGUACUUGAUACACCUGGUCCACCUGAGGGUACAAUAAUAAUUAGCAGGGUCACAGAAGAGAAAUGCACAGUUUCCUGGAGGAUUCCUCUGGAGGAUGGUGGAGAUCGUGUCACUCACUAUAUUGUUGAGAGACGUGAGACCAGCAGACUCAACUGGGUCAUCAUGGAACCUGAAUGCAAGACACUGUCUUGUGUCAGCACAAAACUGAUCAAGAACAAUGAGUACAUUUUCCGUGUCAGAGGUGUAAAUAAGUAUGGGCCUGGUGUACCCCUAGAAUCUGAACCAGUUAUUGCAAGAAAUGCAUACACUGUUCCAACACCUCCGGGAGAACCAGAGAUUACUGCUGUUGGAAAAGAACAUGUCAUUAUUGAGUGGCUGAAGCCAGAGAGUGAUGGUGGAAGUGAAAUCAUUAACUACCUUGUGGAUAAACGUGAGAAGAAUAGUGUUAGAUGGACAAGAGUGAACAAAACCUACACCAUUUAUGAUACACGCCUCAAAAUCACUGGUCUCCUUGAGGGUAGCGACUAUCAGUUCCGUGUUGCAGCUGUCAAUGCUGCUGGCAUCAGUGUUCCAAGUGAUGCAUCUCAGUACGCUCACUGUAAAGACCCCACAUAUAGCCCAGCUCCACCAUCAGUUCCUCGUGUUACAGACACCACAAAACACAGUAUUAGCAUAACAUGGACACGACCAAUGUAUGAUGGUGGAUCCGAUGUCACAGGCUAUAUUGUUGAGAUUCUGGAGGAAGGAACAGAGCAAUGGUAUAGAGCCACCCAGAAGAUACUGACAAGUACUCAAUACACAGUAGCUGGUCUGGCAAGUAACAAAAAGUACAGCUUCAGAGUGGCUGCAGUUAAUGCUAUGGGUACUGGAGAGUUCAGUGAAGGCAGUAUUGAGGCUGCACCGUCAGAGAAAAUUGAAAUCCCUGAUAUUGAGCUACCUGACGAACUGAAGAAGACUGUUUGCAUCAGAGCUGGCAACACUUUACGUCUUCAUGUAACUACAACUGGAAGACCUGCACCAGUUGUUACCUGGAGAAAGCUUGGAAUUGACCUACAGACUCGUGGACUCAUAGAUACCACAGAAAACACUACAACUUUAAUAGUGGAGAAGGUUCAUCGUUACGAUGCUGGAAAAUACACAAUUGAGGCAGAGAAUCCAUCUGGCAAGAAAAUAAUUACCAUUCUUGUCAAAGUUUAUGAUACUCCUGGACCAUGCGGUGCAGUAAAUGUUAAAGAUUACACAAAAGAGUCUGUUGUAAUCACAUGGGAUGUGCCUACUGUUGAUGGAGGUGCUCCCAUCAACAACUACAUAAUUGAGAAGCGUGAAGCUUCAAUGAAAUCUUACAAAACAGUGACAACAGAAUGCAAGAAGACAUUAUACAGAAUCACUGGAAUGGAAGAAGGAACACAAUACUUCUUUAGGGUAUUGCCUGAGAACAUAUAUGGAAUUGGAGAACCUUGUGAAAUUACUGAUCCAGUAUUGGUUUGUGAAGUUCCAUCUGUUCCUCAAGAUCUGUAUGUAAUUGAUACUACAAAAUCAUCUGUCAUUCUUGGAUGGGAAAAGCCACUUCACGAUGGAGGCAGCAGACUUUCUGGUUAUGUUAUUGAAGCCUGCAAAACAGGAAGUGACCGCUGGAUGAAUGUUGCUAAUGUGAAACCAUCUUUGCUACAGCACACAAUUGUCUCACUGAAUGAAAAUGAGCAAUAUCUCUUCAGAAUCAGAGCUGAAAAUAGCAGAGGGGUUAGUGAGCCCAGAGAUCUUAUGGCACCUGUAACAAUACAGGAACAGAGAGUCAUGCCAAAGAUUGACUUGGCUGGCAUCCCACAAAAGAUUGUCAGUGUGCCAGCUGGUAAGCCAAUUGUGCUCAACAUUCCCAUUAAAGGUAGACCUGCACCAGUGUGUUCCUGGUUCUUUGGUGGAGUCAAGAUGAAGGACAAGCUUGACCGCAUCAAGAUUGAGACAACUGCUAAAUUCACUAAAUUGACAGUCCGUGAAACCACAAUUGAUGAUACUGGUGACUACACUCUUGAAGUGAAAAAUGUCACUGGAACAGCAACUGAGGUCAUCAAGGUUAUCAUUCUUGAUAAACCUGGAGUUCCUGUCGGGCCUAUGAAAAUUGAGGAGGUUGAUGCCAUAUCUGUGACCUGCAGCUGGGAACCACCACUGAAGGAUGGAGGCGCAAAUGUCAGUGGAUACAUUGUUGAACAGAGAGAUGCGCAUCGCCCUGGAUGGAUGCCAGUUUCUGAAUCUGUCACAAGACCCAUGUUCAAAUUUACAAGACUUGUGGAAGGAACUGAAUAUGUAUUCCGUGUUGCUGCGACAAAUCGUUUUGGUAUUGGCGGGUUCUUGCAAUCUGAAGUUGUUGAGUGCAAGAGUGCCAAAACUGUACCUGGAGCACCCAGCACACCUGAAAUACUUGAUGUGUCUCAUGAUGGCAUGACUCUUACUUGGACACCACCCGAGGAUAAUGGUGGUUCUACUAUUGCUGGCUACAUUAUUGAGCGAAAAGAGGCGGGAUCCGACAGAUGGAUUCGUAUCAAUAAGAAUCCAGUGACCAUGACAAGAUACAGAGCAACAGGACUUAUCGAGGGUCUUGAAUAUGAAUAUAGAGUUACAGCUAUCAACUCUAGAGGCUCUGGAAAACCAAGUGCAAACUCUAAACCAACUAUUGCAAUGGAUCCUAUCGAGCCUCCUGGUAUUCCACUGAACCCAAGAGUCACAGAUGCCACAAGAACAUCAGUUUCACUUGCUUGGUGUCCUCCGGAGGAAGAGGGAGGUGCUGCUAUAACUGGCUAUCUAAUUGAGAUGCAGAAGGUUGACCAGGUUGAAUGGACAAAAUGCAACACAACACCAACAAAGAUUUGUGAAUACACUUUGACACACAUGCCUCAGGGAGCUGAAUACAAGUUCCGUGUGAUGGCAUGUAAUGCUGGUGGAGCUGGAGAACCAGCUGAGAUUCCAGGGGUGGUCAAAGUUACAGAAAUGCUUGAUUAUCCUGAUUUUGAGCUGGAUAAAAUCUACCAGGAAGACUAUGUUGUCAGACAAGGUGGUGUCAUCAGGCUAUCUGUGCCCAUCAAGGGUAAACCCCUCCCAACAUGCAAGUGGACAAAGGAAGGUCGUGACAUUUCUCACAGAGCUAUGAUUGCAACCAGUGAAGAACGUACUGAGCUUGUGAUUAAGGAAGCCCACAGAGAUGACACGGGUACCUAUGACCUUGUGUUGGAAAACAAAUGUGGAAAGAAGGCUGCCUAUAUCAAGGUCAAAGUUAUUGGGCGCCCAGAUCCACCUGAGGGUCCUCUUGAAUUUGAUGAUAUUCAGGCACGUUCAGUCAGAGUGAGCUGGAGACCACCCUCAGAUGAUGGAGGCUCUGAUAUCUUUGGUUAUCUUGUGGAACGGCGAGAGGUGCCAAAAGCAGCUUGGUACACUGUUGACUCGCGUGUGGUUGAUACAUCACUUGUGGUCAAGGGACUGAAGGAGAAUGUUGAAUAUCACUUCAAGAUUACAGCAGAGAACCAAUUUGGCAUAAGCAAAUCCCUGAAAUCGGAUGAAUCUGUUACUCCAAAGACUCCUCUUUGUCCACCAGAACCUCCUAGUUUCCCUCCAGAAAUCAUGGAUGUUACAAAGACCACAGUUGGCCUGUCCUGGUCAAGACCAAAGGAUGAUGGUGGAUCUCGUGUAACUGGAUACUAUGUUGAGAGAAAAGAGGUUUCCACUGAGAAGUGGGUGCGUCAUAACAAGACUCAUAUCACAACAACAAUGUAUACUCUCACUGGUCUCAUCCCUGAUGCAGAGUACCAGUUCCGUGUGAUUGCUCAAAAUGAUAUUGGUCAAAGUGAGCCUGGACCUGUAUCCGAGUCAGUUGUGUGCAAAGAUCCAUUUGAUAAACCAGGCCAACCCGGUGAGAUUGACAUCAUCUCUAUAACCAAGGACUGUAUAACCAUUCACUGGUUACGUCCUGAAUCUGAUGGUGGAAAAGAGAUUCUUGGGUACUGGAUUGAAUACAGGCAAGCAGGUGAAAGUGCCUGGAAGAAAUGCAACAAAGAGCGUUCUAAGGACAGACAGUUUACUAUGGGUGGACUCAUGGAAGCUACUGAGUACGAGUUCAGAGUGUUUGCUGAAAAUGAAACUGGACUGAGUAGACCACGAAGAACAGCAAUGGGCAUUAAAACCAAACUGAGUGUUGGAGAGGCUCCAUGUCUGAAAGAGGAAAUCAAAGAUACUACCACUAAACUAGGAGAAUAUGGAACAAUGGCAUGCCAAAUUAUUGGAAGACCUCUUCCUGAAAUCAAAUGGUAUAGAUAUGGAAAGGAGUUGAUCCAGAGCCGAAAAUACAAGAUGAGCUCUGAUGGACGAAAUCACUCUCUAACAGUAUUGACAGAUGAACAAGAAGAUGAAGGCUUGUACACAUGCGGAGCUAUCAAUGAGGCAGGUGAAACUGAGACCAGUGGCAAGCUCCUGUUGCAGGCUGCACCACAAUUCCAUCCUGGAUUCCCACUGAAGGAGAAAUAUUAUGCAGGUUGUGGAACAAGCCUACGUCUCCAUGUCGUCUACAUCGGUCGCCCUAUUCCACAAAUCAUGUGGUUCUAUGGCAAGAAGCCUCUCAAUCCAUCUGAGAAUGUUAUAAUUGAAAACACAGAAAGUUACACUCACUUAGUUAUCAGAAAUGUCCAGCGUAAGACAAAUGCUGGAAGAUAUAAGGUGCAAAUGAGCAACAAAUUUGGCACAGUGGAUACUGUCCUCCGUGUUGAAAUCCAAGAUAAACCUCUCAUGCCUGAAGGACCAAUUGUUGUUGAUGCUCUCUUGAAGAGUUCUGUGAUCAUUAGCUGGAAACCACCCAAGGAUGAUGGUGGAUCAAUGAUCACAAAUUACAUUGUAGAGAAACAUGAAGCAAAAGAAGGUGAACAAUGGCAUCUUGUAUCAUCAGCUGUCUCAGGAACCACAUGCCGUGUUCCAAACCUUAUUGAGAGUGCUGGAUAUUACUUCCGGGUUUCGGCGCAGAAUCAGUAUGGAAUAAGCGAACCUCUUGAGAUUCCAUCUGUUGUCAUUAUCAAGAGUCCAUUUGAGAAACCUGGAGUCCCACAACAGCCAUUUGUUUCUUCUGUAACAAAGGAUUCAUGUGUUGUUUCUUGGAAACCACCAACAAGUGAUGGAGGUGCCAAAAUUAAGAACUAUUACCUUGAAAAAAGAGAGAAGAAACAGAACAAAUGGAUUGUAGUUUCUACAAAAGAAAUCCAUGAGACGUCUUACACUGUUAAAGGCCUUCUUGAAGGUUUUGAAUAUGAAUUCCGUGUCAAAUGUGAAAAUAUAGGUGGAGAGAGUGACUGGAGUGAGAUUUCAGAACCAGUCAUUCCAAAAUCAGACACAGCUCUUCGUGCCCCAUUCUUCAAGGAAGAAUUGAGAGACAUGUGUGUCAAAUACAGGGCAACUGCAACCUUUGUCACAAAGGUUAUAGGACAUCCCAAGCCAGUGGUUAAAUGGUACAAGAAUGGCAAAGAAAUUUUACCUGAUGGAGAGAAAAUAAAGAUCCAAGAAUUCAAGGGAGGUUACUUCCAACUUGUUAUCACCAAUGCUGAUGAGAAUGAUGCAGCUGUUUACCAAAUUAGAGCUACUAAUCAGCUUGGAUCAAUCUCCAAAAGUAUGAACCUAGAGGUUGAGGUUCCUGCCAAGAUUUAUUUGCCAUUACAUCUUCAAGGCAUGGGAGCUGUUCAUGCCAUUCGUGGUGAAGUGGUUACCAUUAAGAUUCCAAUUAGUGGCAAACCUGAUCCUGUUGUGACAUGGCAAAAGGGACAAGAAAUGAUUAAUAAUACAGCUUAUCAUCAAGUAAUUAUUACAAGAUCAUUCACCUCCCUGGUGUUCCUAAGGGGAGUACAAAGGAAGGAUUCUGGCUAUUACAUCAUUUGUGCCAAAAAUCGAUUUGGUGUGGAUAAACAGACAGUUGAACUUGCUGUUGCUGAUGUCCCUGACCCACCAAAAGAUGUUAAAGUCAGUGAUAUUGCCAGAGAUACGCUCACCCUCACUUGGAGUCCUGGAAAUGAUGGUGGAAGUGAAAUCAUCAAUUACAUUAUAGAAAAGUGCCCUACCACUGGAGACAGAUGGAUUCGUGUUGCUCAGACAUCUGAGCCCCAAUAUACCGUGAUGAGUCUUUUUGGCAAAACAAAAUAUCAGUUCCGUGUGAUUGCAGAAAACCAAUUUGGCUUGAGUGCUCCAUCUGUGCCAACUGAUCCUGUGACAACAAAAGAAGACAAGUUAGCAAUUCGAAACUAUGAUGAGGAAGUGGAUGAAACAAGAGAGAUUACAAAGGAGGAGGCACCGCAUUCAAAAGUCAAGCAUCUGCCAUCUCUGUACACAAUCUCUGAGGAACUUGCACGCAAUGGACAGUUUGGCAUUGUACAUCGCUGUAUAGAAAUUAGCUCCAAGAAGACAUUCUUGGCAAAAUUCAUCAAAGUUAAAGGUGCUGAUCGAGAGCUGGUUGCAAGAGAAAUUGAGACACUCAAUAUUGCAAGACAUAAAAACAUUGUUUAUCUUCACGAAUCCUUUGAUAGCUUAGAAGAAUACAUCCUUAUCUAUGAAUUCUUAUCUGGUAUGGAUAUCUUUGAGCGUCUUGGUACAAGCUUUGACCUCACAGAGCAAGAAAUUGUUCGGUAUAUGAGACAAGUGUGUGGAGCCUUGAAGUUCUUGCACAGUCACAACUACUGUCACUUUGAUAUCAGACCUGAUAACAUUGUUUAUUCUACAAGGAAGAGCCAUACAAUCAAGAUCACUGAAAUGGGACAAGCUAGGUUGCUUACACCUGGAGAAAACAUCAGGAUUCAGUUCACUGCCCCUGAGUACUGUGCGCCUGAAAUCCACAAUAGUGAUUUUGUCACCACUGCCACUGACAUGUGGUCUGCAGGUGUUCUUGCAUAUGUCCUACUUGGUGGACUUAAUCCAUUUGCUGCUGAAUCACACCAGAAAAUGGUUGAGCACAUUUCAAAUGCAGAGUAUGUGUUUGACAGUGAAGCCUUUAAAGAAACCAGCCUUGAGGGUAUGGACUUUGUCGACAGACUGUUGACUAAAGAUCGCAAGCUACGUAUGACUGCCUCUGAAGCUUUGGAGCACCCUUGGCUCAAGAUGAAAUUGGAACAUGUUAGUUCAAAGGUCAUCAAGACUUUGAGACACAGAAGAUACUAUCAAUCACUGGUGAAAAAGGAAUGGAGCGCUGUUAUUUCAGCAGCGCGUAUUGCCUAUGGUGGUGGCUACAGAAACCAGAGAAAUGUUUCCAUUGGCAGAGUGAAAGUUGGGCAUCCUGAACAAGGCUUGAGAGCAGGUCCUGUCAUGCAUGGCUCUGCUGAAGAGGGAGGACAUGUCAGGUUUAUGUGCUGCAUUGAGAACUAUGACAGAAACACUGAAGUGACCUGGUACUUUGGUUCACGUAAACUGACUGCAAGUCACAAAUAUGAAAUCAGUUAUGCUAAUGGAGUUGCUAGCAUCUAUGUUAAGGACAUUGAAGAAUGUGACGAUGGAUUAUAUAGAUGCAAAGUUGUCAGUGAAGACAGAGAGGACAAUGCAUAUGCUGAGUUGUUUGUUGAGACUGUCAGAUCUUACAGAGAAUACUAUCUGGGACGCUCACUCAAGAAACCAAGGCGUAGAAUUGACAAAACUAAAAUUUUGCAGAGGCCACCAGAGUUUACUUUGCCAUUGUACAACCGUGCAGCAUACAUUGGUGAAGAUGUGCGCUUUGGUGUAACUAUUACAGUCCAUCCAGAGCCAAGUGUUACAUGGUUAAAGGCCGGGCACAGAAUCAAACCAGAUCCUAAAAAAUACACAUUCACAAGUGACAAGGGUCUUUAUCAACUCAUGAUACACAAUGUUGACCUCAGUGAUGAUGCUGAAUACACUGUUGUAGCAAACAACAAGUUUGGUGAGGACAGUUGCAAGGCCCGUCUCACUGUAACACCACAUGUUGUUCCUGAGGACACUAUGAGACCAAUGUUCAAACGUCUCUUAGCUAAUAUUGAGUGUGUUGAGGGUCAAAGCGUCCGCUUUGACUUAAGAGUAUCAGGAACCCCAGCACCAACUCUGAAAUGGGAGAAAAAUGGUAAACCCCUUGAGUUCAGACCACAAGUUGAAGUUGUUCAAGAGGAUGUAGAACAUCAUGUUCUUCAUAUAAGAGAAACCCUCAUAGAGGAUUCAGGUACAUACAGAGUCUCUGCAACAAAUACAGCUGGAUCAGCAAGUUGUCAAGCUACUCUCAAAGUUGAACGCCUGACAUACACAAGGAGGGAGUUCAAGAGUGAGGAAGAGAGGCAAAAGUAUGUAAGGAACCAAAUAGAAAAGACACUGAAAAUGGCACAACAGUUCUCAACAGCAGAGGUUGUUACACUUAACCCUGUGGCACAGGAAGCUUUGAAGGAAGCUGCAGAGUUAUAUAAACCUGCAGUCAGCACCAAAAAUGUGCAGGGUGAGUUUGACAUCUCUGAUAAAGAGGAUCAAGAAAUAAAGAAAAUAAAAGAGGAAGAGAAGAAGAUACGUAUGCCUUACGAAAUCCCUGAUUCUCGUGCACAUGAUCCAACUGUUCUCAGUGAAGAUAAGUUGAUCAAACACUUUGUGCCCCUAUCUGACAUGAAAUGGUACAGGAAACUACGUGACCAGUAUGAGAUUCCCGAGAGAAUGGAAAGAAUUGUUCAGAGGAGACAAAGGCGUAUUCGUCUUUCUAGAUGGGAGCAAUUUUAUGUCAUGCCAUUGCCUAGAAUAACUGAUCAGUACAGACCAAAGUGGCGCAUUCCAAAACUUACACAAGAUGAUUUAGAGACUGUUCGACCAGCAAGAAGAUCACCAUCUCCUGAGUCAGAGGUAUCAUUCAGACUGAGAAGACGCUCUCUAGGAGAUCUUUCAGAUGAGGAGCUCCUCGAUGGUGAGGACUAUCUGACACUAAAGAGAACUGAAAAAGAAAGGCAAGAGCUUGAAGAAGAGCUAGAACUUGGCUUCUCUGCCUCCCCGCCGAGUAGAAGCCCUGUCCGCUUUGAGCUGUCUUCACUGCGUCAUGUCUCACCAAGACCUGUUCACAAAGCUGAAGUGAGACACGUAGAAGAGACAAGACAUGUAACAACAACUGAGAAAGCUCGUGGCUCUCCUCCUCCAAUUUCACAUUUCAUGAGGAGGAGGAGAUCAUUGUCUCCAACAUACAUUGAACUGAUGCGCCCUGUAUCUGAACUCAUCAGACAACCUCGUGCACGCAUCUCAACAGAGGCUGGAGUUGAAAUUAUUGAAAGAAGAUCACCAACCCCUGAGAGGACACGCCCUCGAUCACCAAGUCCUGUGUCAACUGAGAGACGAUCUUCCAGAUCUUCCUCUAGAUUUGAAAGGUCUGCAAGAUUUGACAUCAUGUCUAGAUAUGAAGCAAGAAAAGCAGCUCUCAAAUCUGAGCGCACGUACCAGGUUGUGACACAGCAACCCUUCAGUCUUGACCAUGCUCCACGCAUAACAGUAAGAAUGCGUUCUCACCGUGUACCAUGUGGACAAAACACUAAAUUCACUUUGAAUGUUCAAUCAAAGCCAGAUGCUGAUAUCCAUUGGUUCCAUAAUGGGCAACAAAUACAAGAGAGCAGCAAAUACCAGUUCACAAAUAUGAGUGGAGUCUUGUCUCUUCAAAUUAAUGACUGUCAGGAAGAGGACAGUGGCACAUACCGUGUUGUCUGCACAAAUUCAAAGGGUGAAGCAUCAGACUAUGGAACUCUUGAUGUUUCAGGUGGAGCAUUUACUACAUACUCUUCAAGACGUCGAGAUGAAGAGGCUCCAACGCCAUUUGUACCUGAUAUAACGAAAACUGAUUAUUAUCAUUCAACAACAAUCAGAGCUUCCUCUGCCUCAAGAACUCACUUGGAGAUAAAAGAAACCAAAACGAAAUUGACAGAGAGACGUGAAGUUUCUGCAUUUGAAAAGUAUGAAUCGCAGAAGCUUGCAUCAUCUCCAAUUAGAUAUGCAUCCACUGAAUACUUGUCAUCAGCUUCAUAUUCAUCCUCUGAAAGACAUACAACAACUGAAAAACUUGUGUCAUCUGAAUCAAAGUUAAAAGAAUUAGAAACAACAUCUGAAGUAUCAGUAAAGAAAGUUAAAGCGACUCUUACAGCCAAAAUACUCACAAAACCACAGUCUCUGACUGUAUCUGAGGGUGACUCUGCACGAUUUGUCUGUGAUAUUGAUGGAGAGCCAGCACCAAGUGUCACGUGGAUGCAUGAGGGAAGAACAAUUAUCUCUUCACACCGUAUUCAUGUAUCUACAACACAGUAUAAGUCUAUAUUUGAAAUUUCGUCAGUUGAGCAUUCAGAUGAAGGUAGUUACACUGUAGUUGUAGAAAAUUCGGAAGGAAAGCAAGAGGCAAGGUUUACCUUAAAUAUUCAUAAACAAAUAAUUAAAGAAGAAGUUACACCUACACAAGUGAAGCCACCAGAACCCUCAGUGAUAUCUCCAGUGCCAUCAGUUAAAUCUCCAGAGCCAUCAGUUGCAUCUCCAGUGCCAUCAGUAAAGUCCCCAGAGCCCUCUGUGAAAUCCCCAGUGCCAUCGGUAAAGUCCCCAGAGCCCUCUGUGAAAUCCCCAGUGCCAUCUGUAAAGUCCCCAGAGCCCUCUGUGAAAUCCCCAGUGCCAUCGGUAAAGUCCCCAGAGCCCUCUGUGAAAUCCCCAGUGCCAUCGGUAAAGUCUCCAGAGCCUUCGGUAAAGUCUCCUGUUCCCUCGGUAAAGUCUCCUGUUCCCUCAGUAAAGUCUCCAGAACCCCAAAUUAAAUCACCAGAACCCACUCGUGUCAAGUCUCCUGAACUUCGAAUUAAAUCUCCAGAGGGUGUUAAAUCCUCAUUCAAAGUGAAGUCACCAGAGCCAGCUGCCUCUCUUCAGAGGGUAAAGUCUCCACCUCCUAUUAAGACUCCUGAACCAACCACCCCUCAAAGAGUGAAGUCUCCAACAGCACUGAAGUCUCCUGAGCCUAUAGCUUCACCUCCCAGGGUAAAAUCCCCACCUCCAAUUAAGUCUCCUGAGCCAGCUGCAUCCCCUCUGAGAGUUAAAUCCCCUACAGGACUUAAGUCUCCUGAACCUCAGAGAGCCAAAUCCCCACCAAGAGUCAAAUCUCCUGAGCCAAUCAUGUCACCUAAAAGAGUUAAAUCUCCACUUGCAGUGAAAUCCCCAACACCCUCAAAGGAAGCACCACUAAAGAUCAUUCAGCAACUCAAAGCUGAAGCUUAUGAAGACAAAAUUAAGAUGAUCUUUGUUGCUGAGAGCUCAGUAAGAGAAGUUGUGUGGUACAAGGAUAGCAGAAAACUGAGUCAAAGUAGUCGCUACCAGAUUCAUUCAUCUACAGAUGGAACUUGUUGUCUUUAUAUAUCUGAUGUCUCAGAGAGCGACCAAGGGGAGUACUCCUGUGAAAUCAUAAGUGAAGGAGGAGCAGUGUCAAGAACUUCAUUCUCUUUUGUUGGUCAAGUGUUUCAAGCAAUCUACACAAAAGUAACCGCAUUCGUGGCUACACAAAAGACAGUUCAAGAAUCCAUGUCAUCCCAAAUACGUGGGGGAAGUGAAAUGGUUCUUAAGAGGGAAAGUGCAGCUGUUAGCAGUAUGCAUGAAAGUUUUUCUUCUAAAUCCAUCCACACGGAGAGCACAAUGCAAGAGGCAUCCUUCAGCAGUUCUUCAAUGGCUGAGAUGAAAUUUGAAACUAUGUCAAUGUCUAGCAUGUCCUCUAUGACAUCGGAGUCAGUAUAUGCAAUGAGCUCAAGCAGUAUAAUGUCAAGUCAUUCACAUGUUGAAGAAUCUUCAGUUAGAGCAGCCCUCCACAGUGCUCAAGGCUUGGCUCCAAGAAUUGAAGCUCUUCCUGAAGAUAUCAGCAUUGAAACUGGAAAGGUUCUUACAGUGACCUGUGCUUUCUCUGGAGAGCCAGCUCCUCGUAUUGAGUGGUCACGUGGUGGAAAGAAACUGCCUGGUGAGGAAGAAAGCAGUAGGUUCCAUAUUGAGACCACAGAGGAUCUAACCACACUCAUCAUCACUGGUGUGAAAGAGAGUGAUGCUGGGGCAUACACACUCAAACUUUCCAAUGAGCAUGGAUCUGACAUCGCAACUGUUACCAUCAGCAUUCGAUCAAAGUAAAGCCAUAAUUUCUACCCCCACCCCUUCCUUUAUUAAGCGACUUUGUGUUUGUUAAAUGAGCGGAAAAAAAUCAUGAUAAGUACCUGGAUAUCUGUUCCUGUAAAUAUAAACUAUUUUUAUAUCAAACAUGACAUUAAUUUAUGCCAAACUAGACUAAAGUCUAAAGUUAUUAUAAAAUAUGCCAUAUUGGAUAAUUAUGACUUAGGAUUUUUGAUCCAUUUUUCUGUGACAUGUACAUAAUGUAUAUAGCCGAAUUUAACGGUUAUGGAAAAUGUAUGAAUUGUUAUUUAUAACAAUAUUAACUGAAACAAAUGGAACUAAAUGUUUAUCAGGAGAAAGUUUCACAUGGAACGAAUACCUUGAUAGACCUGAAACUAAACUCUGUGCCUCAACAAUAAGUUGAAGUCUUAAGAUUGCCUCAACAGGUAGAGAGGCUCCCUGUUGAUGUUACAUUAAAUCUGAGAGACUAAGUUAUACCUGCAUGUUUCCACAUGCAGUGAUAUUAUAACCAUACUUUUAUGCAUUGCUACUUGAAAGUAAGGCCUUGAGUGCUGUUUGCAUUUUACCCUCAUGUAAGCAGGGCGACUAGGCCUUGUGUUCAUACUGACUAUGUCAUACCACCAUUUUAUUGACAUGCUCAAGGUGCGAGCGGCCUGCACUUUAUGAGCAAAAAUGUUUAAUGUGCUCUGUUUCUGGCAAGGGACUGCUUGAAUAAACUUUCGAAAUUAACAUCUCCUGGCCAAUAAGGAAAGUAUUUCUUGUACUUCCUUGCAGAAGCAGAGCCUCCUCUUGGAGGAUUGCUUUGAAGCAUUGUGUGUUUGUGUGUUAGUUUUAGAAUUCACCUUGUCAGUUGUUGGGCAAACAUCAAGAAAGUGUGCCGCAGCAACACCACCUGCUGUGCAAUGGGAAAGAAAUGGUUUAGUAUCUAAAUGCCCUGCACUUUGGUUUGAUUUUAUGUAGAAUUGUAGUAUUAUCUAUAUAUGCAACCUCCUUGAGUAUUAAUGAUUCAAUAAAGCAUGUUCUCAGCACUA